CCUACUUCCCACCACUGUCCACCUCAUCACUUAAAUAUUCCUUCCAGAUUUCUUCAUAUUUAUCCAUUCUUAAUUUGCGUCGACAUGCAAUUCAUUCAUAUGUAGCUAGUCUGUCCAUAUUAUCAAUCCAUGUGCUCAAUGGAAUCUUUUUGCGGCUCUUCCAAUUCAUCAGAACAAGUUUUUUUGCUUCCAAUUUGCUUCCAAUUUUUUUACCCCUUGUAAUCUCCCACGUUUCCGAAAUAUAAUUUAGAAUUCAAUUCAAUUCCCCUAAAUAACAAUUUCUCUUUAUUACACUUGCUAAAACUAUCCUCACCUCGCACCAAAAUGAUCUUAUCAUUGGGCAGUUAAUCAUCAUAUGUACUGUUCACAUUUUUACUCCCAGUUCUCUGCACUUGUUAUUUUUUUCUGGUAUAGUUUUGCUGGAGUCCAGUGGACUCUGAAUAUUAUUUUCUGUUGUCUUAAUCUUAGUUUUAUCUUUUUUAAGCCACUUUGCGGGUUCUUUCUCACAGUCAAGCGCUGUGUAAAUUUUAAGAAACAGAUAAAAAUAAAGGGGAAGCCAUCCCCCCUCCCCCACACCAACAACACCCGCAAAAAAUUUCCUUUCGGGGCAGCUUUCACAAGCAGAAGCCAACAGUGUCGCAAGCUCUCGCGAGAGUUCAGCCCACCUCCCGCGUGAUUACGCGAGCGGAAGAAAACCCGUCGCUCCUUCCCUCGUGCGCAGAAUUGCUGAACAAUCCGUCACGUUCUUUUAGCUCCCUGUUCCCGCGAGAUUUCGCGGCUGGAGCGGCGCGCGCCACUCAGCCCCCUUCCUCGCGGGAGGAGCCACUGCGGACUUCCGCGUGACGUCAUUCUCGUGAUAUUUCUCCUCAGCCGUCCCCAUACGCUGAAGCUCAGGGAGGCAGAUCUCGUGACCAGAUCUGCGAGCUCUCGCGGGAGCUUCCUCGAGAUCCCAGUCCCCUCCCCCAACUCCAUAUCCCUUUAUGGCUCCACAUCUCAACCAUAACCGAAGACAUGUCUGUAUCUUAGGAGUUUCGUCACUAGAAGCAAAGGACGGCUACCCGCGUGAUUUUAUUCUCCAAAUCUCGUGAGGUUUCCAAUAAGCAAAAGUAGGAGGAGACCUAGUCCGCCAGGGGGAUUGCUCGAACUCUCGCGGCUCUUUGGGUUGUUCUCGCGUGGAAUAUUUUGCCUCAGUUCUCACGGCAAGUAUCGCGAUAAACGCUCGUUAACUAGCUCCUUCCCGAGGUUACGGACCUGCGGCAGAAUAGGAAAACAACUCUGCCCUGUUUCCCGCCGCCUCAUCCCUAGAAGUAACAUCCUCCACCAGAGGGGAGACGUCACCGAAAUCUCGCGUGAUUUCAACUUCCUCUUUUCACGUCUCGCAGGAAGCUGCCUUCUCAGUCAUUGUAUCGCGAGACUGUACUUUCCGCCAUAACUCGCUUCGCCCUCCUCCUCCUCCUCCCGCAAUUCUCGUGGGCUCUUGUGUUUCCUCAGAUAUCGCGUCUCUUCCUCCCUCCCUACCCGGUGGCGAGUUCUCGCGCGACCUGGCUCGGGCUGAGGCUCAGGGGCUGCUGUUAAGAUGGCGGCGGCGGGAGGCAACGGGGUACGGCAUUGACACCCCCUCCAUUUCUUUCCCGGAGCAGGUACCCGCGUUCUGGGGCGGGGAACGGGAGAGCGGCAGCUGCGGAGCAGGGGGCCCGUUGGGGAAAGGCCCGAGGCGGGAGACGCUCUGGCGGUACGGGAAGAGCGGUGUGCGCUGAGGCGGGACAAUGGGGCCUGGCUUUUCCCCGUGGGGAAAGGGCGGCGGUGGUUGAAGUCAGGAGGGAGGGUGGGGGGGCGCUUCUGCCUGGGCCUUUCCGUCAACUGGGACCUCGGUUCCAAGUGGGGAAGGAGUACGUCUCUCUUCCGACUAGGAGGCACUUCUCAAUUCUCAACACCCCCCCCAACCCCCGCCGAAGCAGCUCUGUGGGCCUUAUCACCCUUCACGCCCUUCCUACUCGCCUCAUGUAGGGCUUCAUCCCCCCCGCUCCUCAGUAGACAUUUAAUCUAUAGUCGCAUCUCGUGAGGAAAGCCGGUAUUUUCCGGUUUGAGACAGGGAGCUUCGUCAUUUAUGCAAGAAAACAAGUCUGGUCAACAUCCCGUUGAAUUCAUUAGGAAACAUUGCAGAGGAUGCUCAUAGUUGCAGCCGUGACCUGCAGCCUCCUUGGUUUCAUUUGGGUCUAAUUUCAAAACCUAAGGCUAGAUCCACACCAUUGAUUGAAAGCACAUGACUUUUCCCAAAGAACUCUGGGAACGGUAGUUUCUCCCUCACAGAAGUACAAUUCCCAGAACCAUUAAGGAAACCUUAGUUCCCAGGACUCGGGGGGGGGGGAGUCAUGUGUUUUUAAUGUACAAUAGUGUGGAUCUGGACUAAUUGGCAGGUAAUUUCUCUUGUUUCUUCUCUCCUCAAAGGUAUAGGGCUACUUACACCUUUUGUCCUGGUACAGUGGGAGCUUUUGGCACCCAUUCCAUCUGUUCCUGUAAACUCGCCCUUCCAUUUCCCAGUGUAGGACAGUACUCAAAAAUCUCUCUUUUGCCUGGUCUAGCUCAUGUGGUAUAUUAGUUUAUUCUUAUAAGAAGUCUGGUAAAGAUUGGGGUUCUUCUUUGUCCCUUUACCUGGUAGUUCCAAGCAUCUUUGGAGUACCAUUUUCUUUGGAGUACAAUUUAUAUGUGCUUCAUCAGUCUCCAUUCCUAUUUUCCUGGAUAGAAAAAUUAUUGGGAUAUAAGCAAGAUGUGUUCACAGUGAUGAGAAAAACUAUUAUCUGAGUCAGGACAAAUGACUCAAAUUGAAUAGCACAUUUCAUUUGCAUUAAGUAAGCCUUUUAUUUUAACUGUAUAUAGACUAUGGUAGUUCUUAUACCAGAGAGCCAAAAAAGGCAAGAACAGAUUUAACUCUUACCCAGGCAUUAGCUAAUGUUGCUCCUAGCCUCUGAGGAGUAUUAGUAUAGUUCUAAGUUCUUUUUAAAUAUAUUUUCCUAUGAUUCAGAUGAGUUAAUCCAUGACACUAUGGUCCCAUUAUAGUUUCAUAGGUGCAGUUUACUCAUUUUUCAGUAGGAAUAGAUAUUGCUGGCAAGGAAAGUUGGGCACCUUUUGGCAUGGUUCUGGCAAGAUAAGAAUCCAUGAUCAGUUUCACAAAUUGAUUAUUUUUAGUAGAUAUAGUUGAUAUGGCCAUAUUUGUCUCUGAAAACUUGAUUCCUAAGGAUGCACAAGCUGACCAUUUAAUCUGAAAAAAGGAAAAGAAAUCAAGCCUUUGGGGAAAUAGUACACAAUGUAGAGCAAAAGCUGGUCAUCUUAAAAUUAUUAAAAACUGUUACUUUACCACAGUAGAAGUAAACAUCCUGUGAAAGCUUGUUUCUGCUGUCUCCUUCAUUGUAUGGAAAGCUUGCUAGAUGCACAAAAUGCCAAAGUAAUGUGCUGAGUUUACAGCAUUUCUUAGUUCUACUUGGCCAGUUCACUUUGGUAUGAUUAGGAUGUCAAAAUGUUCUUCCUAUCAGUGAACUGUGCACCUCCUUGCUUGCAUUCUAAGUUGUCCUGCAUUUAAGACAAAUAUCCUAGCCAAGGGGAGCUAGAUUAGCAAAGUCCAAAGCUAUACCAGCCUGAAUGUCUUUUCAAAAAAUACCUGUCAGUACCUUGAACUCUGCCUGCUUGAAGCCCAGUACUAACUUGUGUGGUUUUGUUGCAGACCCUAAAAUAGUCUGACAUAAGUGGAUUAGAGUGACUGUGAAACCAGAAGGUGUUACCCUUGGCUGACUAGGGUGAGGCAAAGGUGCCAGAACAGUGACUUGGAUAGUAGACCAGGCCAAGUAUGGAUUGGCUGUGAUUCCAGGUUAGUAUUGAACUUUCUUUGUUUAAUCCUGCUUCUCUUCAAAUGGUAGCGAUUCCCUGAAAUUUUCUUUUUCCUAAAAGGUACCCUCUGAUCUCAGAACAACACUUGUUUAAGAAAGGCUUCAGAGUCUAACCUUGGUUUGUAUGGGAUUAUGGCUGGUUGUUUAUGUGGAGUGAAUGUAAUUCCUUAGUGGAGUGGUCAUGCCCCUUCUUUUUUCUUGUCCAAAUGCAAAUGGCAGCUUUAUUUGCUGCAUUUGAACUAUUACUGUGCACCAGUUAUUCUUUCAUUUCAAUACUGUAACAGAAACCCGCAACCACAUAUGGUACAAUUCUGCAUCUGUUGUUGCUACUUAAGAGUGUAAUCUGAGGCUGAAGAGGCAACUUGUCCCAAGCCAUCAACAAAUAGUUUGUUUGCAUACCAAAAUCCUGACCACAGAACCAAAUUUGGGAAUGGGAGUUGAUAUUGCUUUCUAUAUUCUUUCUGUGUAGAGGGCUGCAAAACUAGGGAUUCAAAAACCCACUUUGAUUUUUCAAAGCUUAUUGAAAGGAGUGCUCAGUUGGUAGAGCAUGAGACUCUUUAUCUCAGUUCCAUGGGUUCAAGCCCCAUGUUGGGCAAAAUAUUCCUGCAUUGCAGUGGGUUGGGCUAGACCCUUAUGAUCCCCUUCCAACUCUACAAUUCUGUGAUUCAACUAAGUAGGAGUGGUUAAACUUUUAAUGUUUGCUUGUUGCUUUUUUAUUUUUAUUUUAAAAAUCUUGUUCACUGCUCAUGUCUACAAAUAUCUUUUCACUAACAUUUUCAUCAGUUUUAGAUCUUAGUUCAUUGUGGUUUUGCUGGAUUAGACCAAACUUCAUUAGUCCAGUAUUUUCUAUAGAGCCUAGCCAGAGGCCUGUGGAAACUUGCAAACAUUGUACAAAAGUGAUGACAAUGUCUUAAUUAUCUCAACAUCUGUUGUUGGAAUGUAUAUUGCUUCUAUGUUGAGGUUCUGUUUAGCUGUUGUGGCAAAUAAUUUUCUUCCUUGAUGCAUCCCUUAUUGAUGUAAUACAGAGAUUACUUUCUCCCAUUGCUGAAUGAUUUCCCAAAUAUUUCUAUGUUGCAGUAGUAUGCAUUUGUUACUGUGUAGCUGUGUGUGUAGUUGAUAAGCAUUUGUACGAGGCUCUUGAGCGUUCAGAGCAUUUCACAUACUGAUAUCCUUGCAAUAGGUAGAUGUUAUCCCUUUAUUGCUUGAGGCUGAGAAUUCAUAGCUUGCCUAAAGCUUCAUUGGCAGAGGUGAGAUUCCAAGCAGGGACUUCCUCACUCAUAGGUCUGUCUUGGAAUGGUAGUAUGUUAGUAAAGGUUAGUAAAUUUUUUUUGGGUAAAGUGGAUAUUUGGUAGCAUUUCUGUCCCCCACUGUAAUUGUUAUACAGUAUUAACUUUAAAGUAAGAAAGGCAAAGUAGAUUGGUUCUGCAUGGCAGUUCACACAACUCGUGAUCUCCAGUGGCAUUUAUAACAUCUUCUAAUCUAACAGGUACAAGGAAAUUUUAAUUAAAUGAGUGCAAGUUAGGGCCAUUGAGUGAUGUAGUUCAUGCAGGAGAAUAUCCUAAAGUCCUUGGCUAUCCCUAAGGAGAAUGAAUAAUAAUAAAUAUAUUAAGCCAUAAUUCUCCUGCUGUAUUGUGUGUGUAUCCUCUGGAACAUUUGAUCCUUGUUUCUUUUUGUAGGCAACAAACUAGGUUAGAUAUUUCAUAAUCACCCAUGGUGUAUUCAGCACUUGGGAAUGUGAGUUUUUGCUUAAUAGAUUUCUUUGGGUCUUUGAAAGGCAUUAUGAUUUGACACCUAGAGAUCUAGUGUCCAACUUAUCUUGGGCUAUCUAUCAAAUCAUUUAACUUUCUGUGUUUGUCAAAUUCAUCCUGAAACAAUUCAACUGGAGCUAGUGCUUCUAGAGAGCACUUGGUGUUUACAUAUUACUCAUUCAUAAGCAUGAGGGCAGACCAGUUUUUUCUUUUUGCAAGGUCCAGUACUCCUGCUUUGAUUCACCAUAUGCUGACAGACUGGAUAUAUGACCUGAAGGCUUUGUUUAAGGUUCUGGAAGGUAGAUGUAUGUCAAUUACCCUGUGACAGCUAGAAAUAAAGUAUUUGGGGAUGUGUCCCAGGUGUUUUUGAGCAUAAUAAAAUGUGCUAUAUUUAUAUAUUAUCCAGUGCUUUCUUGGGACUUAGGACUGAUAAUGUAUUAUAGCUAUCAAAAGUUUCCUUUCCUGUACGCACACAGCAUAAAUUACAGAACUAGUUGCUCCAGUUGUUGAUCAGAUGAUUAUCUCAAACGUACAAAUAAGUCCACAGAUCUUAGCAUCUUAAGAUUUAACCACCCCUGUCUCUAGCUGAUAUUUGCUUCUCAACAUAGGCCAUUAGAGAAGGGCCAAAGUAUACAUGUUGGCCUUGCUGUUACCAUGACUGAGGAAACUGACUUGAUUUUUUUUUGUACAUGUAUUAGUAAUGGUUAUUUUGUGCAUGUUAGCUACUUUUAUUCUGAGUUCUUACAUACUGUAUAAAUGGCUUCUUGGCUUAAUAGCUACAAUAUCACUGUCAGAGCCAGUUUUGCCCUCUGUCUCAGAGACUCUUAAUUUGAUGUGUCAUAAUAGUAGAGUUGCUAAAACCUGAUAUACUUGUUGACCAGCUUAACACAUCUGGCUAUUGGAGUGACUUGCAAACUUGCAAACAAAUGUUCACAGUGAGGAGAUUAGCUCUGUCUUCUUUUUUGAAGGUCCCUCCUAUUAAAUCCCUCAGUUUCCAUUGUUACUACAUUAUUCCAAGAUGACCAUUGGCCAGAAUGCUCAAGAUAUGUGUGAUUGUAGCAGGAUAGAGGCUGUGGUAAAGAGCAUUAGCCUCUUAGUUUACUGCAUGUAGAGAAUGUCUAAAAGUGCCACUAUGCUAAACUGUACAGCCAUGUGAAACAGCUUAAAAUAUUUAUUUCAGGCUUCAUUGUUUGCCCAGAUCUGUGUGAAUACAGUACAAUUGUCAGGAGAUAGACAUUCUCUUAGAUUGGCAUGUCUAUUUACUUUUUUCUUCUUUGGUGAUCACUCAUAGCCGAGUAAGAUUGUCUUCUAUUAUUGAUACCUUUGUAUACAGCACCCUGAAAAAUGCUUUUGAAGGGCAGUAUAUAAAUUCCACAUAUGGUUGUAACCAUUGUCUCCUGAGACAGAGGUAUGCCAACAACAUGUAUCCAGCAUCGCCUUCCACUUGUGCAGUAGGACUUCCUCUUCCUCUCUUUGGCAGUCCUAUAGAUGGUUUUGCUGAAUUGAAUUGGAUUUUAGAACUUCUGUCAAGGUUUUGUUAAUGUGCUUGAAAUACCAAAAAUUAUUGUAUAUUGUUAGUUGUGGCUAUGCUGGGAUGUAAGAUGGAUUGUGGUGGCACUUUUCCAUUCAAACUAAAGUGUAAUCCUUUAUUUCCUUAGCUGUGCAACUUACUGCAUGUUUGGCCUUGGUGGAAUUGUUCUGCCAUGUAUCAGCUCCAUCUCCUGUCUUGUUUAUACUACACAGUUCCAAAGGGAAGUGAUUUGUUGACCUUCCCUCUAAAACGUGGUAGGGAUGCAGAAUUCUAAAACAUACAAAGACUUGAUCAGGAGUGACAGAUUUGUUUAACUGAAGAAACUUAACUAUUAUGGCAAGCUAAGAAGAAAUCUCAUUAAGAACCAAGUGAGGUGAACUUUUGGAGUACAUGAAAUCCAGAAUAUGGUCCUAAAUUCACUAACAGAAAAGAAAGAAUUUCAAGAGAUGUUAAUCUGAAAUUGGUAGAGAAUGAAUGAAUGAAUCUUUAUUUGCAUCAGGCAUCGGCCAUAGCAAUAAAACAACAAUACGAUAUACAAAGAAUAGAUUUUAAUCGAGUGGUAGAGGCAUGGUACCCUGUCUCUCUUUCACUUGAUAUUGGACAGAUUUGCUAACGCUGGUAGUCAUGGGUAGUUAUACAUUUUGAAUCUGAAAGAAAUCACUUCACACAACAGAUCACAGAAACUUCCUUUGUAUUAUCUGCACCAAGCAUUUAAUGUAUGGCAGAGGUUGAACCAGAUAAGUAAAUUAUGCUCUUUAAAAAGAAUUCUUACCUCUUCUCAAGAGGCAAGUUUGCAGAGCAGUUCCACUUGUUAUAAAACUUUGAAUAAGGAAAGACCAUGGAUCAUGUGUUUACUACUUGUACUGUGGAUCAGCUAUUUUCACCCACCCCCACCCCCAAUGUUUUGGGGAAACCCGUGCUUUCAGUUGGAGCUUAUCAAGGAUUAAUGAGAAAUCACAACGUGCAGCCAUAGUCUGGUGUUAAGUGUGUGUGCGUUCUAAGUCUUCUACUGUGCACUGAAUUUCUAUGAUUGAGGUUCAGGAGUUCCAUGAAGGUAGAACACUUUUGAAAACAGCAAGACUUCUUAAUUCUUCUGAUGAGGUUUUUUGAACUUCAGCAACUACACCGUGUACCACUGAGACUUGCUUGGUCUUUGAGUAAAAUUUAAUAAGCCAACCAAAAGCUUUUGCGUGUUAGAAAAAUCUAUAACUUGAAACAGAAAUGUCAAUUGAUUUGAAGAAAUGUCUGUUUCAGCAGUCUUUUUGAAGGAACACACUGCAUAAAGUGGAAUUAACAUGGAAGCUUAUAUCUUUGAAACUGCAUCGAGUUUUCACUCCCACACUGCAUUCCAGUUGAGGGACAUGCACUGUUUGGUGUUAGCUUUCAUUCUGAUAUUCCAAUCCAGAGGUUUUCAACCUUUUUGAGUCCAUGGCUCUUGACCAACUGCAUUCUUUCUGUGGCACCUCUGAGGCUUAGGAGCCCAGAUUCGUCACCCCUUGCCUGCAGAGCUGGCAACCCCUCACCCCUUUUUGAACACCCUCUCUUGUGGACUGUUCCCUCAGCCUCCUCUCUUCUCCCCUCUCCUUGGGAGUCUUUCGGGCAGCCGCUGCUGCUGUCCCUGGUCUCUGAGCUGCCUGCCCCCCCCCCCCUGCCCGAAAGAGAGAGCCGCUGCUGCUGUCCCUGGUCUCUGAGCUGCCUGCCCCCCCCCGCCCGAAAGAGAGGUGCCUCCUCACACUGCCUCACAGGGGCCUGGGAAGAGGAUGCCCCCAGCCUUAGUGGCCCAACAGAGAUUGGCCAAAGUUGAAUGUGAGGCCAGCACCUUUACCUUGGGAGGCAGCAGCAAGCGUUGACAGUCCUGCAUGGCAAAAAGGCGCUCAGCACCAGGCACUCAGCUCCCUGGCAGGCCUUACACACAGCAAGCACAAGAAAGGUCAGCGCACUGCCUGCCUCCCUGCCCAGCCUCCUACUUGUCUGUCCAUUCCCAACAGCAAGAGCUGGUGGACCGGCUGGCUGGGCUCCCUAGUCUGCUUGCUUCCUUACUCCAAGGCCACCUCAGCUCCUGACAACCAGCACCCGUUGGCCAGCCCCAGAGGCACCAUUCACCUGGGGAGCUUAUAACCAGCACUGCUGCAACAAACAGCUGUGCAAGCCUUUGGGAGGCAGAGACGCGAGGGCAUCAGAGGAGAGGGAGGGAAGGAGGCCAGUGUUGUCCGCGGCACCCUCGACCAUCAUUCAAGGCACCCCAAGGUACCAUGGCACACUGGUUGAAAACCACUGUUCUAAUCUAACAAUCCAACACUUUCUGUGCUGGUUUGUUUUAAAUGUCACUUACUGGGUUUUGGUUACCACCUGCAAGCUGAUGGUGUUGAACCUUUACAGAUCAGGUAGUUUCUGAAGCCAUUUCAAGAAGAGUUAACAGUGCUUGGCCUCUGCUUACCUGGAGCUGCAGCACAGGAUGUGUAAACUUAGUCUCUCCUUUGCUGCAUGGUCCUGUCAGACCUCUAUGUAUGCUGUUGUUGCUUCAGUAGCUGGGGGCACAAUGAGUCACAACAGACAAAAUGCAAAGGAUGGUGCUGGGAGUUCCAUCACUUGUGGACACUGUAUGCCUUGCUUUUGGUGAUGUGUUAUGUUUCAUAAAUGAAACUUAAACUCGAAGUUGUUGCAAUGACUAAGCAUGUGUAUUACAGGUCUCAUAGGAGUCUAAGAGGAAAUCUGGCAAGACAUGCUAGUCUUUUGGGAUUUCCAGAGUGUUUGCUGUAGUUAGCCUCUAGGGUUUCUCAUCAUUCUUAUCUGAGUAAUUUUGACCCUUCAAAGGCAAGUACAUGGAUCUAAUUCUGUCUUCAUCUAGACUGUGUUUUUUUGAAGUCUGAAGAUUUGAGACAACAGUGAACAGAGAACUUGUGGUACUUUCUUUUUGGAACUGUGUUGCUGCAAGGUGCAGGGCAUCCAUAUCAGAAUGCUUCCAUGGUCGUUCUAUACAGUGGUACCUCGGGUUAAGUACUUAAUACGUUCCGGAGGUCUGUUCUUACCCUGAAACUGUUCUUAACCUGAAGCACCACUUUAGCUAAUGGGGCCUCCUGCUGCUGCCGCGCCGCCGGAGCACGAUUUCUGUUCUCAUCCUGAAGCAAAGUUCUUAACCCGAGGUACUACCUCUGGGUUAGCAGAGUCUGUAACCUGAAGUGUAUGUAACCCGAGGUACCACUGUAAUUACUUAUUUAUACUUAGACCCCACCCUUCACCAAAUGGUCCCAGGGUAGUAAGUACAAUUGCAGUAUAAUAAUAAAAGAAAACCACAGAAACAGCCGCUAUCAGAAUAACAAGACAGCAGCAUAGAACAGCAGCGUUCAGCAGUAUAAAAGGAAGGAAUGCAUCUACUUAACCAAAAACCUUGGGUAAAGAGGUACAUUUUUGCUCAUAUCUUGCACAUGGAAAGAUAACGCCUUGGGAAGACAGAAUGUCUUAGCCUAAUGUUUUGUCUACGGUGAACUUUUGAUAUGGGAGAGCAUUCAAAAUCUCAAGCUUACAUGCCCAGCUAGAAUGUACCUCUUGCUUUUCCUUCUCAUUAGGGGGCCUUCAUAUAAACUCUGUAACAGAGAUUACAAGCUCAUGGAUGGAUUAUGUAUUUUAUCCAGGAAAUAUAGUGGCUGCUCUAGUGGUCAGAUAAGUCCUUUUUUUAAAAGCAUGAAUCCUGUGGAAAUGACAGUGUUAUUUCUGUUUUAUAAAUGGUGAUUUGAUUGCAGAAGGGUCCCUUGUUCAAUCAUCACUCAGAUAGCAGGACAGUCUCUUAGACUUGAGAAUCACCUACUCACAAUUUUUGUGCUGGGCUAAAAUUCAGUGUAAUGCUUGUUAUUUAUGGUCCUCCUCAGUAGACCUGGAGAGCCACUCUUUUCUCAUGUCCCUACCAAGAUGUCUGAACAUUGUUAACAAGUUAAAAUGCCUAGAAUGGCAGUGGGGCAGGGAGAGAAGAAAAAUGUUAAUUGUGUGCUUCACAAUGGAAGUAACAUGGCUACGUAAAGUUAAGGAUCUAAAAUUCCCUAAGUGUACCACUAACUGGAGCUCCAGCCAAACAGCGCAGAGUGAAUCCACAUGCCUCUGCUGCCCCCACUAGCUCCAGAGCUAGAGAAGGACAACAGAGGAGCUUCUGUUGGGUCCCAAUCUUGUGCUGAUGUUUACAGAUGAAGGAUAAAGUUGAGGGCAAGAUCCUGUCCUUUAAGGGAAAGUGCAUGUCCUGGUGAAUACAGUUUUUUAGCUGACUAUCAUUGCUGCCCCAAAUUUGUUGACCAUUAUUUAUCUCCCAGUUGGGGUAUGAGUUGCUCACGUGGCAAAUUCUUCAUCAGUGCUAUGCAUUCUAAUUUACUUCCUUUUGGCAGACAGGUUCAUUCCCUCACAGUUGCAGUGGACACUGGUUUCUCAAACUUGAACACUUCUUUCAACUAGGGUUUGUGUAGAUAGAACAUCUGGCAUGGAUAGAGGACGGUAAAAUGUUCUUCAGUUAUGGCCUGCUCUUUGUGGAAGUCCUAUCUGAUGUGUGUUGCCUGCUUUUUCAAAUUGUUACUUUUAGGGCAGAAGAGAAAACGUUGCGCAUGAUUUAUUCCUGUUAGUUUGAAAAAGCUAGUGAAAAGCGCUGUAGCUGGCAGAUGUUGGUGUUUUCAUGUGUGCUGAAUUUCUCUUGUAUCAUGAAGAGAGAUUGGGAGCCAACAUAAACCUUCAUUAAGUUAUAUUGAUGUGUGACAAAGUGUCUUGGGCUAUGGUUAUGUUUUGUGUCUGGUCAGGAUGCUUCAAGCAUGAAUGAUGUGUCUGAUCAUGUAGAUUUCUUAGCUGGGAAUGCAUAUGGAAUGGAGAGGAGAGAAACAGGCAACCGGCUGUUUCUAAUGGGUGCAGGAUGAUUUGUGGAAAUAGCUUUUGUGUUUUUUGUUGCUCUUUAGUGUUGAGCACACUUUGUUAGAAAUGUAGAAAGAUUUUGGAACCUUUGUGUCUGCAAGAGUAUGACGUUCAUAUUAGAUGGAUUGAGUGAUACCCUUGAUUCUCCAGAGAGGGUGCCAUGAUUUUACUGCAUGAGACUAACAGAGUUUUGUGGCACCUUUAAGGCUAACAAAUUUAUGAAAGUUAACACUUCCAUAGACACAUGAAGUGUAACUUUUCUUCCGUAUCCAGUGAAUUGGAUUAUAGUUUGUGAAGCUUAUGCCAUAAGUUGGUUAACAUUUAAAGUAUCACAAUAUUUUGUUUCCCCUUCAUUCUGGUAUUCUUGGGUGAUCUGUGAAUGAAAAUCCAGCUGCUAGAGCAAUUUGAAUAGGUUUGUUGUAAACUUGCUUAAGGAUGUGUACUGGUGUGGGCAUGUCAUAAGGAUCUCUAGAAAUAUGAGUCUUAAGUGUGUGCUUUUUAUAGCAGAAUUCUUUUCAGGGUCUUAAGGCACUUUCCCAAUAGCUUAGUAGGUAGAGCAUGAGACUUAAUCUCAGGGUUGGCCCCACGUUGGGCAGAAGAUUCCUUCAUUGCAGGGAGUUGGACUAGAUGACUCACAUGGUCUCUUCCAACUCUGUGAUUAUAUGAUUCUAAGACUAACCACUGAAAUGACUUGAUGAGUUCCAUCUAUUCAGUUUGGAGUGCGUUUGGGUGUUUAUGCAGCCCCAUUCUUCCUACUUCAGACUGUAGCAAAUUGUUUUGGUGCCAAGAAUUGUUAGCAUACUGGCCUUAUGUAGGCAAAAUUUCUAAUUACUUCUGAAUACACAUGCCAUGGUUAAGAAAAUAAUAACAUGGGAUUGUAUCCUUGUUAAUCCUACUUAGAGUAGACUUAUUGAAAUCAAAAAGUGUGUCCAACUAAAGCAGUAUGGUGUAAUGAUUAGAGAUUCAGACUCAGAGAAGGAUUGAAAUCGCCACUUGGCCAUGAAACUCACUGGUUGACCUUUGGCAAGAAACUGCGUCUCAGUCUACGGGAGGACAGGCAGGGUGUAGUAGCAGUGAAAUAGCAGGUAGAACAUAAUGGCAAAAUCCUGUUGUUAGAAGUAAGCCCUGCCCCCUGUUAUGCUCAAUAUAGUUUCCUUCCUUUGUGAGAAGAGCACUUGCCUUUUAUUUUGGAGUUUUCAGUGGCAAGAUUCAGGUAGGUAGCCAUGUUGGUCUGACUCAAGUCAAAAUAAAAUAUCUGAAGAAGUGUGCAUGCACAUGAAAUUUUAUACCCAGAACAAACUUAGUUGGUCUCCAAGGUACUACUGGACAAUUUUUUAAUUUUUAAUUAAUGCAAGUAACUGUAACGGGACAUACCUUUUCUCCAUGCCUUCUUGAUGUUCUAACUGUGUAAACCUAUCUGUGUUUGAACAGCAAUUCUGUUUGGAAUAGGGAAUAUUGUUGAGGUGCACAUCUAUUGAAAGUGCUGUAUGUUUGAGAGUACGUAUUAUAAACUGAUCCUCACAACAGUUUUAGGUAUCUAGAUAUUGACUCUUGAGGCUGCUGUGUUCUGGACAAUAUCAGAACACAGCUGAAAGAUUUUUUUUUGUUGGGACUGGUAAAGGGAUCAGAUGAUGCAGCAUUUUUUCAUUUACCAUUUCUUGGUCCAUUUCAAGCCUGCAAAUCCCAGGUUGAAUCCUGAAUGCUCCUACCAUCUUGUUGAAACUGGUGAUGACUGCCUAGAGGACCAUCGAUUGUGGUUCCAUUAUUUUAUAUUUAUGACCCACCUUUUUUCUUGACAGGGAUUCAAGGCUGUUUACAGAUAAAAUAAAAGCAGCUUAAAAUAUGGGGGGGGGAACUCAUUAAAAAAGAAGCAUUAAUAUAAAUAAAUAAUAUUAGAAUAUUACAUUAUUAAUAUUUUUUUAAGUACAGUAUUUCUCUCCCUAAGGAAGCUUGCCUGAUGUGUAUACUGUCUUUUUGUCACCAGGCUUUUAAUCUUUAAUCUGUGAUGAGACUUUGUAGCCAGUUCUGCUUUGUGAAUGUAAGUUGCCUUGAGAAUUUGUAUUGAAGGGUGGUAUGCAUAUUUAAUAAAUAUUGAUUCCACAGUAAGUAUGAAAUCACUUCCAUAAUGGAGAGAGGCUGGCCAGUGAGGAUUUACAUAAUGAGUUAAUGUCACCAAACCUAAAAUCUUCCAGGAUUUAACUAUUCUUUUAGAGAGAUGUUACCAGAAUAUGUGUGUUAAAGAAAUAAAUCUGCUUAGCGUUUUAUGCAUACUAUAAGUCUUCUCCACCAGAAGCUUAGCUGGCAACUCUUAAUGAAUAUGCAAUUAUUCACCCUUAUAUCUCUCUUCACUUCCUAUUCCUUUUAUCAGUUUUCCUUCCCCUCAUCCCUCUGGACAACACUCGUUUCUUAAGACUGGGGUAGCUCAGUUGGGAGAGCAUGAGACUCUUAAUCUCAGGGUCAUGGGUUUGAGCCCUGCGUUGGGUGAAAUAUUCCUGCAUUGCAGGGGAUUGAACUAGAAGACCCUCAUGAUUCCUUCCAACUCUACAAUUCUCUGAUUCUAUAAUUCUGCUCUCCUUGGCCUGCCGCUGCUUAUAGAUUAGCCCUGUGCUACUGGUCUGUCAUGAUGAAGCAAAACCAGAGAGAUAUAGAAUUGGAAAUUGUCAGGGAACUGCCAUCAGCUCAGAGACGAGAGGUGGAAGGGCAGUUGUGUUAUAGUGAACCUCCGAAGAUCUUGCGAAGCAGUUCCUCCUCUGGCGAGGAGGAAAGCCCCGCCUCCAGUGGGGAGGAGGUGCAGGGACCAGGAGAUGCUAGGGAGAGCCUCAAUACUGAGCCUGAGCAAAGCGGAGGGGAGGGAAGUCCCCCUUUGCCAGCACCCACUCUGUGCAGUAGGUUUCAGCGCAGAGAGGGGAGGAGAAGGAUGGGGGUCAUGCGACUGUUAUGCUGGGGGAGGUACAAGGACCGGCCACUCCCACAUUCUGCUAGCGACUGAACCAGACACGAACUUGCGACGCUCUUCACUGUAAAUAGUUUGCACUAAGAAUAAAGCUUGGAAAAGACAGGUUGGAGUCUUGCCUGUUUGCUCUCAAGCAACCACACCACCACCUGACAGAAAUCUUUACUCCUCCAAUAGCAUUAGAUUUCAUUUUCAUGUGACUGAAUAUCUUUCCCCUCAUCUUAAAGCAAGGCUAUUGCUUGCCCUCCUUGAAGAACAUGGCAUCAGCUACAUGCACACAAUCAAGAUCUGUGACCUGCUAAAUGCAGCUAACUCAUGUACUUAUUUCAGCCAAAUAAAUGGAGAUUUGCAGAAUCACUCAGUGUUGUAAUGGGCAGGAGUUCUAUUUCAGGUAGUAGAUUUAAAAUAGUAACUAAUUUGAUCUUGGGAGUGUUAAGUCUUUCAGCGUUUUUAGUUGAGGGUGGGGAAGGGGAAUCUUUCAAGUAGUGCUUGAAAAUUGUCUAUUUUCUAAUCAUCACUUGGUUUUUGUGAGCCUUCUUCUUUCUUUCUUUCACAUUCAUUGUUGCGGGGAGUAGCUGCCAUCUCCUGAUCAGAUGGCUUCAGAGCCAAGUGUCAAUCUUAACUAUGUUGCAUUCUGGGAUUUGCAGUUCACUCUGCCUACAGCAGAUGGGAACGUACUAGUGUCUGUCUAAAGGCAGACAUUUAUCCAGAGAAAGCUGUGCUUAAAUUUUGACCCAGAUGUAUUAAGACAAAAACAGAAAACUGGAAUGAAGCACUACUAGGUUAGCAGAUGGAACAAGUUGUGAUUUAUGGACAAACACAGUCACUAUUAAAUGCUGUGGUAACUAAUUUUAUAGCUGAUCUUUCCACAAGUUUGACUUGGCAUGUGAAUAAAAAUGCUCAUCAUCCAUCUGGCCCACAGAAUUAAGCAGUUGACUGUGUGGAGGGCCAAUACAUUGUGGAGAUUUGCUGAGUCUGUGGCAAGCCAACCCCUAGGGGUUGUAGGGGCUUCGGCCCCGACAAUAAAAUACUGUCUAGUGUGUAGUAUCUGUAGUUCUACAAAGGAGAGUUAAUGCUGUGGCAGCAGGGACACUAAGAUCACAGUCCUUUGCACACUUGAUAGGAAGGCUCAUUGAACACAAUGAAUUUUCCUUCCAAGUAAGCAUGCAUAGUAACAGUGUAGUCCUUUGCAUGCAAGUCACACUGUUCAAUAGGAAUUACUCUCCAGUAAGUGUGCAGAGUAUUACAGCUUACAUUCCUUUUAGCCAAAGAGAAGUAAGCACUGAUGACUCCUCCUUGUUAAAGAACUGCAUUAUAUAAUUUUACCACUUGAUGGUGCCAUAAUGCUGACAGUUGUGCAAAGCAUGGAAGGAACUGGGAAUAUGUAAAUGCUUCUUUAGGACUACGUAUGGUGUGAUGACAAGGACUAGUGUAAACUUGUACUCAAGCACCACUACCCUUCUCACAUCAAGACAGGCAGCGUACUUGCCUGUUUUCCUUCUUGCAUUUCAAGCACCUGUCUCUUCUCAUUCUGCUGGUUGCUAAUAUGAAACAAGUGUAGAGUUUUUCUGCCUGUUACUUUACUAUUUCUGGAAAUGGGGACAGGCUGCUGUCUCCCAGGUGAGAGGAGGCUCCUGUUGGUCUGGAACUACUCAGAGCAACAAAUAGGAAAGCUAGAAAGAUAGCAGGAAGUGAUGGAAAAGAUAGCAUGGGAACUGAUCUUUCCAAGGAUUGGACAGAUGGUUGCAUCAAAAGAUGGCUAAGAGAACAGGGUACUGGGCAAGAUAAUGAAUGGGGAAAAGUGUUGAGCCCCCUGUGUAGCUGUGGCCACACACUGAGCCCCUCCUAUGAAUCCUCCUAUGGUCUGGCCUUUCCCUCUUCUGCAGUGGCAGGUCAGCUGGCAUCCUACAUCAGCUGGGGCAAUAACUGAAUUAGGACUGGUAUAGUCAAGGAAGUAUGACAGCCUUUUUUGACCUUUUGCCAACUUGUUUGAGAGGUAGGCUAGUAUGUGCUGUCAGCUAAAUGAAGAUCCAGAAAUCAGCCUAUAAUACUAAAAGACACACGCACAACAACAAAAUAGGCCUUCCAAUAUAAGGAUAUAGUACCUUGAGAAGGGGAACACAUCAACCAUGAAGUUGUUGCUCCAGAACCAGCAGAUGUGAAGCUAAGUAAAAGCUGAAAAGUUGGUCUGUUAGACUCCAAUAUAGUCAUGUUUGGGGGGGGGGAAUCCACACAUUUGGGUGUCUAGGUUUCUGUAGUUUUGAUGUAGGUCAUAAAUUUUUCUAUUGUUACAGCAUUUUUUAUAAAUAUGCUAGGUAUCUAACAAAUAUCGCAGUGACAGGUUUCUGUCACCAGGACCUUCCAGUUUAAAAGCAAAAGCUUUUGACUGUAUGACAACCCAACCAGAAGUAAAAUGUGGCUAAGCCAGAAAGGACAGAGGUGCAAUAGCCAUUCCCAACACCAAUUUGCUACCCAUAAUGUGGAGAGACUGGGUUGCUUGAGAGUCACAGCUCUAGGUAACCUGACAGCACUCAGUGUUUUAGUGGGGUCUGGCUGUUUCACAGAGAAGAUUUCUAUGUAUGAGUUCUUUGGUACCAGAGAAAUUCCUCCCAGGCCAGGGGGAGAGUAGAGCUAAAAAUUGUCUCCUGAAUAAUUGUCUUACAGUUCUAGAGAAGGUAAAGGAGAGGCAUCUAAUAAGCUGUGCUAGUGGAGAGUGCAGCACCCCCCUGUAUUCUUUGGCCAGGCUAGAAGGAACAUGCAACACACCUUUUAAGCCCAGGGGUCAGCAAACUUUUUCAGCAGGGGGCUGGUCCACCUUCCCUCAGACCUUGUGGCGGGCCGGACUAUAUUUUUUUGGGGGGGGGGGAAUGAACAAAUUCCUAUGCCCCACAAAUAACCCAGAGAUGCAUUUUAAAUAAAAGGACACAUUCUACUCAUGUAAAAAUACACUGAUUCCCGGACUGUCAGCGGGCUGGAUUGAGAAGGCAAUUGGGCUGGAUCCGGCCCCUGGAUCCUACCCAUGUUUUAAGCUGUUCCGAUUAGUCAGUUUUUGGUCUUGCUGCAUCACUUCCUGGCAUGUUCAGCUGAGGCCGAAGCCUGUGGUAGUGAGUUCCUUAGUAUUAUCACCUGUUUCACCUGCCAUUGUUUUUAGACCAUGGAACACAGUCUCUUAUAAGCUUAGGGAUUUUAGUUGUGUAUCUUAACUGCUGACUUGGUUUUAUGGGAUAAGCGAGGAGCAUACUUCCAGAAAACCAUUUUUUUUUUGCGGUACUGAACUGAUUCUCCACCAGAAGGUCUUUAAAAAAAAUUAGUAAUUUUUUUAAUGAAAUACAAAAGAACGUGCAACAUCUGUUCUUUAUGUUCAUAUUUUAAGUCUUUUGGUUACGUUCAGUGUAAGACAAUAUGGUCUCCAGAGGUAGGGGGAGAGGCUGGAUGAUAAACUUGCACACCAUUUUUUCAUUUUUCCAGCUUGGUAUAUGUGUGGGGAUUUUAUGUCAGCAUCAUUUGGGUAGGUUCUCUUUCUAUAUAUUUGUCAGCAAGGUCUUUCUUAAUUUGAUCUGGCUUGCCAGUGAAAUGAGAAUGUAUUCAUAUUUUUGUGGCAUAGGUACUCUAUAUACUAUUAAAUACAGUUAGAUAUGUUUUUCAGGAUUUCUUUCUCUUUUUGGCAGUUUAAGACAUUAAUGCUGACACCUAAAAGUAAAUUCCAGUGGAAUCAAAUUGAGCAGGCUCUGAUCAGUCCCUACUUGAACUUGUGCAUGACCCUUGGGGGUCCCUUCCAAUUCUACAAUGCUAUGGUUCUUUGUUCAACCCUGUGCCUUACUGUCCUUCUCUAUUGGAAUAGAUUUUCCUCUGCAACAACCUUUCAGUUUCUUGGUAGCUUUACUGGUCCCCCCCCCCCCCCGUUUGUGCCUCUUAUUGCUGUCCCACAACCGGUAUGCAAUAUUUAGGGUAACUGGGGACAGUAUCUUGGUCUAAGGAUUAAAUGUGUUAAAAGAAUAGAAGCCUUUUCCUUUUGGGGUGGGUGGAAAAUAAAUGUCAGUAGUCCGCAGCUAUUGUCCUGAUUUCCAAAAUGUGACUACCAACCUGUUUGUAUGGUUCCAGCAUGAAUCUGUAGUAGUAGCAAAUUUGAGAGAUGUACAACAAAGAGGUGCCUACAAUGAAAUCAGGAUAAAGCAGGAAGUAUUUUGGUAGCCUUGUGUGCUAAUGAAGCGUUCAUGUGAGCAGUGGAAGCUUAGUACAGUGGUACCUCAGGUUACAGACUCCGCUAACCUAGAAGUAGUACCUCGGGUUAAGAACUUUGCUUCAGGAUGAGAACAGAAAUUGUCCUCUGGCGGCGCGGCAGCAGUGGGAGGCCCCAUUAGCUAAAGUGGUGCUUCAGGUUAAGAACAGUUAAGAACGGACCUCCGGAACAAAUUAAGUACUUAACCCUAGGUGCCACUGUAUAGAGGUCUUUGGUAUACAUUCAACCUCAGAAAUUGCUUUUGAUUCCUUAUGUUUAUCUAAGACUGCCUCCAUUCUAUGUAGUUUGAGCUUUUUAGGCCACCUUUGUUCUUUUGCACUGUCACUUGUUUGUUAACUGAUUAAAAUAUGUCCUGCUGACAGUCAACUCUGUCAUUUUUUUUUUUUUUUACCAAGCAGGACCAGGAAGCGGAAAACUAAUAAAAAUGAAAGUGGACCGAACUAAGCUGAAGAAAACACCUACAGAGGCUGUAAGUAUCACCUCUUGUUACCUUGAGCUCAUCAUAGGAAAAGUGUGAGAAUAUACUGCAAUGGGAUCAAGGAGAUUACAGAUUUGACUGUAUCUACAGCAGUGCAUUUCUGACAUUCCAGUUUUGAAUGUCUUGGGUUGUGUGAUAGUUUAUUGCUGGAAUAGUCAAUCCGUUGUAGGCUGCAUUCCCUCAAGGGUAAUCUUUUGGGAGGGGGUGCAUGCUUUUAGUUGGUAGAGCCAUACACAGUGAUGAGCACAGACAGAAAAAAACCCCUCUGUGUUCCAUUAACUAAACUGAAAUAAAGACUGCCCUGCCUGGUUCAAUUUUUACAUGGCCACCUCACAUGAGAAUUCCUAAUCCUGUGCAAAUCAAUUCAUAAGUAAGCAUCACUACCUUUGGUGAGAUUACUCUCAGAUAAGGAUUCAAGAGUUUUUUCAUACAACAGAUCAAUAUAGCUACUGUUCUGGAAAGCAAAGACAGUAAAAGCAGUUCCUUUCUGCCUUUGUGUGAUAUGGACACACACAUACUCCAGAAAACUACCAUUUUGUUUUCAGACAGUUGGGGAGAAACUUGUUUUUUGUAAGCCAUACAAAAAGUUGUUUUAAACAAUCAAUUUGUUUUUAUCAAAUAAAACACCACCCAAUGGCUCUGAAACUACAUAGAGGAAAAGAGGGAAGGGGAGCUUAAAGCCCGGAAAAAUUAGGAAGUAAACAGGAUUCUGGGAUUUCAAGAGUGAGGUAGCUUCAGGAAGCAUGAGUGCAUGUGCAUAAAAUGAGAUUGGGUGCUGCAAGCCUCUUCAAAAUGGCAAGUUCCCCAUCUGUGUUUUACUGAGUGCAUGUUCCUUAGCAGCAAAUGUGAAGAUAAAUGGGAGAAACUGGAGAUCACUGUGUUCUAGAAAUAAACGGACUUUCUUCCACUUGGCAGGUUAUGAUUGCCAGUAUCUCAGAAGCUAUAGAAAUUGGUUUCUAAUUUAGAUCAUUACUCCUACAAAAAUGGAUUCCAAAAGAAAUGGAAUGAAGGCUGCGUUCUUUGAUCAGUAUCCUGUAGUAGAUUGCAAGUCAGCGUACCCCUUAAUUGAGUUUAGUAACUCAUUUAGUGCAGACAGUGAAGUGCUUUUUCAUAUUACAUAUCUGACUGUUUAAGCGUCACACAAUGGGAAAAGGUAGAAAUUUGGGGGCAUUUUGUUUUCUAUAAAUAUAAACACAGAAACACCCAAGCUGUUGCUGGUAGGAUCACAUGUCUGUUUGUGCACAUUAGGCUGAGGAGAGAAGUGAGUGAUUUUUAAAAUUUAAAACAACACAACUCAUUGCUUACCAGCAUUUUCUUUUAUGAAGAAGCAUCCGUUGAUGUGUAGCAAUUAGUGUUCCUUAUGCAGUUUCUUCACCUUUCAGCCUGCAGAUUGCAGAGCCUUGAUUGACAAACUCAAGGUUUGCAAUGAUGAGCAGCUGCUGCUGGAACUUCAACAGAUCAAAACAUGGAACAUCGGCAAGGUAUGUGGUAGCAGCAGAUCAUGUAGCUAAAAAGCUUGAGAAAAUGCAAUGCCUCUUGUCUUUUAAUUUAUAUUUAUUUUGAGGCUUUAUAAUAUAGCAUUUUUUCCAACUUAGUGUGCUCUAGCACUACAAUUCCCAUCAUCUAACCAUUGACCAUGCUGCCUAGGGCUGAUGGGAGUCCAACAAGUUUGGGGAAAGCUCUUGUGGAAGGUUGAGGAUGGCAUGCGCUUCAGACAACCAUGACUGGUCCCAGAGGAUUAAAACUUUAUGAUGCACUUCUAGUUCUGCAAACCAGUUUAUAGCUUUAUCCGUUGUUGUUGUUGUUGUUGUUGUUACUAUUAUUAUUAUUAUUAUUAUUCAAUAUUACAUUCAGUUACACAUUUCAUCAUUCUUUACAAUACAUUCCAAAUUGUGCUAUAUGUAUAUAUAUCUAUAUGUAGAUGUAUAUUUUCCUUAUUUCUACCAUUGUGUCUUCCCUCCACCAGAGCUCAACUUUUGUUUUUCUUUACUUUUAUAUUGUGUUAUAAAUACUAUUUACUUAUUCCCCAUUAACCAACUUUCCAUAUUUUAACUUUAACUUUGUGAGCUUCAGUCAAUGCAUAUCAAUAACUUUGUUAUGGAACAAUGUUUUAUCAUAUAUUCUUCUACACAUUCCCAUUCUUUCCUCAGUUUCUGAUUUGAUUGGAAUCUAAUAGCUGCUGUCAUUUUGGCCAACUCUAUAAACUCACAGAGCUUGUUUUGCCACUCCGUUAUUGAGGGAACAAUGUCCCCUUUCCAAUUUUUAGCUAUUGGUAUUCUGGCGGCAGCUAUAGCAUAUAAAAACACUUCUUUUCUUAUCUCCAGGGAUGUCUGUUGAGACUAUACCUAAUAGGAACUCUUCUGGCUUUUUCUCAAAUUAUGUUUUAAAUAUAUUUUUUAGUUCUUCAUGGAUUCUACUCCAGAAUUUUUUUAUUUUCCUGCAUCUCCACCAUAGAUGGUACAUCAUUCCUUCUGCCUUAUUACAUCUCCAACACAUAUUUGAUUUUAAUCUGUGUAUCUUGGCCAGUCUGAUGGGGGUCAUAUACCACCUGUACAUCAUCUUUAUCAGAUUUUCUCUUAUUGUGUAGCAAGCAGUAAAUCUAAUGUCUUGCUUCCACAAUUUUUCCCAUUGCUCCAUCUGGAUAUUAUAACCGAAAUCUUGGGCCCACCUCCUUUAUUUCCUCGUCUUUUAAUUCCCACUCUGACAGUAAAUUAUAGGUUUUAGAUAAUAAUUUCCUUUUGUUUUGUAAUAGUUCUUUUUGUAGUUUAGAUUCUUCUUUUCCAAAGCCGAUUUUUUGGUCAAAAUUAAAUAUGUCGUGUAAUUGAUGGUAUUGCCUCCAACCAGUACAAUGUUGUUUAAUUUCCUCAAAAGUUUUCAGUUUAAAUUGGCCAUGUUCUUCUUUUAGUAGUUGGUUGUAUGUAGCCCAGUUUUUCUCCAUAUUUUUCUUUUUUACUGAGAUUACCUCCAGAGAUGACACCCACCACGGUGUUUUGGGUUCUAGUAAAUUUUGAUAUUUCUCUAAUUCUUUUUUGUAUGGCAUUUUGUUGUAUGUAAUAUCCUCUUAUGAAGGCCUUACUUGCGUCCCAUAUCACUCAUAUCUGUUUCCUGAGCCAUAUUUAUUUCGAAGAAUUCCUUUAGCAGAUCUUGAGCUUUGUUCAGUAUCUUUUCGUCAUUUAAGAUCUUUUCAUUCAUCCUCCAUCUCAUAUUUAUUUUCCUGUUUCCCCUUAAUUCUAACAUAAUUGAGUUGUAAAAGUUAUAGCUUUAUCCUAGUCAGGCUUACUUGUUGUGCCAGUCGGACUUCCAAAUAAGCACGCAUGGGGGUUGGAUCUACAGUGGUACCUCGCAAGACGAAUGCCUCGCAAGACAAAAAACUCGCUAGACGAAAGGGUUUUUUGUUUUUUGAGCUGCUUCGCAAGACGAUUUUCCCUAUGGGCUUGCUUCGCAAGACGGAAACGUCUUGCAAGUUUGUUUCCUUUUCUUAACACCGUUAAUACAGUUGCGACUUGACUUCGAGGAGCAACUCAUAGAACGCGGUGUGGUAGCCUUUUUUGAGGUUUUUAAAGACUUUGGUGAUUUUUGAAGCUUUUCCAAAACUUUCCCGACACCGUGCUUCACAAGACAAAAAAAAUCGCAAGACGACAAAACUCGCGGAACAAAUUAAUUUCGUCUUGCGAGGCACCACUGUAAUGUUUUACUCUCCAGUGACUUAGCUCUUGAGUCCACUGUAUUUAGCUGAUGAAUAUGGGGAUAGCUUGGUUCCCCCCCCCGCCCCCCGGGAGGUAUAGCAGACCCUUUUCCAAGAAGUCCAGUUAUCUCUCCUUGUCACUGUCAUUCUUCCCUGAAUGUGCUUUUUCCCCUCUUUAAGUGCGAACUUUACCACUGGGUGGACCUGCUAGACAGAUUCGAUGGGAUCCUAGCAGAUGCUGGGCAGACAGUGGAGAACAUGUCAUGGAUGCUGGUUUGCGACAGGCCGGAGAGGGAACAGCUGAAAUCCUUAUUGCUGUCAGUGUUGAACUUCACUGCCCUGCUAAUAGAAUACAGUUUUUCUCGCCACCUGUACAGCUCUAUCGAGGUAAAGAACUCUAAAGUAGCAGGGUUGGGAUUUAGAAGGGCUGAAGGGCCUCUCAUCUGAAACAUGUUUUAGAAGCAGAUGAUGGCUUUAAUAGUGUAAAGCCGCUUUUCUGUCGGGACAAGAAUGACAGCUGCACUAUAUUGUUGAUUGUGGGAGGCAGAUGGACUCAAAUAUUUAAUACUUAAAUACUUAGCAAUUUUAUACAAUGCUUUAAAGUAUUCAAGAGGUUUACAUAGCAUACAGUUAAUUUUUAAAUUUUAAAGCCAGAAGGCAGGCUAGUAUUAUGCUCCCCAUAUUGUAGGUUGAGGAUUGUAGCUGUCCUAAGGCUGCAUAUGGAGUCCAUAGCAAAAGCAAGGUUUGAAUUAUGGACUUCUGGUUGAUAACUUAGUCUGUUAGCCGCAACACUACAGUGACUGAACAUGGCAAGGAAGACCAGAGUAUUUAUUUGCUAUAACAGGAAAAUAUUAAUCUCUUUGGAAAUUAAGAUUGUGGUAGUUUCAGGAAUGUUUCAAAUACUUUGCUCUUCGCUUAGCACUUGACAACAUUGUUGGCGUCCUCGGACAUGCAAGUGGUGCUUGCAGUGCUCAACCUCCUGUAUGUGUUUAGCAAACGCUCCAAUUACAUCACGCGCCUGGGCUCUGACAAGAGGAUGCCUCUUCUAUCCCGGCUACAGCAUUUGGCAGAGGUAAGGAGCUGUAAAGAGACCUACAAGAAAGUUGAAGUUCAUUGUCUUAAUGGCUUCUUUAGAUAAUGCACCUUUAGAAGCCAUAUUGAUGGAUCAAAAAUGCAAUGUCUCUAGUAAAGAAUUAUUCUAAUCCGUUUCUCUCACAUGGGACACACUUGGAGCAUUGACAGUCAUAAUAUAAAUGGAUUUGCUCAAAGCAAUAGAAAAUGUAAGAUCUCUGACACAUUUUCUAUCUCUGCUUCCUAAAUUUAAGGCUUUAGGCAUCACAUCUUAAAUCUGGUUUGUCCUUUUGGGCUGUUUGCAUCAGCCCAUCUUACUUAGUGUUUUAUUAUGUACUGAGGUUUCCAGACAGGUAUGUAGUUAUUUGUAGUAUUCCCGUUGUCAAAGUAUUAAGACUUAAAAGCCUGAAUUGUCUAAUUUUAUUUGCUUUGGGGUCUUCUUCAUAUAGCCAAUUUUUUAUUUGUUGUGGGAGCAAUUGCUUUUGAAAGGUUGUGUAUUGUUAAACAGACUUUUUAGCCUAAUGAUGAAGCUAGUAAUCCUGAAGAUCAUUGUGCUACAGUUUAGCCUGCUCUUGUGGCCUUCUGUCACAUUGCAGGUGUGGUGUAAUCUGAGAGAGAGAGCAGGCGUCAGAUUCCUUGAGCACUGCCUUUUUAUCUGCUAUGUGAUAAAAGCAGCAUGCAGCCAGGGUAUAUAAAGGAAGCUUCAGAGGUGGUAUAUUUUUGGCUAACCAGACCUCUAAGCAUUCUGAGAGGUACAGUCCUGUAACUGCUUUUGUGAUGGACUGUUUCACGUGAUGUGUUUUCCCACCAAUCCUUCUGCACAGUACAAUGUAAAAAUGUAUGGUACAAAAGGUCUGAAGGCAGAUGAAGAAAAAUUGAGAGGUUAAAAAAAGCGGGUGGGGGGGACAGACACUCAGCUAAAACAAAGCACUUUGAGGGAAUUGUGUACUUUCAGGGAGAAAACAGGAGUGGCUUUGUAAAACUUUUCUUCGAAAACAAUAUUUAAAUACUAUGUUCUCUGUCUGCUCUAUUUUAUGUUCUUGAUUUAUUUUCUGUAUUUUAUUGGUGGUAUUUCUGUUUUGUUUAUAAUUGGAAACUAUAAUAAAGUAAAAUAUAAGCCACUGCGUAGGUGGCUCCACUCAUCUUUCUCUGGAUCCAACCUACUAAGUUUUAAUCUGUUUGUGGCUUGAUUUCACAUCCAGAUUACAAAACAAAGGUGACCCAAUUCCUUCUCUCAUUUUCAAAGCAGUUGAAAUUUACUCUGGUGUCACUUGUAAUUGCAGUUAUCACAGGAAGCAAUGAUGUACAUGACACUGCAAUGUGCAGCUGGUUGUUUUCUUAAAAGGUCCAGUUUAGGUGUGCCUGUGGCAAAGACCAAGUACUAUCAUCACAGGUACAAACUAUGAUUCAGUGAGUCAUUUCAAGCAGCUCUGAAGGCAGCUGAGCACUGGCGCUCUUUAUCAUAGCCUGUGACAGUUACUUAGCUCUCAAACUUCUGUUUUACCAGUCAACAUUGUUGCAUUGGGUCAUGUUGGAUGGUAUCUUGGCAGUUUCUCAGUGGUAUGUUGGCUUUCAUUUUGGGUAGCCUUCAUUACCACAAAGCAGAACUUGUCAAUUGCUUUUGGAAACAAUCAUGAGGACUGUUUACAUUAAGUAGGAUUUUGGAGUCAUAGGGGGAAGGGGGGCACUCAGUGAGAUUUUAAAUGCAGCUGUGAAUAGAACAUGCAUGCCAGAACUUCACAUAGCCAAUUUUCUAUUGAUCAAGUCCAACUGAAGUGUACAGUUGAGUUUUCCUUCUGGAUUGUUUUUUGUAGGGUUUUGGGGUUCAUUCAACCUUUAUGUUCUCCUCCUUCUGUCCUGCAGAGUUGGGGUGGCAAGGAGAAUGGCUUUGGUCUGGCAGAAUGUUGUAGAGAUUUGCACAUGCUGGUAAGUAUUCCAUUUUGAAUUUUAUCUUUUCUGCUACUUUGCGGUUGGUAGCUUGACUCAUGGUGUGUAGAACUAAUUCCCAGUUGCUUUUCUGAUUUACGUGAAUACAUUGAUAGUCCUUUCCCAAGUGUGUCUUUUAUAGUGCCUCUCACACUGUUCGUAUUUAAUAGCAAAUUGGCAAAUAGUUGGUACUCUGCUCUUGCAGGAAGAAAAUUUGGUCUUCCUAACGGGCAAGAGUCCAUUAAAACACAGUAGGAUUCUGCAAUAUAUUUGAUAUAAAAGCCACUUUGCAUUGCCUGACAUAGGCUUUGGAAAAGUUUGACUUCAAACAAUGUUUUAGGGUUAGGGAUUCUGACACCAAGAUUUGGACACUGAAACUCUCAUUUUUUGCUGGUAUAUAUAAUCUUCCUUCUUGAGGGUAAGCAAUGUGUGAUUUGAAAGAAUACUGGGUAUUUGGGGGUGGGAGUUCUUGGGUGCCCUUUCCUUGCUGACUGCAUAAUUCUUUCCCCCGUCCAUGGUGGUCCCCUGAACCAGGAGAGAUGCCAGCUUGUGGUUCUGAUAGUUACUAGCCUCAUCAGAACCGCCCUGUUGCUUUAAAACUUUCCAGUGCCUGCUUUGCUGAUUUUUGCUAUGUUUUGAAAUGGCUACACUCUGGAGUGAAGCAGCAUCAUUGUGGGCAGGAUCAUACAUAGGGUAUUUUCAAGAUGUAUUGUUUUUGAGAAUGAUCAGAGUAACAGUCCUUUGCAACAUACACAUUCUGGGUGUUGAUCCUGGUGGAGAUCACUUUUUGCCCCAGUUGGCUUAGCAUGAUCAACACAGAUGGUACAGCUGCUAUCAUACCAAAACAGUGGCAGUUACUGUAAACUUCUGGAAAUAGGAAGCAAAACAUUUUUAAGGUGCUUCCUGGUUUGCCGCUACCGUCACUGCUGACAGCGAUGUCAGGAAGUGCACCAACUGUAGGGCUCAUGAGUUGUGAGGCCCAUAAGGUCUGAUGGCAUGUUCUGAAAUACUGCCCUUGACCUGGGGCCAGCAAAAUUCUCCCCCUCGGCUGCUUCAACUUUUACAUUAAGCUUGCAUGAGCUGAGUGAUGCAAGGCUGAGUAGUCUUAUAUGCAUUGCUACUCAUACCCUGUGGGGCUGCUGAAGGCACAGGUCUAGGCCAUUGUUCCAUGUCUGUGCAUCUUCUUGGAUAUUGCUGUUGUGUUCCUAGAUAUCAGCAGGGCUCCCUCUGCAUCACCAUGUCUUCAUACCUAAUCCUAACUUCUUACAUCUUAACUCUCUUCCUCCUCCCACGUGCACAAAAAGAUGUAAGGAGAGUUGGGGUGGUGGUUAUACUCACACUUCUGCAAGUGGGUGCUCUUAGCACCAGGGUGCAUUGUCCUUUGUUACGCUAACGCCCCUCCCUUAACCUCCCCCUAGUCCAGGGUGAGAGUGGUUUGAUUUUUUUUUUGGAGGGAGUGUUUGCCAUCUGGUUUGUUCUGAUUCCAUACUGUGAUCUGUACACAGAAAUACCCUCCCAGUGCAACUACACUACACUUUGAAUUCUAUGCAGAGCCAGGGGCCGAGGUCAAAGUGGACAAAAGGGUGAGUCUCCUACAGACUUGUUCUUGUAGGGUUCUGAGGGAAGUGGGUGGGAGCAAGAUUUGGCAAAUAAGCCCACAUUGGAUUGAAAAAGGCUAUAGCACGUUGCUCCCUAUUCAGUUUCUAAGAGAAGUGGGGUUCGCUACUCCCAGUGAGUGAAUACUAAGAUGGAGGAAGUUACUUUAGGUAUGAGAAGAUGCUGGCAGCCAGUCUUCCUAUUCUCAGAUGCUUUCAGUAGCUUGAUCAACUCAUUUUGGAGGUUGUCAUGGUCCACUCAGUGUCCUACCUCUGCUGUAGCUGCUGUGCCCUGCAAUCAAACAUGCUGCUUUUAACUCUUGGAGGUGGUGGUGAUGGUGGUAGGGAUUCAGUGGUGUUGAAGGCCCACUUUGUUGCCCUCAUAUCUCAGGGAGAGCUUGUUUUCCUACGUCUUGAGAAACACUCUAUGAAAGGUCUCUUGUCAGGUGCAAACAGUUCAAACUUUGUCCUCCCCAAAUUCCACACUAGGCCCUGUGAGGACCCUUACAUAGUAGCUCCAGUUCCCUGAGUAUUUGGGUGUAAAGUAGAUGGCACACCUUGACAGUGUUCCCAAAUUAAAUGGGAACACUUCAGUGCCAGGUACAUACACCAUUGACACUUUCAAGGUAACAUCUCUGUCCACCUGUGAAGAGACUUCUCCAUUUUGCUUCUCUAAAUGCUUGUUUUUUCUAGGUAUGGAUUUAUGGGGCAGAUGUGGAUUUAUGGGGCAGCAGCUCUUUCUCAAAUAGGGGUUGCCAGCACAGUAAUCCAUAUUGGGAUAUGAUUAAAAUACCCCACGAAAGCCAGGUCUGAUUGUUGGCCAAAGGCACAACUCAUUUUUGAGCUGUAGCUCUUGGUGGCUGCCCUUAAGCAGUUCUGUGGCACAGUUGUGACUUUGCCAUGGCUUCCGAAUGAGAGAUCGGAAAUGAACUCCAAAACCUUUUUGUUUCCUUUUCAGACUACCAGCAACACACUACAUUAUAUUCACAUAGAACAACUUGACAAGGUAAGCUAACUCCCCCUGCUUAAUUGAAUGAUAUUUUUAAUUUUGCCUUUGUAUUGGCUUCUAAGCCUCUCUUAUUUACCCAAUGCAGAUUUCAGAAAGUCCCUCUGAAAUUAUGGAAUCCCUCACCAAAAUGUACAGCAUCCCAAAGGAUAAACAGGUACAUUGACAGGAAAGACCAAUGUGGUGCUCUGGGUGCAUUACAGAAUGAGGCUUCUGGUUUAGUUUCAAGGAAAACAAAUUUGCUGUGCUUCGGAGAUUUUCAGUAACUAAACUGAGUUAAUGAAUCUCCUUGGUACUUGAAAUGGAUUUUUUUCUGGGCUUGGUGGGGCGCUUAAUGAGUUGAGAGCUCUAGUUUCCAAUACUGCUAACUUUGGUGUGGUUUCCAUAUUGUGUCCUCAAAAUGGGGAGAGUGUGAUGAGACAGAGAAACGGAAACCCAUUGAGAGUGACAUGGUUACACAAGGUAGCAGCAGAUACUGCCCUGGAUUGCAUCAGGUUGAGUGCAUUAGGGCCACCUUUAUAAAUGAGAUAAUAGAAUAAAUUGUAUCAUCUGGGACUUCAGAAUAGGAAUUGCAUUUUGAAUGUGCGCUCUGUAGACAAAACGAGGGCAUUGGGGAGACUGGUUCAUGCCCUGCCCUUGUUCUAGUUUUCUGCUUGCAAUAUUUACUUAUAUACACAUAUGACUGAAGUAAUAAAAUUCGUUGCAUCUCAUUCUGCUGCAUAUGUAGAUCCUGCCAGGUGACUGGGGUCAGUUAUAACCCUGUGAGGGAAGCAUUGUCAUGGUGGGUGCUUGGGUCUUUAUUGCAACAUUGCUAACUGUUUUCUUCUUGUAGAUGCUGUUGUUUACACACAUUCGCCUGGCCCAUGGCUUUUCCAAUCAUAAAAAGCGGUUGCAAGCUGUUCAGGCCAGACUGCAUGCCAUUUCUAUAUUAGGUGAGCAUGGUGGCAGAUGAAUUCUUAUCUGUGGCACUGCCAAAGUAAAGGGGAAGAAUAUGAGUUUAUACAAGUGGACAUUGGGAUAGCUUUAAAGUGAUACUUUUUAUUUUGUUGCACGUGAUCGUGUUUUCAUGUACUGCCAUGAAAUAAAUAGGCAUUUGAUCAAUCAGUGGGGCAGGACAGGAGACAUCUUCUCCCUGCCACUCUGUCAUGUGUCCAUGCCCCCAUCCUGGCACUAUUUCUGUUUUUGGCCCUCUCCUUCCAUGGCCAGCUGCCGCCAGUGCAUGCACUGGCUCCCCUCAGGCAGGCAGGCUUGGGACAGGCUAGGCAGUGGCCCCAAGCAAUUUCCAGGGUGAGAGUCUGUCUCUGUCUGUGUCUCUCUCUCCUCCUCAUGUGCCCUCCCCAUUAAAGUGGAGAGCUCUCCACUUUAUGUAAUUUCACAUGCAUGUGCGGGGUUGUGGAACGUAACCCCUGCGUAAGGGCGGGGGAAUGCCUGGACUAUGCAUUUCUGGGGACUCUUGAGUCACAUACGUGACUUAGCUAUUCAAGCUGCUUUUUAACUGAUAGAUGUAGUGGCUCACAACAAAUGAAGUGAGCAAGUCUGUGUAUCAAGGAAAUCCUACAGUGUAGCUACCAUUGCUGAAAAAAGACUUGGCCCUGGACAUGUCAGCCUGUCCUCUCUAUAUAUCAGUAUUUAGACCCGGAUGAGUUAGUGCUAUCAAGUCUUGACUUAUUUCCCAGAGACUAACCGGUAACCAGCUGAUAUCUUUUGGUACCAAGGAAAUGAUUCUAAUAGUCCAGGCAUAGGCAAACUCGGCCCUCCAGAUGUUUUGGGACUACAACUCCCAUCAUCCCUGACCACUGGUCCUGCUAGCUUGGAAUGAUGGGAGCUGUAGUCCCAAAACAUCUGGAGGGCCGAGUUUGCCUAUGCCUGCAAUAGUCAGUCCCAGCCACUAGCUUGGCUGCUGCACUAACUGAAGUUUAUGAACAGCUUUCAAGGGUAGCCCCAAACUGAAUAUAUUACAGUAAUAUAAUAUGGAAAUUACCAUAGCGCAGAUCUCUGCUGCUCCUACAGAGAAGGCAUAACUGGUUGUACCUGGUAAAAAGGUACUACUUGUCAUAGUGCCACCUUUAUAUAUAAAAGCAGCAGUAUCUUAAGAUACAAUCUUAAUCUGUGAUCUCUCCCCACCCCCCGAAUCUAGAUAAGAUCUAUUCCCAGUCCCCAAGAUUAACAGGGGAGCAAACACCACAAUAUUGUCAAUGAGAUAAGUUUAAGUUGGCUGUAAGCUUCUUUCCUACUUAACUACUGCUGCAGAUACCAAUUCAGGAAUUUCACUGCCUCUUCAAAAAGGGCAAGCAUUAAUUGUUGCCCAUAUAUUGAUGAUACACCAUUCAAAUUCUGUGAUGACAUUUCCCAACAGUUUCAUAAACAUAUUAAAAACAUAGGAGAGAGCCAAGAUGGUUUUUAAGUAGUCUGAGAAAAAUAAAGAACUUUACACUAAAUUGCCAUCUUUGAAAGCUGUAGUCUCUUCCCACCCCCAAUUUUUUAACAGGCCAGGGAACAAAUGUUAUUGUGCUUAUUUGUGAUGUUGCUUCAUAGAGGCCUGGUUGACUUAAAUGCUUGUUCCUUCAUGGCCAGUUGGUGGGGUUGUGGUUCAUAGCAAUGAGAAUUUUAGGUUGUCGACUAACAAAUGCAAGGACCAGAGGGAAGCCAAACAAAGCCAUAUAGAACCAUGUUUGCUUUCUUCCUCUGAUCUGGAGCACCUGGACAUAGCUUGUACAGUAGAAGCUUGUGCUUCUGGAUCAGAGACCAUAAUUGUAUUAACCAGUUAUGUGUCACUUAAAAUAAUGGAUAGGUUUGUCCCCCCCCCCCCAUGUCUGUCACCUGCUGCAAAUUCUUAACAAAGCCUCUCUCUCUUUCCACAGUGUAUUCAAAUGCCUUGCAGGAAUCCGCCAACAGCAUUCUAUACAAUGGGUUGAUAGAGGAGCUAGUGGAUGUACUGCAGAUAACAGAUAAACAGUUAAUGGUACGUCAUCUAUCGACCUGCUUCUCCUGCCCAGACUUGUUGGUAAGGAAAGCUAGCUCAAUGGUACUCACCUUAGUUCCUUCCCAAGGUAUUGGCAUUGGGUUGGACUGUAAAGAUUCUAGAGUUUUUUUCUGCCAUUUUCCCAGGAGCUUGUCACUAGCCUAUUCAGCUUCCUUUGAUACUGACUGAAUAUGUGGAUAUUUAUAAAUUAUAAUAUAGCACACGAUUCUCCUCGGAGCUAAAUCCCUAAUCUCCCCAUUUCUCUUUGACAGGACAUCAAAGCCGCCUCACUGAGGACGUUAACUUCCAUUGUGCACUUGGAGAGGACUCCAAAACUCAGUAGUAUUAUUGAUUGCACUGGAACUGCCUCCUACCAUGGAUUUUUGCCAGUCCUAGUCCGGAACUGUAUACAGGCCAUGAUCGGCAAGUAUUUCUAGAUCUCACAUGUACUUUGGUUGUAUUCUGCUUGUUGUAUUCUAAUGGUGCUUCCUUUCCUCUUCCCAGAUCCCUCCAUGGAGCCAUAUCCACAUCAGUUUGCCACAGCACUCUUCUCCUUCUUGUAUCACCUGGCAAGCUAUGAUGCAGGAGGUGAAGCUCUAGUCUCCUGUGGCAUGAUGGAGGCCUUACUGAAGGUAAUGUAUGCUCAGAAGAAUGAGUAAGGCAGCCAGUUCCCAAAAAUUAGAGAACCGUUUGCUGGACUCCUGUCAGACAAAAAUUGGGCAUGCAGUUCUUUUGACUGUUGUCAAGAAAACUGGAGCACUGUUGUGUGUACAGAUACCCUUCUCUGUCCCUUGCCUCCACAUCUUGCUGCUGCUGUUCCCGUUAGCCAGUUUGUUUGCCAGUUUGUUUCUAUUGAAUUAAAACUGGUAAAUCUUGAAUGCCAGCCAUAGGGAAGCCCAGUUUCUGGGCUGGUGAGGCCGAGAAACUAUCUAAGAGUAGAAAAGAUUGGCUCAUAAGUAUUGGAGCCUAAAACAUGCAUUCAUAUGUGUAUCUGGUUUGUCUCAACUGAAAUGCCUGUUCUGUCAAGCCAAGCUCUGAUUUAAUAGCAUUCGAGAUUAGGCAUAGUAGCUGCCCUUUGAGAAAUCAAACUGCUUGGUGGCAUUCCAGAGCAUUUAACCGUAGCCUGACUUUGCUGUUGUGACUUUAGUUGUUGUGUUCUGGUCCUCAGACCUCAAGAAGGGCCUUAUAGAACUAGAAAAGGGCAGUCAAAAUGAUCAGCGGGCACUGGAGACACACAUACACACACCCCUUUGAGGAAAAGUUACAGCCUUGGAGUCUUUGAGGGGGCAAGGGGGAACAUUAUUGAUUGAAAGAUAUAAAAUUAAGUAUGGUGUAGAGCAGGGAUGUCCAACCGGUCAACAGGUCAAUCCCUGAGUGAUAGCGGUAGAUCACGUGCUUAUUUUCCUCCGGGGGGGGGGGGAGCAUCCUUGCACGUGCUGUCCUGACCUGGCGAGAGUCAGUUGUCACUCGGAUGCCUCCGCCGCCCUGCUACAUGGGUGUUUUGGAAGCUCCAGCCAGCGGGCUGCAACAAGUUAACUCUGACAGGAUCGCAGAUCCCUGGCUGUGCCUGUCUACUUAUGUGAUCGGACGGCUGUAGACUGUUGGUGCUCAACCUCUGGUUUCCCACAACGGUGUGACCGGAGGGGAGUGUUCACGGGGAUGAAGGCCCGCCUAAUCGCCGUGUCAGAGGCGAGGGGAGAGCAGUGUAGUGUUUAAUGUUUUUAAAGCAAUUUAUGGUGUGCCCCCUCCAAAAGCAGCAGAAGUACUGCGCCCCCAAAAACUUAACAGAUUUGGUCUGGCCCCCCUAAAAAAGCUAAGCAAAUUUGAUUCCCCCCUCCCAUGGGCAGAUCACUGCCAGUUUUUUAUUCCGAGAGUUGAUUGCAGUCUCUUGGGAGUUGGACGUCCCUGGUGUAGAGAAAGUGGAUAAGUCAGUAAUCCAGGGUCACUGAACAAAUCUGAAUAAUGGGAGACUGAGGAUAGGCAAAAAAGGUACUUCUUACAGUGCAUAGUUAAACUAUAGAAUUCAUCCUCAGAAGAUGCAUUGAUCGCAACCAUGGUCACAGCCCACUUGAAUAAUUUUAAAAGGGGAUUGAACCCGUUUGUAGUUGAAAAGGGUGUUAAUGGUUACUUAGGGUUACCGUAUUUCAAGAAGUGAAAAUCUGGACACAAAAGUUGUUGAGCUCCCCCCCCCCCCAACACUUCUGAUAUGGGCUGCCAUGCACCUGGGUUUUCAUGGACAUUUUAACCAACUUUUGACAAUUGCGCCUGGACUCCCUUUUCUACGGAUGAAUCCCGGCUUUGUCUGGGAAAUUCCAGACGUAUGGCACCCCUGUGGUUACUAGCAAAGAUACCUCCCGUAUGGGGGCACUGUUGUGUGUACAGCAUGCCUCUGAAUACCAGUUGCUAGGGAAUUUGAGAAGGGAAGAGUUAUAUUAUAUUGUCCUGCUUGUGUGCUUCACAUUGAAGCAUCUGGUUGGCCACUGUGAGAACUGAAUGCUGGACUAGAUGAACCAUUUAUCUGAUGCAACAGACUUCUUAGGUGUUUUCUUUCGAAAUUCUGGAUUCUCCCCAAUGUCAUUUGAAAAUGGUGGGUUGUUGUACCCAUGGGUUUAUCAUUUUUGUGGCUCCUGCAUUCACACAUUCUUACCUGCUUUUACAUCUUUCUUCCCAGGUGAUCAAGUUCUUAGGAGAUGAGCAGGACCAGAUCACUUUUGUGACCAGAGCAGUCCGUGUGGUGGACUUAAUCACAAACCUAGACAUGGCAGCUUUCCAGUCUCAUAGCGGCCUCUCUAUCUUCAUCUAUAGACUAGAGGUAGCUGUGCUUUAUUCUUCUGUCAACUGCUAUUCAUUGCAUACUCUUCAUGUAGGCCUCACUUCACAGCCAUUGUUCAUUUUUAUUACAGAGUUCACAAUCAUUGAUACCAGUGAUUCAGUUAACUCUACUCAAGUUGUUUUAAAGCUCUUUUUACAUAUAGCUUCCUUUGUGUUUUAGCAUGAGGCAGACCUGUGUCGGAGGGAAUGUCCCUUUGUAAUAAAGCCAAAGAUCCAGAGACCUGCUGCUACCACUACACAGGAGGGUGAAGAGAUGGAGACAGACAUAGAAGGUAUCUCAUAACAGCUAUUGGUCAUUUUUACAGAAAUGUUUAUAACUUACUGAACUAAUAAACGUAGAGAGGAAAAUCUACAGAAACUGUAUCUGUUGAUAGUAUUGGAUUUUAUUUUAAUUGCAACUUGAUGUAUUUCUGUUAGCUUUUAUUACGUUUUAAAGAGAUUUAAUAAUCCUAUGUUUUAUAGAGCUAUAACUAAAAUGUUACAUGUUAGAUACAGUUGGGAUUCUUCUGCUGCCUUUCAAGAACUGGAUUUUGAAAUAAAAUGAAUUAAGUAGAAUUGUGAGAUGAAAGGUAAACUUCAUGCAUUCUCCAUAGAUGGCAGAUUUGACAUGCUUAGCCAGUUUUGUUGGGGUGUGUGGUUUGGCAGAGUUGGUUCAGCACUUUUUGAGUGUUGGGGGAUCCUCUGGGAUUUUUACUUUAGAAAAUGGGUGAGGUAGGGUGAGACAAGAUAGAAUUAUACAUGGUGUAGAGAGAAUGAACAGGGAGAAGUAAUAUUAGUCUGUUGCUCUGGGGCAGGUUAGGUUGUUGAGUUUUGAAAAAUGAUAAUAAAGAAGUCAUGCCUACUGUCAUCUUGUGUUGGCAAAGAGAAGAUACAGCUUCUAAAUGAAAGAUAGGGUAUUCCAACAGCUAUAGCUUUGCAGACAUAGGGUGGAACUUGUGAAGGGCCUGUGCUAAUUUGUCUUACGCUGAGUACCGUAUUUUUUGCUCUAUAAGAUGCCCCAGACCAUAAGUUUUUGGAGGAGGAAAACAAGAAAAAAAUAUAUUCUGAAUCUCAGAAGCCAGAAAAACAAGAGGGAUUGCUGCACAGCGAAAGCAGCAAUCUCUCUUGCUGUUCUGGCUUCUGGGAUAGCUGCGCAGCCUGCAUUCGCUCCAUGAGACGCACACACAUUUCCCCUUACUUUUUAGGAGGGAAAAAGUGAGUCUUAUAGAGCAAAAAAUACGGUAUAUCUCCCUCUCCCGCGCCCACGCACAACUGAGUCCAAUUAUUUCCUUUAAAAUAUCUUUCCAUUUCUCUAGUUUCUGACGUAGCCAUGGAGAGCAGCCCUGGGCCUUCCACCUCUGGAGAACAUCGACAAGAAGUUGUGGUUGAAACAAGGGCCCCAAGUGCCAUCACUCCUAGCAGUAGCAGUAGCAGCAGCAGCACAAACAUGGUAGUCUCACCCCGAAGUGGUAUGUAUUGACUUGUAUAAAAGAGCUUUUGUUGUACCACUGGAGUGUUUGCCAUUGACUGAUUUCAUUUUCUGGAUUCCUUCUUUAUUCCAGGAGUUCAGUGUAUCCCUCAGCGAGCAGCACUUCUCAAGUCCAUGUUGAACUUCUUGAAAAAGGCCAUCCAGGACCCAGCUUUUUCAGAUGGCAUACGGCAUGGUGAGAGACUGCCUUAGCAUUUGGGCUAAGCCAGCAGUUCUUGAACCAGCUUUCCCUUGACCAUCUUCUCAUAAUGACAAGAUGCUUGUCUCUUUGUGGUGUAUAGUAGGCUGUAAAUGCUGGUGGCUGCACAACUAAAGGCAGGAGUCUCCUGGGAUGCUUCCAUCCUCCACCAGUUUGGUUCUACUUGGGCAACAGAUCUCUUAUGAGUUCAUUAGCUUUCUUUUCUUCCUUUUUUUGUAAAUAUUUUUUAUUAAAUUUUACAUCUCAGAUGGUGAAUGUUAUGUUUGAAUGGAAAUCUGAGAAUUCAUUAGCUUUCUUUGGUGACUUUUGUAUUUCUAUCCUACACAGAUGUAAAAGUGUGAAAUGUCACACUAGACCUCUUUUUGGAAGUUGCUCUUGUUCUGGGGAAUGAACUUCCCAGCAAUAGUCACCAGUGUCUAAUCUUGUGCAAAGCAAACCACAAAAUGUGGUGACUUCCUUAGAAUCCCAGUUUCAUUGUUUAAACCCAGAGAAAUUUGCUAGCCCAUUAUUGUAAAGAUAUUGGAACCGUGCAGAGAAUAGUUACUGACAUCCUUGGAAGCCAAAUGAGUUGCUGAAUAAUAUUUCUGGUGGUUUGGGGGUGGGGAUUUAAUUGCACUAUGAAGCACCUUGUCCUUUACCAUUAUUAGCAAACCAGAAUAAAUUGUACAGAGUGAUAGAAUAUUUUGUACAUGUCUGCAUAUUGUAUAGGCGAUAAAGUAAAGCUUAUUGGUGCAGCAUUUUUAGUCGAAACUUUACUGAAAGUGCUUUAUGUAAUUACUGCAUUAUCCGUGCCUUAUUCAUUAUGUCUCCUCCUUGCAGUGAUGGAUGGCUCUCUGCCUACCUCUCUGAAGCACAUCAUCAGCAAUGCAGAAUACUAUGGGCCAUCACUCUUCUUGCUUGGUAAGUGUGUCUUUCAUGCAUAAUAAAUAAUACGUUUCUUAGCUGGUUUCCCUGGACCACAUCCCUCUUGAUUUGUUUCCCAGGAGUGACAGCAUACUCUGGGAAUGGGCCAUUGUAAUGGGAGGUGUCAUCUCUCAGCCUAGCUGCGAAGUUGUCCUGCCUAGGAAGACCUGUACUGGUCAGUGACUCACCUCAUUCUCUCUUCUCUCCUGACAGCCACUGAGGUGGUAACGGUCUUUGUAUUCCAAGAGCCUUCGCUGCUAUCCUCGCUACAGGACAAUGGCCUAACAGAUGUCAUGCUGCACGCUCUCCUUAUAAAAGAUGUGAGUUUUAUUAUUUUUGUUACCUGUGUUCCUAUAAAAGCCUCAUGUUGUUGGUUUUUUUAAUCUGGGAGCUGAAAGUGUCUUAGUAAUUUUUACACUUCCCAUUUUGCAUUCCAGCAGUUGCUAAUUUCUGGCACUGCAAUCUAAUUCAUUUUGUAAAUGAAUAUACUUGAUAAAAGCAUUUCAUAUAGUUCAUGUUAAGUCUACUGUGCUGGCCCAUUUAGGGGUUCAUGGCACAGUUGGAAUUGCACUUGUGCUACUUUUUCAACAUAUCUCCUCAGCUACUCUUUUAUUCUGCUCAAAUGGAGGGUGAAUGUGGAAAUAUGUGGAUUUACCGUAUUUUUCGCCCUAUAGGACGCACUUUUUCCCCUCCAAAAAUGAAGGGGAAAUGUGUGUGCGUCCUAUGGGGCGAAUGCAGGCUUUCGCUGAAGCUUGGAGAGCGAGAGGGGUCGGUGCGCACCGACCCCUCUCUCUCCAGGCUUCGGGAAGCUAUCCGUAAGCCUGGGGAGCCCGUGGGAGUUCCUGCAGGGCUCCCUAGGCUGCGGAUAGCAGCCUGCUUGCCCGGAGCGCGGGGCGCACUGAAGCAGAGCGCCCCACGCUUCGGGCAGAUAUCCGCAACCUAGGGAGCCCUGCGGGAGUUCCCGCGGCAGGGGGGGAUAAUUUUUUUCCCUUUAUUUCCCCCCCCCCCAAAAAAAAAAACUAGGUGCGUCCUAUGGGCCGGUGCGUCCUAUAGGGCGAAAAAUACGUCCCAUUUUGUCUUUCCACUUUAUUUACACUCCUGCUCAGUCAGUUCACUCUACCAUUUCUUUCCAAUUUCCACCUUUGAAUCUCUGCUUUCCUGUUUAUAUUGUUUUCUCUCAACGUAGUCCCUUGAAGCUACUAUUUUUCUCUCAAGUCAUUCAACUCAGUUAAGAGAGUUCUCUGGCUCCUAUACAUAAGAAUGGGUUCCCCAUUCCACAUAAAAAAUCCUGUUUUCCCACAUUGCUUUUAUGCCAUAUCUCACUGCAUUUUGUAACGUUAGGCCAAAGGUGAGCAGAAGGUUGAUCAGGAUCUGCUGGCAGAUUUGUGUGAUAGGAAGCAGAUUGGAAAAAAGGUUCUGACUCCCAGUUCAUUAAGAAUAGCAGCAACAAAUUGUCUUUUCCAUGUAAAUCAGGUACUGGGGGGAAAUUCCUAGGCUCAGAAUGUGCUUGGAGGCAAACUUCUUUUCAGAAUUUCAAGAUCUUCCAUGGAGUAGCCAUGAUUAUGUGUGUCUCCUCUUUCUCCAAACAGCUCAAGGCGACUGACCUUGUAUUAUCCUUGUGAGAUAGGCUAGGCUGAGGGUUUCUGACUGGCCCAAGUUCAUUCAGGGAUUCUCAUGGUCUCCAUCUGCUAAACAACUUUGCUCCAUUAGAUAAACAACUUUUAUCUACAAGGACAUGUAGCUAGAACUAAAAAAGCAAAGUAGAUCUGACAAGCCUGAAGUCUAACCACCCUUGUGUUAGGUUGUUAGGCCUCAUUUGGAUCAAAUAAUCGUUUAUAAAGAAAUGUUACUUUUAUAGCUCAAGUGCAACUUUGUGACCCUUUUGGCAUUGCGGUGCACGUCUCUCCUGACAGGUCCCAGCCACACGGGAAGUUCUGGGCUCCCUUCCUAAUGUCUUCAGUGCCCUGUGCCUGAAUGCCCGGGGCCUCCAAUCCUUCGUUCAGUGUCAGCCUUUUGAACGCCUCUUCAAAGUGUUGCUCUCACCAGACUACCUCCCAGCAAUGAGGAGGCGUCGCAGUUCAGAUCCACUUGGUGAGUAUCUUCCGGGGUCCAUUUGUGUUGGGCAUUUCUCCCUACUUGUCACCAUCCUGUGGUCCAGAUAAAAAGGUAAAGGUAUCCCUGCCCGUACGGGCCAGUCGUGUCCGACUCUGGGGUUGCGCGCCCAUCUCGCUUAAGAGGCCAGGGGCCAGUGCUGUCCGAAGACACUUCCGGGUCACGUGGCCAGCGUGACAAGCUGCAUCUGGCGAGCCAGCGCAGCACACGGAAACACCGUUUACCUUCCCGCUAGUAAGCGGUCCCUAUUUAUCUACUUGCACCCGGGGGUGCUUUCAAACUGCUAGGUUGGCAGGCGCUGGGACCGAGCAACGGGAGCGCACCCCGCCGCGGGGAUUCGAACCGCCGACCUGAUGAUCGGCAAGUCCUAGGCGCUGAGGUUUUACCCACAGCGCCACCCGCGUCCCGUGGUCCAGAUAGCCAUCUUCAAAUAUAUUAAGGGCUGUCACAUGGAAGAGGGAAAAGUUUGUUUUAUCCUGCUCCCUGGAGACAACUAGAGGGGGUCCCCCCGUUUUAACUUUUGGAAAUCGUUUUGAAUUUUACUAUUAUCCAGUCUAAUUAACAAAUUAAUCCUAGUGUUUUAUGGCUCAUAUGUCGGCUCUGUUCCUAGGUGAAAUUCUUAUAAAGUGGACUGUUAUCAACCUGUGAUGAGGAAUUCCCCAUUUCCCUUUUGAAAACAAGCUUCUAUUGUUUACCAUUUCUAAUGAUUAAGUUGAAUGGAAGUGCAGUUUUUCUGCCUCAGAAUCCUACUUUCCUGAUGACUUAAUACAGCACCCAAUGUUGUGCUGCUUGUGGUGUUUUAACACGUGAAUGUGCAGCUUUCCACCUGGUAUCUUUGUCUUCGCAGUGGGUGAUCUUGUAAUCACAGCCAGAAAUUGUACUAGCAGCAAACAAAAUGAGAUGGCUAUGAAUCUGAAAUAUUUCAUUCCAUCAUUGAUGGAGCCUUAGAAAUGUAAUGUAUUUGGCAUACUUUUAUCAGUUACAGCAAGAGUUGCCAAUCCUUACUAUUAUUAUUAUUAUUAUUAUUAUUAGGAAUAAAAUUUUAUUAGUUUUCAAUUACAGUCCAAUAAUAGCCUCAUUAUAGCAAUACCAAUUUAUAAUACAAUUUAAUACCAAUCAUUCAAGUACUGAAUUAUAUAAUUUAAAGUUGCCCCCUGCAUGCUUGAUUUGAUGAUUUGAUAAUUUUCUUUAUUUCUGCUUUCGAAAAUCUUUUUAGUAUCAAUUGCAUUCUGGUUAUAAUAAUAAUCCCUUAUACAACAUCUGCAAUAUUAAUAACUCUAAUCGUGUUGAUACAUUAAAUGAUUUUUAAAUUUCAAGUGAUGAUCGCCAGCCAUAUCCUUGUUCUUGUGUGUGGCAGUGUUCAGAAUGGAGGGAAGGAUGGGUGUCCAAUGCUGGCAUCCAGUGAAAUAUGGGCAUGUUUAAGGAAUGUGUUCUGUGUAGAAGAGGCUGAGCAUGUAUAAACAGAAAGUGAACAGAAGGAACAUAUACUACUCGGGCUGCCGUGGUUGCGUAGAAAAAUAGAUUAUUUUGACCUGUGGGGACCCAUAUCUGAUUCUUAAAAAGAAAUGCAACCGCACUCAAUCUUGAAUUAGUAGCAUACCCAGCCAACAGUGCUUCCAUCUUGUUUGGGCAGCUUGUUUACUCACAUCCAGUUCAUCACGGACCUUAGACACCAGUUCGGAACCUUAGUUAACUCGUUGAAAGCAGAUGUAAAGGAGAGAUAGCAUUGAGUGUCCAAAAUCUCCAGACAGUUUUGUGUAGAUUGAACCUUGUGGCAUUCUGCGCGUGGAAGGCCUUUGGAUGGAACAGUAACUCCACCUGUCACCUUUGUAGACCCAACUUGCAAGAAGGAGAGACCACAGUAUGUCUCCUCUUUGCUCCAAACACGAGGCAAUCCAGAAGCAUAUCAGGGGAUCUUAGAGAAUAAACAAGAUCUUAUUCUCACUUUCCAUCUCCUAUCUAUGCUCACCCACAGUUUAUAAUAAAGACAUUCGUGCCUGUAGAAGUUGGUAUUCUUGAAAAUAUUAUGCUAACUUUUUAUGAAAGCAAGUUCCAGGCUUAUGGAUUUGGAGAUUAAUAGAUGGAAAACUCACACAGUGUCUGCAAGAGAGUCAUACCUAGAAAUUAGCUGUUACUCCCAUCUGGCCUUCUGUUAUUUUCCCUUAUACCUUGUUUCCCUUUCAUGCAACACUGAACCUUUUUUUUUUUUUUAAGUUUCAUUAGAAUAUUGAGUUAUGUAGACUAAGAGGACAAAAAUAAAUUGUUACUUACUUGACUGGGCUGGUUUAUGCCAAGUACCACAGUCCUUUAUAGCUUAAAUCUAAUUUGCUCCCCUUUCCCGGUGUUCAUUCUAGGGGACACUGCUUCCAAUCUUGGAAGUGCUGUGGAUGAGCUCAUGAGGCACCAGCCCACACUCAAGACAGAUGCUACUACAGCCAUAAUUAAGGUAGGAAACAGAACAGAAUGGUUCCUAUGCUGUUUGUGUCUCUAUCUUGCCAACCUCCCAAGUUGUGCACCUAGAUGUUGCCUCUUUUACACUGUUUUUUCCUGAAUGCAGUCUUAUUUGGAGAAUAACAUCCCAGACUGGUAUUCUGGAAGUCCUAACAAGAACCUGUUCCAUGCCAACAUGCUUGUUCACUGUUCUGCAGUUACUAGAAGAAAUCUGCAAUCUGGGCCGAGACCCUAAAUACAUCUGCCAGAAGCCCUCCAUUCAGAAGGCUGAUGGAACAGCCACUGCUCCACCACCUCGCUCAACUCAUGCAGCAGAGGAGGCCUCCAGUGAGGAUGAAGAAGAGGAAGAGGUGCAAGCUAUGCAGAGUUUCAAUGCCACGCAGCAGAGUGAGGCAGAAUCCAGCCAGCAGUGAGUAGCUGAGGCUAAAAAUAACAUACAGCAAUCCUGUGAAUGGUGGCUUGCUGCAAAGUCUAGCCUGCACUUGCUUUCUGAUCAGUUUUUAAAGCUGCUUGAAAACAACCUGUAUUUGAGGGUGGGGGGGGGGGCUUGGCAAAACAACUGGGCUGCCCUUCAUGUUUAGGAAGAGCACGGUGAUGGUUCAAAGAACCCAUUAAGUUAAUUCCAUGAAUCCAAUGGGGUCUUGUUUUUCUUCAGUGGCAAUCCAACAUGCCACAUGGCAAUUAGUUUUGAAACGGAGAGUUUCAGAGCAGCUGGAGCCGGCACGGGGUGUGUUGGGACGGGUAAGCUAUACAAAAGUUACAUCCCACUGGAUUAGCAGAGGCUCUCUGAGUAAGCCUAAGCAACUCUCUGGAUCCUAGUCAACGUGCUUCACAUAGCUGUCAAGGUUGCUGCAUAUAGCAGAAAAUGUACUUGGGCAGCUGUUACCCAUGUUGACUGGCAAGUACAUUGUACACAGCAGAAAAUGCAUUUGCAUAGCUCUUCGUGUGUUAGCAAAGCAUUCAUUUUCCUGUGUGCUAAUAUCACUAGUAAAGGUAAAGGGACCCCUGACCAUUAGGUCCAGUCGUGACCGACUCUGCGGUUGCGGUGCUCAUCUCGCUUUACUGGCCGAGGGAGCCGGCGUACAGCUUCCGGGUCAUGUGGCCAGCAUGACUAAGCCGCUUCUGGCGAACCAGAGCAGCGCAUGGAAACACAGUUUACCUUCCCGCUGGAAUGGUACCUAUUUAUCUACUUGCACUUUGAUGUGCUUUCGAACUGCUAGGUUGGCAGGAGAAGGGACCAAGCAACAGGAGAUCACCCCUUCGCGGGGAUUCAAACCGCCAACCUUCUGAUUGGCAAGUCGUAGGCUCUGUGGUUUAACCCACAGUGCCAAUUUGAGGCAACUGUUGAGCUCGUUUAUUGAAGUGUACUGUUGCAAAAAAGAAAAAAGCCCUUCAUAAGAGUAAAGUUUGAUUCCUUUGAGCAUUUUUGGUAGAGACUGUUUGAGAAAUGGUGUAUUUGUUUGAGUGUAUGUUGUCUUGUUGUUCACGCCUGCCUUGUGGUUUUGAAUCAAGACAGGAUAAGACCAUGGUCAUUUUACUGUUUAGCAUUUUUGUGAUAUUGACCCUUCAAUACAAGGUUGCUGACAUUUAAUACCUGCUUGGUAUUGAAGCAGGCCACAGAUUCACAAAUAACUCCUUAGAUUCAUGGUUUGCAUUUGUUUAUUUGGUAGGUUUACAGUGCCACACAAUGAACAGAGUAUCUAGGCAGUGAACAUAAUACAGCCCGUGAAUGGUAGGGUGGGCUCUGCUGGGUUUAUAGCCCUGAGAUGUAAUUGAAGUGAUAUAUUAUACCAGGGGUCAGCAACCUUUUUCAGUCGUGGGCUGGUUCACCGUCCCUCAGACCAUGUGGUGUGCCGGACUAUAUUUUGAAGGAAAAAAUGAAUGAAUUCCUAUGCUCCGCAAAUAACCCAGAGAUGCAUUUUAAAUAAAAGGACACAUUCUACUCAUGUAAAAACACGCUGACUGGCCAGAUUGAGAAGGCCUUAGGUUGCCUACCCCUGUAUUAUACAAAGCACAAUUCUAAGAAAAGAGGGUGGGUGAAGCUGUUAUAAAGAUCACUUGGACCACAGCAGAACCCAGAGCUAGGUUUCAGUCAAAGUGGUCCUGUUAGCUUUUCUUUCUUGUUUCUGCAAGCUGAUUCUUCACUUAUCUAUUUCCUGCCUUGCAUACAUUUUACUCGGAAGUAAGAACCACUAGCUUUCAGUGGAAUUCACUUGCAAGUGAGAGUGGGUGGGAAUAUUUAAUUUCCUCCUCUCAGUUCCAUUCUGUGCUGUGCAUGUGUAAUCUUCCUGCUUAUUAUUCUAUUGGCUUGUGACUAGGAGAAAUUGGCUUUUGUGAGCUUAUGGGUAGGGUUGGCAUGCCAGUCAGUUGACAGAUCAGACAUUAUAAAUUCGCUAUCUUGUUAUCAUUUGACCAUAAUCACAUACCUCAUGAAGCCACAGUGGUUGAACUUACUUGCUGCCUAAUUAGCACAACUGCAUUUAAAACCUACUUUUUAGUUGGUUGCUGCUGCUAUACUUUAUUUGGGAUUUUAUUUCAUUAUGUAGCCAUGGACUGACCCUCGUGUUUGGGAUAAAAGCUAGAGAACAGUUCAAUGAAUUCACAUUUCAAAUGAUUAAAAGUUAUAAUUCACUGCAGUUCUUUUUGUUUUAAAUAUGGUAGUAACUUUAUGAUUUCAUUAACAGAUUAUUUUGUUUUUGUAAUUAGUAUAAAUAUCAAACAUGUUUAUCUUUCUGUUUUUGUUCUAAUUAAAGUUAAUUCUUUCAAAGUUAACCACUAUUUGGUCAGUUGACCAAAUCUUUUUUUGAUUGGUUAGAUGACCAAACUUAGCUGCAAGUGCUUUCUUAAAAAUGCAUCAACACAGAGUAUUCAUUGCUUUGGAGAAACUCCCAAAUUAUAACUUACCAAGAACCACAACUUGGCUGGAUCUUUUCAAACCUUGAUAAACCUGCUUAAUCCCACCACUGGGCUUUCAGAUUGGCCAUGUUCUCAUGUAAGACUAAAACAUGACAGGAAGGAGCUGCUGUGAGCCUUGGGCUUGUGUUCUUCCUCUCACCUCAGAGGACACCUACAGGGUUUAGUUUCACUUCCACAAAACCUGACUUAUUACAUAUAAAUCAGAGAUUGUGAUUUUUAAAAACCUGUUCUGUGUAAACCAGCCAACUUCAAACCAUGGACUAUGAAACUGUCUUAUUUAACUAGCCCAGGGGGUGGGAAAUCUGUGGCCCUCCAGAUGUUGUUGGACUCCGUCAACCUUAGCUAGCAUGGCCCAGUGGUCAGGUAUGAUAGGGGUUGGGGUGCAGCAACAUGUAGAGAGCCACAGGUUCCUCAUUCCUGUUUUACAUCAUGAUACCUGGUUCAUAGGACAUGAUAAGCCAGGUUUUGUGGAAAGUGAAACUAAAUUCUCCCAGCCAUGUAGUAGGUGGUGUGUGAAUUGUGUUUCCCCUCCUAAAUGUGGUAGAACCCUAGAAACAUGAUGCUUCCAGGUAGCUUCUGUUUUUACUAGAGUUUUAUGUUUGAUUGUUUUACCGAGAAGAGACUUGGGCUGUGGUCUUUUGCAGACUUGCAAGGGAGUGAGAACAAUUUUAUUCAGUAGAACAUACUCUAUAAGUAAACAUUCAUAGGAUCAGGCUGCUUUCUUUAGCUCUGCCUCAUGAUUGUGUAGAUGCUGAGGAAUAAUUUUUAUCACUAAAAUGUGUUUCUGGUGACUAGAAUUCUGUACUUAAUGUGUUUUGUUGUGAGUAUGACAUAGAUUGAGGAAAGUCUUGUAGCUGAGCUUGUGAAAUCUAGUCUGCUGACUGUUUACAGGUAGAAUGCUGAGAUCUUGGCAAAACCAGUUACAGAGAAGGUCCCUGAGCCAAUACAUAUUUCAUCGAACUGGUUUUAAGCAAUGAUUGCAUUAGUUCUUGGGACAAGGAGCCCCCUAUUGCACUAGCAAAGGGCAGGAUUACAUUUGGGGUGGAUGGAGGGUCGCCUUGAGCAUUUUUGGCAUAGUUCUGCUUGCUCCCUGGCACCCUGAUCCCAGCUGCGCAGAAGGCCUUACUCAGAGACUCUCUUGGCUCUGCAAUGCUUUGGCAAGCUCUGCAGCAGCUUCUGAGUGCCUGCCAGCUGUUUCUUUGUAAACUUCUGAACUCUGAAGUUUCCUGUCUAUGGGGUUUCUUAACCCCAUAAACUCCUGGCUAUGUGGUACUUUGUAUGUGUGCCAUAUGCUGGGUAAUGCCGCGGGGGAAAAGAGAGGGGAGUCGUUGCUGUCCUGCAUUGAGAGCCUGCUGGCCCCGAGAUGGCAUGAUGCUUUGCAGAGUGGGUGGGUGGAGGAAGAAUGUUCAGGCACUGGGAAAAAGUUUGCCCUGGCAAACUGGUUUAUAGGCAGUUUUCUGGCUUAAGGAGCUCUGGAUCCAGUUGUUUGCUGGCUUGAGGAUCCUUGUUUAGAGUAGACUGUUUUGAAUUAAGCAUUUGUUUCUUUGUAUUGCCUUAGUUGAGAACAGACCUGUGUGCGUGGCGGUUUAGAAACAGUUAAACUUCCUUCUAGUUUCAGGGAGGCAGCCAUGUUUCUUCUGGCCAAACUUGCAGGGCCGGAUUUCCUUUUGGCUUGCUUGCUGCCAUGUGGCAGGUGCCUGGUGCAGACUGGAGAGGUCCCAGUAUCCUCCACUUUUCUUCCCCCCGCCCAUCCACCCCAAGCAUUUUGCCUGGCCCCUCCUUGCCUGUGUCAGACUUCUCUUUCUUCUCUUCUUUCUCCGACCAAACCUUGCACCGAGCAUGCUCUUUACGUCACUGCCCAACUGUUCCCUCCCCUCCUUCUCCUCCUCCCCAGCUCCAUUUUGCUGCAGAACUCCAUGGCGCCUGGCAGUCGACCAUUCAUGGCCCCUGCCACAUUCCCAUCUUUAAUCCAAUUUGAGGCCAGCAGCCAAGAUGGGCAGCACAGUUAUCCCCCUCCUUUUGCCUUUUUCUGGUGUCUCCUCAAUGCUGGUAUCUUUUGUCACCAUGAUGCAUUCUGGACUGCUUCAGGCGCGGUUUUGCCGCAGUCCUGGCGCAGGGCUGCCCUCUGGAAUUUUUGUUGUUGUUGGAAGAGAACGAUGGUACUUCUAUUCUCCCAGUUUAUCUUUUUGGGAAACCUUAAUAGGAGACAGCUUUGCAUAAAACCUGGGAUGUGGGAGCUGGAUAUUGCGUGUCUAGGACUAAGAAAGGUGAGCAAAGAUUUUGAUAGUGUCUUUCGUGCGCUUGCUCUCUGAUAAAUUUGAUUGGGAGCUGGGGGAGAAUACUGUAAGGUGACCGCAAGCUGAGCAGCUAGCUCACAUAUCUACAACCCAAAAUUGAGUGUCUGGAGGCCUCUAUUGAACAAUAUGGUUGCAGUAAUGGGCUUUUUCCCCCCCUCUAGGGUGGUCGGGACAGAAGAACGGAUACCAAUCCCACUCAUGGACUACAUCCUUAAUGUGGUAAGUUCUCUAUUAGUGGGUGGUCCUUGAGGGAUACCUUGGCAGGAUUGGCUUCAGUGUGUCUAGGGCAGGGGUCAGCAAGGUUUAACUUGCCUGGGCCAGAUGGGUCCUGUGGAGAUCCCUCUGGGGGCCGGAUCGCGUGCCCGUGUGAGCAUGCGCCCCCAUGAUUUUCGGCAUCUGCACAUGUGCAGACGCAGUAUUCAGCGCCGCGGAAGCGAGUCCCCACGCUGCGCCAGUUUAGUGCAGCACGUGAGUGGGCAGCUAAGUUUGGCGGCAACUCAUGGGCCGGUCAAACGACCUCCGUGGGCCACUUCCAGCCCAUGGGCCUUAAGUUGCUGACCCCUGGUCUAGAGAGAUAUUCAGGCAUCCCCAGCUCUUUUGCCUGACACCUUUUUUGUCUCCAGCCUCACAUGUCAUGUUGUUAGAAUGAAUUUGUAUGGCUCUUGUAGCCACAGUUUUGUCACUCAGUAAUGCUUCCUGAACUUGCUUGGUGUUGGUCUUAUUUAAAGACACAAAUACAUGUUCGAAAUAGCAAUAUUUUAUCAUUUUUUCCAUAUAUAGAAUUAUUCUAAGAGGUAGGAGUUUGAGUAUGUAAUAUUCACUUUCUUAACAUAUCAGUUAAAUAAAAAAAAGAUACUGCAAAUUUGCUGAUUAUCUGCAGAGUGAGUGUGGUGUCCUUUUAAUUAAACCUGGAAUGUCAAAGUAAACUUUGCUUUACUGAUUGCUUUUUUUGGAGCAGCUAGCCUUGGAACCCAUCUAUCACAGGGUUGUGAGGAUAUUGGACCAAGAAAACACUCCUUCUUUGGCUACACUGUAGUUGCCUCUUGAAAGAUGGAUGAAUUUGGAUUUAGAGAGUGUGUCAUAGAAUCUAAGAAACUAUGGAGUUGAGAGCUCUCCAUGCUUCACUCUCCAUUUGGGCUUGGUCUGGGUGUAGGCUACCCAACCUUUUGUUUUUGUAUGAAGUGUUGAUUAUUUUCUUCCCUACCCUCCUUCUUCUGUCUCCCAGAUGAAAUUUGUGGAGUCCAUCCUCAGCAACAAUACAACAGAUGACCAUUGUCAGGAGUUUGUGAAUCAGAAGGGCCUGCUGCCCCUAGUCACCAUCUUGGGCCUGCCCAACCUGCCUAUAGACUUCCCCACCUCAGCAGCCUGCCAAGCUGUGGCUGGAGUCUGCAAAUCCAUAUUGGUAAGGAGGAGAAUACAACAUUUCCCUUUCCAGAAGGUAAUUAUCACUGCCAUCAAGUUGGAAGUACACACAAGCUUCUGGAAAUCCUACUCUUUAACUCCUACUCCCACCCCAAAAUGCAUCUGCUAGACGUUCCUGUUGACUGUGUCAUUACAGCUAACAGGUCUUAUUUUUGAAGGGCUAAGAAGCCCUUUAAUUGGAGAUAGCUUUUUGAGAAAUGUAGCUUGGCAGAGGACCUCUGCACCUCUCCCAGCAUUCGUUGUGGUCAUGUGCAUAAUUUUAGUGUAUUGCCAGAGAAGGGCCAGUGUCUCAAGACUCUGUCACCUGGAUGGAGUUGUAGAACUAUAUUUAAGAAAUCCAAAGUAAAAAAGUAAGAAGGAAUAAAUCCUAUCUAUAGAACAGGCAUACUUUCACAGUUCAUGUUGGGACUAUCACUCUAUAGCAUGAUUUCCACUUGCUGCUCUUUUGUAGGAGCAUGGGAAACCUGUAGAAUACGGUACCAGCUGAAGAAUUCUGUUUCCUAAGAAUCUCAGCUUUUUAUUUGAUUUCACUGGCUGGGGUGGAGUUGGGAGAGCAGCAACAAUUUUAUGGUUUAAAGAAACGUUUUGAGGGUAAAACCUCAAAUCAGAAGGGCUAGGAUAACGUUUCUGGGGAACAGAGCUUUAACAUUCUGUUUUAGCUCUUGGCUAUUCCAUAUGAUUUUCAGAAGCAGAAUAAUUUAUGCUUCAACAGUUUAAACUGCAUGAUUAUGCAAAACAAACCCUGCUGAUUUGCUUGGGUUCCAGAAUUUAUACCAAUUGCAAAGUUCAGCUUUUGGGGUUGUGGAACUUGGGCUAUGUUGUUACAGAAUGCUUAGUUUCUUUUUAGGACAUGAGGCCACUCAGCCUUAACUGGUUUUUCUGAUGAAACAUUUUACUUUGGUUUAAAAGAGCAUGCUGUUCUCUGGAAGAAGCCAGGAAUUAGUUGAAGCAAUUAAAAGAUGUCAGACGGUGACAGUGGUUCCAUAUGGUGGCAGCUCCACAUUUUGGCGUGUGCAGUAGUAUUCAUAAACUGGUCAUCAUGUGGAUCUCAAUUGCAUGAAGUCUCUGCCGGGGCUUAAUUUGUGCCAGAGCUCACUAAGCUGCAGCCUCAUUGUCUGUUGGUUUAGAGUUCAUUUCCUUCAGACACUGCACACAUCAAGAAUGGCCCUAGUGGCCCUAGAUCAGAAAUGAAUGUUUGGAAACAGACUUGAGGCAUAGCAUUUUCCCCUUAGAAAUUAAGACUGGUCUUUUAUGCUGCUCCUGCUCUGGUUAAGCUGAUCAAGGAAUAAUAAACUUUAGGUGACCAGAACCACUACUUGAUCAAAAGCAAUUUUAGAGCCCUUUUGCUGAAAUUGCUCCUCAGGCAAAUCCGCUAAUGUUGCAUCACCACACAAUAUAGAUGCAAUGAUCAAGGAAGUAAAAAAUUAACAAACCAGUUACUGUAAUUUUAGUAGCAGUGCCAAAAAUCUUCUUAAUCCUCAAAGCAAUACAAACCAAAGCCAGUUUCUCCUAGAUAAGCACUGUCAAAUUGGUUCCACUUCUUACUUUCAGCAAAAUAACCGACAAUUUUUCAUUUUCCAGCUUUGCAUAUAGAAGCGUAAAAUAACAAAAAGCAUUGAGUGAGUGUUCUCGGCUGAUGCUGAUUAGCAAAUGUACAGCUGCUAAUUCAAGUUCAUUCUUUUAUAGUGUCUGUCCAGGUGACAUAGUCAGUCUGUCAAGGCUUCCCUGUAUAAACUCUGAGCAAUGAUACAGGGCCACCACAUAUAAAAGUUUAGUAGUAAUAUACACACUGCUGGCGAGACUCUGCCUAUUCCCUCCCCUCAAACAAUGCUUGGUGAGGGUUGCAGGGAAAGCAAACAAGACCCUUACCAUCCUAUUUGUUUGCUAUGAUCUAUUGCUUACAAGUCUUUGUAGUCUCAAAUAGGCUUCAUUGAAACCCAGUUCUUCACUUUAACAUUCAACAUUUGCUUGCAGUGACUGUUGAUGCAUUCAUAAGUGUUGCUUGUCUCCAAAAGACCUGGCAAGUGACAUGGUACUUGAUUCCUGGAUCUCAGGCCAUAUUAGAACAUAAGAGGAAUCCUUGUGGCCCAGAGUCCAGCACUCUGUUCUCACAGUGGCCAACCAGAUGCCAUCCAGUUUGGGUUAGUUUAGAGCAUGUGUCAACUGCAUGAAACCAAGGUGUAUUACUGGAUGUGUGCUGGAGAAAAGGGGCUUUGUGCAUUCAUAGAAACAAGACAAAGCUAAAUCAAUCAGUACUUUAAAUGCUGACUGGUGAAUAAGCUGUGGCAGCGCCUUAUACAGCCUUCUGGUGUUCAGCAAUCCAUGGUAGCGACACUUCCUUGAAGCUCUGGGUAUAAUGUCAUGCUCGGCUUCUGGAUAUUGGAAGGCCUUUUUAUGCAGAAGAUGUGCAUUUAUAAUAGCGCUUACUGACAUGCAGUUGUGUUGGGUCAUUCUCAGCACUUGCUGUUUUGUUCUGAGAACAUGUGUGCCCAUUUGUAUACCCAUAUCAUUCCACAUGCCCACAAUCUCCCACCAUCUUUGCUUCAUUCAGUGUGCCAAUAUUACAGGCUUUCUUACCUUGCAAUCUGUUUCUAGAUCGUUGAUUAGCCCAAUCAUCACAUUCAUUUCUCUUCAGGAAGGCCAGUUUAACUUUGACAGUUGAGGAGUGGUAAUAAUUAAACUUGGAAAUCCACAGAGUUUACUUGGAGCAGUGAACUUUAGGGGUUAUGUUUUUCUCAUUCAGUGUACCUGACAUGCUAUAACUUUUUGUAGACACCUGAAGGCAGUCCUGUUUGGGGAAGCUUUUAAUGUUUGGUGUUUUGUUGUGCUCCUUUAUAUUUUGCUGGAAGCCGCCCAGAGUGGUUGGGGCAACCCAGUCAGAUGGGCUAGGAACAAGAAAUAAGUUAUCGUUGUUGUUGUCAUUGUUGUUGUUAUUAUCUACAUAGCACCACUUUUCUUACCAGGUUCACUUCUGCCAAUCUAAGCAAUACCUAAACAGAUCAAGGGACCAAAAAGGUCAUGUAUCAAGGAUGCUGUUGUGGCAUGAGUUUAAACAUCUGUCCCAUCAGGGAUUAAACCACAUAAUUUAGACUACCGUGUUCUUUGCAGGAGCUCAACAUCUCUAUUAGUUUGAGCAGGCAGUGAUCAAUAUGCUGUGAUCUCUUGACUUGGGGAAACCACAUCUGAACUGUAAUAUGACCAGCCACUGCUCUUCUAAUUCUGUCAUGGUAGCUUAGCGGGUGGGUUUGGAGUGCGAGUCUGCGCACUUGUUGCUUAGCCUUCUUGUGUGGGCUAGUGAGUAAGCUGGUGGUACUAGCUUGAUUAGUGGGGAAACAUUAUCUAUAUUUAGCCUUAAGUCACUAAAUGUUAACAAUGUGGCCUUAACAGCUAGAAAAGCUUCCAAUAUUUCCCUGAGAGGAAGUGAUGAAUACCUUCUGAGUGCUGCUAGGUAUUCAGUAAUCCACAGGCCACUACUGUAAAAUGAACAUCCUGAACCAGAGAUUGGUAUAGUGGGUGGUUUUGAGGCAGAGAUCUGCACUUACUGAGCCUUGUUUAAUGGAUGUCACUAUUUAUCUUUUCUACCUUAGACACUAUCUCAUGAACCGAAGGUCCUGCAGGAAGGCCUGCUCCAGCUGGACUCCAUCCUAUCUUCCCUGGAGCCUCUACACCGGCCCAUUGAGGCGCCUGGUGGCUCGGUCCUGCUGCGGGAGUUGGCAUGUGCUGGCAAUGUGGCUGAUGCCACCCUCUCAGCCCAGGCCACACCCUUACUUCAUGCCCUGACAGCUGCCCAUGCUUACAUCAUGAUGUUCGUACAUACCUGCCGGGUAGGACAGGUAAGAGCAACCCCCCACACCUUGUUAAUGACCCACCUGGUCUGGCUGCUGCUUUCUGUCAGCAGAAUGUAGUCCGGGCACUUAGCAGCGUGCAAUCUUUUCUAUUACAGAGUGAGAUCAGAGCCAUCUCGGUAAACCAGUGGGGUUCCCAGUUGGGCCUGAGUGUGCUGAGCAAGUUGAGCCAACUCUACUGUUCCCUGGUAUGGGAAAGCACGGUGCUGCUGUCACUAUGUACACCAAACAGGUAUGGAGCAUUUGGUGGUUGAGAGGCUUGGGCUUGGCAGUGGUGGACAGUUUUAUCAUUUACUCCCAGAAUUUGAAAUCAGGAGCAGCCAGGUAAUGUCUUCCAAGAAGUCAUUUGGCAGACAAGAAUUUUGAGGGCUGAAGAGAGCUAAAUGUCUUAGACUUGUACAAAUGCACGUCCUCCUUGGGUCCCUUAAGGAGUUUAUGUGUAACAUAAUAUGGUAAAGUAGAAGCCAUUAGUACAUGCUCCCUUGGCAAGCAGAGGCUACAAGGAGCUUUCUCUUGUCCAUCAUACCUAGAGUCAGUUUCUUGGGGAAAACUCAUCUGUAGAUUAAGUGAACUUUGACUCAUUUACUGAUUCCAUUUAGCAGUUUUAGAGCACACUCAGCAAUUUCAGUUCUUAUUUAGCCAGACUUGUUCAAUCAUUCUAAAAGCUGAUGUGGCUAAAAUGAUCAAAAGCAUGGGAGGAAAAGGCAAGACUCCAGAUGGAAAUGUGGAGAGGGCUUCAUUUAGCCCAAGGAGCAUAAACAGCUCAGCACUGACUAGAGUGAUGUCUAUGAUCCUUCAUUUCUGUGCCCCGUGCUUGAAGGGUAGUGCACUCCCUUGCUCCAUAUUGCUAAAUGUUUUUCUACGGUGCUGUAGGCUAACGUGCCCUGCCAGAUGAGUGCCACCUGUUGCUGUGUCUUACCUUUCCGUGCUUUCAGUUUGCCUUCAGGUUGCGAAUUUGGCCAAGCUGAUAUGCAGAAGCUGGUGCCGAAGGAAGAGAAAGCAGCCCCCAAUUCCACCCAGGGAGCCAAAAAAGCAGGUAUGGAUGGGAAGCAGGAUCCUUAUCCUGGACAUACUGAAUACUGUGGCAUCUCUAGAGGAACUUUGAUUUUGUGGUACCUAUGCAGUGCAACAUGAGCAUGGUUGUAGAAGAUAUGUUUUGUAGUUCAGUCGCUAUAUCUACUACAUGUCAAAAUAUAAACACCCUCAAGGCAUACUCUGUGUGGUCAUAAAACGCCGAUUACAUUUUACACGUUAUUCAGGGCUACAAAACAGGUGUCUAGCAGGGUGAGCAAAAUUGACCUAACGAAGGGUAUUGCAUGCUGUAGCAUCAGCGCACUACUAAUAUUUCUGUGAUUUCAAACUUCACUGUCUGAGCUGCAGUCAAAACUUUGGUGUAUCAAUUCAUAUUGCCCUGAAGGUUUUUGGUGGAAAACUAAAAAUUUUAAUGUGUGAUAUUUUAAUGUAUUUUUAAUCUUUGUUGGAAGCUGCCCAGAGUGGCUGGGGAAACCCAGCCAGAUGGGCGUGGUACAAAUAAUAAAUUAUUAUUAUUAUUAAAAGCCCCCUGGUGCCACCUGAAUUAGUAAAUUGUGUAUGGUGUGUGUGUGUGUGUGUGUGUGUGUGUGUGUGUGUGUAAAAAUAAAUAAAUAAUAAAACUAGUGUGGCCCCUGGGGGAGUAUGACCAUAACUACCCAUUUAAGUUUGACACCCCUGCCCUUCCAUGUGCCCUUUGUUGUCCAGUCCAGUUCCUGAUUCUCUUGGCUCUAAAGUACUUCUCUUGAAAUGACAAUGUUGUAAGAUGCAGACCUUUUUGAACCAGUGGGCACAUUUGGAAUUUUGAGGAUGCUGUGGAUGCCAGUCACAAAAUAGUUGCUGUGGGUGUACAGUGUACAGUUUAACACAAAAUGUUUGCCACAUCUGAAGGAGUAGGAGGGAAAUAUAUAGAUAAAAAAGACAGGACCACAGAAUGACGUAAGCAUGCCCCUCCCCAGUCAGUGUGGGAGGGAAGGCAUCUAGAUCCAUCAUUGAUGUGGUCAGUCACAGAAGCUCUUCACAUCUUUCCUCUGGUAUCCAGUGACAUGUACAUGCUUAAGGGGGCAUGUUCAGUGUUGGAGAGGCUGAACCAGUCAGGGCAAACAGGCGCUCAUAAGGAAGAGCAAGCCAUGUCUCGUGCAUCCUGAAUAUUUAAGGAUUAUUUACUGAGACCUUUUGUGGGUGCCAUAGGAGGUACCAGUGAACACACUGACAUCUGCUGGCACCACGUUGGCGACCCCAAUGUAAAUAAAUAAAUAAAUCCCUUUCCAAACUCCUAAACUCAACUGAUAGAGCUACAUUCUUCAGCGAUUGCUUUACCCAGGACCUUUUGUCUGCACAUUUGAAUUUAUGGACUCUUGGUACCUCCUAAGUAGAAUUGUGGAAAAUAGGCUCGCAGAACCAGGUUUCCAAGUGAUCUUGACUUAGAACUGGAAGAAUGCAAGACUAGUAAUUUAACAUAUUCUUCUUGCAGAUGGUGAAUCGGAGGCAGUGGCAGCUGGGAGCAUGGAAGCCUCUGCUCAAGGCCUGCUAGAAGGAAUUGGCCUGGAUGGUGACACACUGGCACCAAUGGAAACAGAUGAGCCCAGUUCCUCUGAUCCCAAGGGGAAGUCAAAGAUCACUCCAGCCAUGGCAGCCAGGAUCAAACAGAUCAAGCCCCUCUUGUCAGGUGAGAGCAGGAGAAUAAGGGGGGGGGGGGUUAAGAAAAGAGACAAGAGCUUAAACAGAAUAUGCAGCUGGGAGUCAAAAAUUCUUUGUAUGCUAUUUUGCUCCUUGUUUUCCUUUUUAUGCUGAAGUAGAAAGAGAAGGCACUGGAAUAUGACAUGUCCCUUCCUUUACUGAAGCUAUAAGAUGUGUUAGGUUUCGGGUAUCCUUUUUAAGAAAGAAAGAACAAAGUAUGUCUCCGGAGCUACAGAAUUGAUUUCAUGCUCUCACUGUGGACACUGCUUCUUGGCCAGAGGAGCAAGAACAACUGUUGCAGACCUCAGAACAUACUUAGGUGGUGGUGGAAGCUACAAUGUACAAAAUGAUUCCUGCUGCUCCUCAGAGAAGGAAGAGAGGGGUGGCGGUGACGGGGGACAGAGGCAGCACUGUGCAGAAGAAUAACUCAUGGCUUCAGUUGUCUCUACAUGAAUGCAGUUGUCUCUAUGGGAGACGAGAAAUAAGAACUUGAGCUCUUAAUGCAGGAUGCCAAACGUGACCUGACAGGCAUUACUGAAACCUGGUGGGAUGAGUCUCAUGACUGAAAUGUAGAAAUUGAGGGGUACAACCUGCUCAAAAGCAAUAGAUCAAACCAGAAGUGGGGAGAGGCAGCAUUAUAUGUAAGGGAUAUGUACACUUGUGAAGAGAUUAAUGACUUGGAGCAUGAAGGCAGGUUGAGAGUACAUGGGUAAAAAUUGUAGGGAAGGAAAACAACAGUGACCUUACUAUGGGUGUCUUCGAUAGACCUCCAAGCCGGACUGAGGACUUGGAUAAUGCAUUCCUCAAGCAGGUUACCAAACGUUCAAAAAGGAGAGGUACAGGGAACUUUGGAAGGAAGUGAUCAUGUCUUCUUGGCUUUUAUUACACACAGGCAAGGGAAAGCUGAGUGUAGUCAGACAUGCACUCUAGACUUUAAGAAGGCUGAUUUCAAAAAGCUUAAGGAACUACUGGGUGUAGUCCCAUGGUCAGAAAUACUCAAAGAGAAGGGAGUCCAAGUUGGAUGAGAGUUUUUUAAAGGUGAAAUAUUGAAGGCACAAAAGCAUACAAUUCCGGAAAGAAAAGUGGGAGGCACUUGAAGAAACCAGUGUGGCUGCAUAAGGAGUUUACAGAUGAGCUGAGAUUUAAGAAGGAAACGUAAAAGUAAUGGAAGAAAGGAGAAAUCACAAAGGAAGAGUAUACACAAGUUGCUUGGAAGAGAGGUUAAAAAUAAUAAUAAAAAGUUUCAUUGGCUGUGUUUGAAGCAAGAGGAAGAACAAGCAAGUAGCAUGUCUCUUGCGUGGAGAAGAUGGAGAAAUGCUAUUGGAUGACAGAGAGAAGGUGGAACUGUUCAACACCUACUUUGCCUCUGCACUCAAAAGGAAAGUAGUGCCCAGCCAGGUGAUAACAGAAGAAACGAUGCAAGGAGGGAGCUGAAGCGCAAGAUAAGAAAAGAGGUAGUAAGGGAACACCUUGCUACUUUAAAUGAAUUCAGUUCUCCAGGGCCUGAUAAGCUACACCCAUCUUGUUGCCCUCCAGCUGUUGCUGGACUCCAGCUGCCAUCACCCCUGACUAUUGACCAUGCAAAUGAGCUUGGAGGUGUACCCUCAGAGCUUUUGUCUAUAAUCUUUGAGAAUUCUUGGACAACAGGUGAGGUCCCUGCGGACUGGAGGCGGGCAAAUGUUCCCAUCUUCUAAAAGCAGAAAAAAGAAUACCCAAGUAACUACCAACAACUGAGCUUGACUUUAGUAGCAGGAGAAGUCCUAGAACAUAUAAUUAAAUAGUUGGUCUGUGAGCACUUAGAAAAGGAUGCUGUGAUUACUAAGACCCAGCAUGGGUUUCUCAAAAACAAGUCCUGCCAGACGAAUCUCAUUUUGAGAGGGAGGGAGAGAGAGAGAGAGUAUGUUAUAAGGUUGGUGGAUCAGGGGAAUGCGCUGGACAUAGUGUAUCUUGAUUUCAGUGAGGCUUUUGAUGUCCCCCAUGGUAUUCUUGCAGAAAAGCUGGUGAAAUGCGGGCUGGAAGAGGUAACUCUUAGGUGGGUUUGUAGCUGGUAACAGCUCCUCACCAUCCUGGAAAAAAGUGGCCUGCCACAGGGUUCUUGGGCCUGUUGUUCAACAUCUUUAUAAACAACUUGGAUGAAGGAAUUGGGGGGCUGCUCAUCCAAUUUGCAGAUGACACCAAACUGGGAGGGGUAGCUAAUGCCUCAGAAGAUAGAAUCUGGAUGCAAGAUGAUUAAGGGAAGUAAUAGUCCUGCUCAAUUCUGGCUUGGUCAGACCACACCUGGAAUGAUGUGUCCAGUUCUGGGCAUCAAAAUUGAAUAAGGAUAUUGACAAGUUGAAACAUGUGCAGAGGAGGACAACCAAGAGAUUAUCAAGGGCCUGGAAACCAAGCCUUAUGAGGAACGGUUGAGGGAGUUAUGUAUGUUUAGCUUAGAAAAGAGGAGAUUGAGAGAAGAUAUGAUAGCUAUCUUCAAGUAUCUAGAGGGCUAUCACAUGAAAGAUGGAGCAAGCUUGUUUUCUCCUGCUCUGGAGGGUGCAACCUAAACCAAUGGCUCCAAGUUACAAUAAAUGAGAUUCCUACUAAACAUCAGGAAGAACUUUCUGACAGUAAGAGCUGUUCAACAGUGGAACAGACUCCUAUGAGAGGUGGUGGACUGUUCUUCCUUUGAGGUUUUUAAGCAAAGGUUGGAUACUCGUCUCAUUUAUGAUCUAGCUGAGAUGCCUGCAGUGUAGGGGGUUGGACUGGUUGAACCUCUGCAUCCCAUCCAGCUCUCCAGUCCUAUGAUUUUAUGACUUUAUGGUUCUCAGUAAAGCAGGAAAUUAGAGAUUAUGCCAACACCAGGUGGAAAGUCCUCAUAAGCUUCUUUAUUUUGUCACAGUUUACCAAGAGUUCCUGCAAGUAAAGAAAAUCAGUUCUUCAUUCUCUCUCUGUAUCUCAGCUUCGUCUAGGUUAGGCCGUGCCUUGGCUGAACUGUUUGGGUUGCUGGUCAAGCUGUGUGUGGGUUCUCCAGUAAGACAACGCCGGAGCCACCAUGCUGCUAGCACCACUACUGCUCCCACACCGGCUGCUCGCUCGACAGCAUCAGCACUGACCAAACUACUCACAAAGGGGCUUUCCUGGCAGCCCCCACCAUACACGCCCACCCCCCGCUUCCGGUGAGUCCUGUCUACUAUAAAUUGAUCUCAAGUUCCACAGUGUUUGCAGGAAGAAAGGAAAUUUUAGGCUUGGAUGCUUGUAAAUACUCUUCCUGAGGUGCUGGGACUUAAAGAAUACAGUGUUUAAUCUCGCAGAAUCAUCGGCCUAACUAUCUAAAUCUGUUUUUCUUCUAGGUUGACUUUUUUCAUCUGUUCUGUGGGUUUCACCUCACCAAUGUUGUUUGAUGAGCGGAAGUAUCCCUACCACCUAAUGCUGCAGAAAUUUUUGUGCUCAGGGGGCCACAACGCACUCUUUGAGUAAGCAUUUAUGUACUGCACGCCACUUUUUCUAGUGUAGGAGACAGAAAAUUGGGUUUGAAGGUUCUGUAGUUUUAUGUGCUGUAGUCAAAAAAUGAGAUUGAAAAACUAAGGCCUCUGUCAUCCAUUGUUUGCUCAAUUACUUAAUAUAACAUACGUUGCUAAUGACACUAAUUGUGUGGCUGAUGGGGGUGGCACAAGGAGUAUGUGAAAAGUAGCUUUCAAGUCAGUGGGAAGAUCAAUAAAUGGGGCCCAAAUGCGGGUGCAUAACAUUGUGGGAUCCUGUAGGAAAAACAUUCAAGUCCAAAUGCUUAGAGGUUGUGACACUAUUUGUGUUCAUUCCUUUUUUCCUUUAGAACAUUCAACUGGGCCCUUUCCAUGGGUGGCAAAGUUCCUGUCGCUGAGGGCCUGGAACACCCAGACCUACCUGAUGGCACAGGAGAGUUUCUGGAUGCCUGGCUUAUGCUGGUGGAGAAAAUGGUGAAUCCCACCACAGUGCUGGAAUCUCCCCAUUCAUUGCCUGCCAAGCUGCCAGGUGGGCAGAACUACCUGCAGUUCAGUGCCCUGCGCUUCCUCGUGGUAACACAGAAGGUGAGCAGCCUCUCCUAUCUAGCUUAUACUAUGGGUCUAUAGGCACCAUUAUACCAGAAUCUGGUGCAAUGUGACUUGACUGUGGCAAGGACUCUCAAAUCAUUUGUUUUAUUCUAAUGUUAUAGUCUAAUAAAGCUGACCUAUGUGGUGCUCUCGGUAGUCCUUACAACAAACCUGUUCAUCAAACGCUUUAUAGAGAGUUCAAAAUGCUAUAUAAAUGCUAAAUUAUAAACAUUUAAUUCUGUUAAUAUCCCUAGCCAGGGUUUUGUGUUGCACAAUUCCCCGCAAGCACAGAAUUUGCUACUUAAUGCGGAAUGCACCAUACUGAGAAACCUCUUGCUCUUUUCUUUUUGAAUGAUUCCCCUCCCCUCCACACGGACACAUAUUUUGCCACCUUCUUCUUUAAGAAAUGUAACCCAAGUAGGACUAAGUUUGCUAAUUCUUUCUCCGUGGUGCAGGCAGCCUUCACUUGCAUCAAGAACUUAUGGAACCGCAAGCCACUGAAGGUAUAUGGAGGACGCAUGGCAGAGUCCAUGUUGGCCAUUCUGUGCCACAUCCUGCGUGGAGAGCCUGUCAUCCGUGAGCGCCUUGGGAAGGAGAAAGAAGGAGCACGCAGUGAGGAGGAGGCAGGGCAAGAGGAAGGUGGUGCCCGAAGGGAGCCCCAGGUCAAUCAACAGCAGCUGCAGCAGGUAGAAAUCAACUUAUUAUUCCACCAUUCCACAAAACAGCACCCUUCCAUCCAGAGAUACUCCAUCCAAGCUGUGUCUUCUACAACAGUCUCUUCAGUCUGCAUUUCUGAUCUUUUAAAAACCUGUCUCUCUCUCUUCAGUUGAUGGAUAUGGGCUUUACACGGGAGCAUGCCAUGGAAGCUCUGCUGAAUACCAGCACCAUGGAACAAGCUACAGAGUAUCUGCUGACCCAUCCUCCUCCACUUAUGGGUGGUGUUGUUAGGGUAAGGCCACUUAGCAGCUAAGACUAAGUAGCAGGGGAAGGGCAUAUUCCUGGGCUGCCACUCUCUCCAGCUUGAUACUUCUGAAGGAAAAUGUGUACUGCAAGCUAAUUUAAUGUAGUUGUGGUGGCCUUAGCCAGGAGGAUAAGCAGUGUACCCAAAGGGUAGUCUCUUCCUACUUGAAUUCUGUAAUUUAGGCCCUGUAGACUGUUUGGAGAACUGUUUAGUUUCCCUUGCAUUGAGUUCUGUAACCUCACAGGGUUAUUUCUGUGUUGUAUGACAGGAUCUGAGUAUGUCUGAAGAAGAUCAAAUGAUGAGGGCCAUUGCUAUGUCACUGGGACAAGACAUCCCCAUGGACCAAAGAGCUGAAUCACCAGAGGUAAAGGCUUCAUAAGGGGAUUCCAUAAAGUGCUGGGUUGAAGGAAUACUGGUGAAGUUCUUGGAAAGAAGUCGGGAGUGGGCUGGCAUAUGCAUCCUGGAAUUCAAAGGUUGCAGAAAUGUGGUGAGAACCUGUGGUCAUGACAAUGUAAAUAUCACAGACUCAGUUUUCUUUGAUAAUAAUAGGACAGCUGCAAAUAGCAGAGGAACCGUGCCUUAUCCUUGAGGGAGGCAGGCAGGUGAAUCUGUGGUGCUGUGAAAGCAAUAUUUAUAACCAGCCGUUUCUGCUCUCUAGGAAGCUGCCUGCCGAAAAGAGGAGGAAGAACGUAAGGCCAGGGAGAAGCAAGAGGAGGAGGAGGCAAAGUGUCUAGAGAAGUUCCAGGAUGCCGAACCUCUGGAGCAAGAAGAGCUGCACAGCUUUACAGACACCAUGCUUCCUGGCUGCUUCCACCUGUUGGAUGAGCUGCCAGACACGGUGUACCGUGUCUGCGACCUCAUCAUGACUGCCAUCAAGCGCAAUGGGGCUGACUACAGAGACAUGAUCCUCAAGCAAGUGGUGAAUCAGGUGAGUGUAUCUACCAAGACCACACAAUCUCUUUACAUUGGGAGGCGUUCUGAACAAUACAUUUUAUGCUAUUCUUGCCCUGAACAAGACUGCAUUAUCCCAGGGCUCUGUUAGCCCAGGUGAUUAUCCAAGAUGCUCUAGAAGAGGAAAAGGCUUCUUUAGGUACUUAAGUUCACCUGGUUUUCAGGGACAAUCUGGAAGACAGGCUGCAAGCAUUGGGUUCAGUUAGAGCUUGGAUUUGAGAUCCUAGAAGAUAAUGAUAUCUGAAUUGGGCCUCACAAUGUGUGCUGGAUGACAGGACUCCCAAGGACUGCUUAAUGUACGAUACAUUAGGAAAAAUCCAGAACCCAAUUGAAAACUGCAUGUUUUCUUCUUUGGGUACAAAGCAGGAAGCUCAGUUGGCCACAGAGGCUUUGAGGUAGAUGUGUACACACAUGGGUAACUCAGUGUAACGGUACAGGCGACUCCCCAAUUAUGUAGCGGCUACGUUCCGAAUCCCUGCACGUGUCACUGAAAUCUCAUAAAAUGGGGAGUUGCCUGUCAGCUCAACAAAGCCCCGCUGAUGUGUGUGUGAAGAAGUUUCUUCCCUGUGCAUCAGCUGAGCUGGUCAAGAAGACCCGCUGCCACUUUGGCUCGCGUGAGCCGGAGGCACAGCGGGGCUUUCUGCCUGAUGCGCAGGAAGUUGCAGCAGCAGCCGCUUUGCCACACGUCAGCUGUCAGCUGGGAGCCUCAGCAAAGCCCUGUUGCAUCUCUGGCUCAUCCCCAGAGUCCAAAAGAUGUCCCCUUCGGGGAGGGUCUCCUCAUGAGCUAGAGGCGUAGCAGGGCUUUGCUGAGGGUCAUCAGGUAUCUCCCCCCACUUCCAGGUUUCUGGAGCCAUGCAUAUGUGCAGUCACACGUGAAUUGAACACAUGUAAGCAGGGGGAUACCUGAAUAUACAUGCUAUACGUCUCUCUUGAAAUAUAAGCAUUUACCUCAGUGGGGAAAACUCUGUUUAAGUAGCUGGGGGGCAGCAGGGAGAUAAUGUGGAACCCAAGGUAUAACAAAUUAACAAGAGCAUGUCUCCAGGUAGAAUUCAUAGAGGUCAGUGUUUGAUAUGCUUAGGUCUAAAUUUUAGAAGUUAACUUCCGGUUGCCACCAGAUGCCUGUGGGGCCUAGCAUCGUAGCCUUCUGAGCAGAUACCUUAGUGCCAUCGUGUUCUGGAUGUUCUGUAAUGGAUUAAGACUACUGUCCAAGAAAGGCUAUCUUGCUGAUAAUCCACUCCAUUCAUAACAUGCCCUUUCUUUGGCAGGUGUGGGAAGCCGCUGAUGUCCUCAUAAAAGCAGCUCUGCCCCUCACCACUAGCGACACCAAGACUGUCUCGGAGUGGAUCAGCCAGAUGGCUACCCUGCCACAGGCCUCCAACCUGGCCACACGCAUCCUGCUGUUAACUUUACUUUUUGAGGUGAGUCCAAGGAAAGGGGAAGGAGACGUAGCCACCCCCCACCAGUUACCCCGUGUCUUUGUUCAACUUUUACCUGGGGUGGGGUUGGAGGGUCAGGACUGGACUUUCAAGCCUUUGAGGUGAUGGUUAUCAUGUUUUCCUAUAGAAUUUGGAUUGCUCUUUACAUAUAGCAUUUAUCUCAUAGCCCUCUCUUGCUGUUUUAUUGCUUUAAUCACUAGAUGUUUUCACUUCCCAAAGUCCAGGAUAUAGAGCAUAAGGAAUGUAAUUAUUUGAUAGAGAGAGUGGACCUGAUCACUUUAGUUCAUGAUACUUUGUCAUUUAGGGUUUUCCAUUGUAACUGCUUAGGCAUCUAUAUGUUAAGCAGUGUCUGUAUGUGUUAUAUAACAUUAACAUUAAUAAAUUCAUAUUUCAUAUUUGACACUGAAAUAUAUAUACAACCACAAAAUACUCAACUUCAAAUAAUUUUGGUGAACACAGCUACAGAUUGCAUUCUACUAGGCCAGCCUUCCCCAACCUGAUGCCUUCCAAAUUCUUGCUGGUACUGAUGGGAGCUGUUGCUAACAUCUGGAGGUCACCUGGUUGAGGAAUGCUGUAUUACAGCAUACAGUUGUGUGGGAUGGGGUAAUUUUUACAGGACAGUUGUGCUUUUCAUUCAUUCAUUCAUCAUCAUCAACAAUUAUUAUUAUUAGUAGUAGUAGUAUUAGUAUUACCACCCUACCCAUCUGGCUGGGGUUCCCCAGCCACUGUGGGCGGCUUACAGUAUGUCAAAAAACACUUUAAUAAACUUUGGAUAAAGAGGUUGAUGUAUGCUGUUAGAUGUGAACUACUCUGAGGACCUGUACAAUAGAGCAUGCACUUGAAAAGAAAAUGCCUCACGUUUUCCCUUCACUUGGCUGUAAAGUGAUGAUAGCACUUAGAACUUUGAAUGUAAUGGUCAGUUUGUGUUCCGAUUAGUCCUAUCUGCUGCAUGGUUGCCAACCUCUUUACCUUUGUUUCCCUGCAGGAGCUUAAGUUGCCAUGUGCUCGUGUUGUAGAAUCUAGCGGCAUCCUCAACGUUCUGAUCAAACUGCUAGAAGUGGUGCAGCCCUGCCUGCAAGCUGCCAAGGAGCAAAAGGAAGUGCAGACACCAAAGUAAGCUACAAAACAGGAUAUAGGGUGGAGCUGGAAAGCCCCAAGCCAGGCCUACCCACACUUUGAUAUACAGCACCUGGGUUUUGCUUCUGGUCUUACUUGUGAGGAGAAGCUACCAGUUUUGUAUUUGUACCUAAUGAAAUGCAUAAUGGUUUAAUAAUGCUGGAUGCAGUUACUAACCUGGAAUGAAAUUGGGUUUGCCUCCCUCCUUGAGUCCAAUGUGUUUUUUUAAGCUAGCUUGCCUGGUGGCCAAAAGGUCUUGCUACUGUUUCCUUGACAGGGUUUUAGUCCAAAAAUGGCUGCAGUAUCUUGGCUUAGGAACCCGUGCAAUAUAUUUUGUUGGAUGCCUUAGCUGAUGUAAUUAACUUGCCUCCCACAGGUGGAUCACCCCAGUGCUGUUGCUGAUUGACUUCUAUGAGAAGACAGCUAUCUCCUCCAAGAGGAGGGCCCAGAUGAACAAGGUAUGAGCUCAGGGUGGUGGUGUGGGAAAUGCAAGCUAUUACGAAGGGGACUGGAAGAAAGGAUCCUGGCCACUGUGGAAUUGUGAGUGUGCACGGCAAAUAAGCGGUGGCAUUUGCAAUACACCCUGAUACAACCAGGCUGCAAUCUUUUAUUAGAACUGGGAGCAAGUUCCAUUGAACUUUAUGGAUCUCACUUCUGAGUAGACAUGGAGAGAACUGCAGUGUAGGUCUGCAAAUGCUAAGAAUCUGUAUUCUUUCUCUCCAGUACCUCCAAGCCAAUGGCAACAACUGGCGCUGGUUUGACGAUCGCUCAGGCCGUUGGUGUAGCUAUAGUGCAAGCAACAACAGCACCAUCGACACAGCGUGGAAAGCAGGAGAGACCAGUGUUCGUUUCACUGCUGGCCGUCGGCGCUAUACUGUGCAAUUCACUACAAUGGUGCAGGUAUAGGCGUUGGGAAUGUUGUCAUGGGUGUUCUCUGAGGUCGUUGGGCACAUGGGGUAUGGUAGUCUUAACCUCCCUCUUGUUUCCUUAAUCAGGUGAAUGAAGAAACUGGGAACAGGCGUCCAGUAAUGUUGACUUUGCUCAGGGUGCCCCGGCUCAGUAAGAGUAUGAAAGAGGGCAAUGGACAAGAGCUGGAGAGAACCUUGGAGGAAGGCAAGGAGGUGGAAAGCAAGCCUAAGGAGGAGAAAGCAAAUGGUACUGAAUAUGUAGUCUCAUCACUGAGUUACCUAUAAAGUAGGAGACUGGAACUUGUAACCUCAGACCUAUUUUAUCUUCCCUCAUCAGAUAGCCCUGCUUCUACUGAGAGUCUCACCCUUGAGAAGGAAGCACCUUCAGAAGAGGCCAAACCAUCAGAGAUCCUCAUCCAGGGCCUGACAGAGGAAAUGGUUACCGUGUUGAUCCGUGCCUGUGUCAGCAUGUUGGGUGUUCCUGUGGAACCGGACACACUACACGCCACGUUGCGCCUCUGUCUGCGCCUCACCCGCCACCACAAAUACGCCAUGAUGUUUGCAGAGCUCAAGAGCACACGCAUGAUCCUGGGUCUCACGCAGAGCUCUGGCUUCAACGGCUUCACGCCUCUUGUCACCCUUCUUUUCCGACACAUAAUCGAGGAUCCCUGCACACUCCAUCACACCAUGGAGAAGGUAUGGCUUGCUUCUGCUGACUUCACCAUAGAGAAGGUAGAGUCUUAGAAGCUUUCUUCUGUAUAGGUCUUGCACACUAAAGAGGAGACUUGACUCAGCUCAGACAGCAUAUGGAAAGUGUUGCUGCUUCAGUAAUUGCUCGGGCUUCCUGAAAUCUCCAUUGCCUUGUCCAUUAGAACUGGCUUUUUCAAUUGCCAGUAUGAACACACAUUUCUCUUUUUGUCUGUUUCAGGUUGUGCGCUCAGCAGCCACCAGUGGAGCAGGCAGCACAACUUCAGGUGUCGUGUCAGGCAGUUUGGGCUCUCGGGAGAUCAACUACAUUUUGCGAGUGCUGGGCCCAGCUGCUUGCCGCAACCCAGAGAUCUUCACUGAGGUGGCCAAUGGCUGCAUUCGCAUUGCCCUGCCUGCUCCCCGUGGCUCUGGAACUGGUAAGUAAUUCAGAACCCUGCUGGUUUUCCUACAGUGUCCGCGCUAAUGCUGUGUGCCCAUUUGCACAAGGAUCUUCAUCAUAAUUUGAGGUAGAAGGAGAUCUGGGUCAGAGAUAGAAGAGAAGUAUGAAUCCCAUAGUAAUCUUGUGCCAAAAUAAAAAGCAGCUGGAAAAAUGGCAAAGAACUAAGCCCCUUCCCUCCUUAAGUCCCAGGUUCCUUUACCAGUGUUGGCUGCUCUAGUUUUUUUUAUUAUUUCUCCUUUUGCUCCCCAAGCCUCUGAUGACGAAUUCGAGAACCUGCGGAUCAAGGGCCCCAACGCUGUGCAGCUGGUAAAAACCACUCCAGUAAAGCCCUCACCACUGCCUGUCAUACCUGACACUAUCAAGGAGGUGAUCUAUGACAUGCUGAAUGCUCUGGCUGCCUACCAUGCCCCUGAUGAAGGUACAUGACAGCCUGGGACAGGAUGGGUGGGAAUUUCUGUGCAUGGGGGAACCAAGGGCCUCGUUCCGUUGAGGAGGACUUCAUGUUGCCUGAACAGAAGCUCCCUUCUGAUCAGUCCUUUUUAUUAAAGCUGGAACCCAGUAUUAACCAUUUCACUUCCCAUCCCCAAAAGACUAGUAAUAACAAAGUGCUUUUCUUUCAGCAAGUCUUCAGAUCAUGGAAUUGGGUGUAAGAUAAACACCACACCAGCUUCUUGAAAUAAACACUUUGAAUUUGCCAUGUAUAUAUGUAUACCGUUCUCUGAAGAGACAUUGUCAAUGGUGGUCAUGGUUUCAUUUCCCCUCUCCAGCAGACAAGUCUGAACCCAAGGCAAGCAGUACUAACCAGGAGAUGAGCCAGAUCCUGCAAGAAAUUGGAGAUGAUAUGUACCAGCAGUAUCGCUCUCUAACCCGUCAGGGCAGUGACUUUGACUCUCAGACCGGCUUUGGCAUCAAUGUGAGUCUGCCAGAAGCAAAAACCCAAACUCCACAGUAACAUCUAUCAGCUGUCAAAAUCACUGAGCCAUUUUUUCUGCAGCAGUAUCAUAAAUCCCAUAGCAUCUCAUUUUUUUGCUCUUUUAUUUCCUUUUGCUUUUUGAGGUUUUCAGUUGUUGGGGGUUGUGGACUGUUUCUGAAGCAUUGUUUAGAUGUUGACUGCACCUCUGAUUUCUUACGGUUUGAGACCUCUGUGUAUUCCACCUCUCUGUUGCUCCAAAGUAGCAGAUGGCAGUGAAAACUGUAGUGCCUUGUCAUGUGUGGAACUCUGUUGGUGGAUUUUAGGCCAUUCGGCACCAUUUUGUUCAUUGCCUUUGUCCUUCUUCUCUAGGCUCAGGUUUUUGCUGCUGAUAGUGCAGCUGCUGAGACUCCCCAGUCUGGAACUCCCCAAGGAGAUGGUAAGUCUCAUCUUUGUUGAUUAGACACAACAGUGUCUUAAUGCCUCUCCGGGGAUCUCCCUUCAAGCUAUCCUGCGAUUGGAAAUACUAGUCCCUGAUUAAAACAGACCCAAAAUGACAUUCCCCUGCUCAGUCACUUCAAGUGAUGGGACGCCAGUCUCAUUUCUCUUAGUUGUAAAGAUGGGGCCCCUCAGUCUUUUUCCUGAAAGUGAGAUCAAGCCCCAUCUGCCAUACUGGAACCAUGUCUCUCCUGAAACUUUGUGGGGAGGGAGGCAGGGAGCAGUUCUUUCACUGGUUCUCCUUUUCCCUUGUGUCCUACAGCCUCCACUCCUGAAGAAUCAAGAGAAAACAAGAAGGAUAAGGAGGGUGAUAAAGCAGCAGAGGAGAACAAGCAGAAGGCUAAGGGAAGCAAGCCACUUAUGCCUACAUCCACCAUCUUGAGGCUGCUGGCAGAGCUUGUGCGCUCAUAUGUUGGCAUUGCCACCUUAAUUGCCAACUACAACUAUACUGUGGGCCAGUCUGAGCUGAUAAAGGAGGUGAGAAGCCCUGGAAGAACGAAACAAGCCUAAGGAACUGUGGAUUAGGAGUGGGGUAAAUGCAAAAUAAGACUUGGGGCCAGCACUGCUAGGUUCCAGAGAAGAGGAGUGAGUUUGGUUAGACUGCUUGGGAGGAGGAGCUGCUGAUGAAAGAAGAUGACUAGGCCACCCUGGCCUGCUCUCGCUACUAUCUUUCAUUUUGUCUUUCCAGGACUGUAGUGUGUUGGCCUUUGUGCUGGACCAUUUGCUCCCUCACACCCAGAAUGCAGAAGACAAAGAUACACCAGCCUUGGCGCGCCUCUUCCUAGCCAGCUUGGCUGCCGCAGGCAGUGGCACAGAUGCCCAGGUGGCCCUGGUGAAUGAGGUGAAGGCAGCCCUGGGUCGGGCACUGGCCAUGACAGAGAGUACUGAAAAGCAUGCCAGGUGAGCUGGAAGGUGUUGAGGAUUGAUUAGCACUUGAGAAGAGGAUGUUGUAUGACAACUCUCCUGUAAUAGGUUCCUGUAGCUUUGCACCCCAGCAAAGGUCUUGACUAAAUCAUGUUUCUUUUUAGUAGUACCGCCGUACCUUGGAAGUUGAACGGAAACCGUUCUGGAAGUCCAUUCAACUUCCAAAACGUUCAGAAACCAUAGCAUGGCUUCUGAUUGGCUGCAGGAACCUCCUGCAGCCAAUCGGAAGCCACGUUGGAUGUUCGGGUUCCAAAGAAUGUUAGCAAACCGGAACACUCACUUCCGGGUUUGUGGUGUUCGGGAGCCUAAAUGUCCAAUUACCAAGGCAUUCAGGAGCCAAGGUACGACUAUAAAAUUUUCAGGUACAAUAUUUUGUAAAUCAGGAAUGGGUAACUUCUGGCCCGCCAAAAGUUGUUGGACACUAGCUCCCAUUGGUCCCAGCCAGCAUGGCUAAUGGCAGGGAGGAUGGGAGCUGUAGAAUAUCUGGAGGGUCACAGGUUCUCUGUCACUUUAUUAAAUUAGAAUACUUGCUGCAGGAAAAUAGAUCUUUCCUGUUACAGGGAUUAGGGCAGGUUAUUGCAGGAUUUGCUAACCAUGACACUGUUCUGGAAGUAAAGAAAUGUCACUUUCCACUCUCUAGGCUGCAAGCUGUCAUGUGCAUCAUCAGCACCAUUAUGGAAUCAUGCCCAUCCACCUCUAGCUUCUACAGCAAUGCCACAGCAAAGACCCAGCACAAUGGCAUGAACAACAUCAUCCGCCUCUUCCUCAAGAAGGGGUUGGUCAAUGACCUGGCCAGGGUGCCUCACAGCCUUGAUCUGUCCAGGUAAGUGGCUUAUUUAACCGCAAGGAGACGGAACGGAGCCUCCUUCAUGAUCAGGGAUGAUGUUGAACAGUUGGUGUAGGGGACAAGUACAAGAUCAAAUGUAGAAGACAGAUACAAUCCCUUCCAUUAAGAUUCGGCCUUAGAAAGUUUUUUUCCCUAUCUCUAGAACAUAAUUGAAUUGGCAUAUUGAGAGAGCAGGCAGAAUCAUGACAUCUUCCCACUAGAGGUUUCUCUUCGUUCUACCCCAGCUAAGGUUAGCUUUGCUAUUAAGACCUUUGUUCACAGUCUGGAAACUCAUAUUGGCAUGUGUUUUUCCUCCAAGUCCCAACAUGGCCAACACAGUAAAUGCAGCCCUGAAACCCUUGGAAACGUUAUCACGAAUUGUCAAUCAGCCCAGUAGUCUCUUCGGUAGCAAAAGUGCCUCGAGCAAGAGCAAGGCAGAGCAGGAUGCUCAGGGAGCAGCACAAGAUGCCAACAGUGGCCAACAAGAUGCAGGUAUGCCAUCCUCAGCAUCCAUUGUUUAUGGGUCACGUACCUCUUCUCUGUGAUUUUUCAUCAACCUGUUCCACGAUAAGAUCCACACCUGCCAUCCCCUCCUUUCCUUGGCCUGGAAUUUUUCUGACUUCCAUUAUGAGUCUCCAUUAGUCUGCCACUUAAGCUAAUUCAAGGAUGACUUGAGAAGGUAAUAUUGAGACCUUGACUUACAGGGGAGAGCGGGGAAGCAGAGGCCCCGGAGGAGGACCAUGAUGUGGCCCAAGCAGAAGUGACAGAUGGUGACAUCAUGGAUGGUGAAACGGAGAGCGAUGCCGUGGUGAUUGCUGGACAGCCUGAGGUGCUGAGCACGCAGGAGAUGCAGGUAUUGAUGGUGGCUUGCAGGGACCCUGCCUGUAUUGCAUGCAGGAGGUGGCCACAGGUUUUAAGGCAUGGGAUGUUGGUGACAUAUAGCUGGGAUCGCUUCCAUUCCUGCUUGUGUUGCUUAAAGUUGCAAUUUAUUUAGGGCUAUAUGCAGAGGAGUGUGUAAAUGAAGACUUGUUGAUCACAGCUUUGCUCUGAGAUUAAGGAGCACAAUCUGGAUAGCUGCACAAACUGAAAUGACCCUUUGCUUGCUUAAUUUAGAUUGUGAUACCUGAGGCUGGGGUGCCUGUCGUAUAUAGCAUGUGACUUGGGUAGAGCACAAAUCAGACUUGUUUCAGAAGUCAGGGUGAUGCAGCUUGUUUUACGGUUUUGAGACUUGAUAGUAAAGAACUGGAGAUCACCAGUGUGUUUGUCUUUACCAUCUUCUAGGUGGAAAAUGAGCUAGAGGACCUGAUCGAUGAGCUUUUAGAGCAGGAUGGUGGCUCAGGGAAUAGUACAAUAAUAGGUGAGUACAAAGCCCCAACACUUUGCCUCAGAACUUUCCUUCAGGAUCUCUGGACUCUCUGCCUUUCCUCCUCUGUGUGGCCUCUGAGGGAACCAAAUGCAUUUUUUGCUUUGCUGUAGAGAAUCCUACCUCAUAAGACCACUCCAGGUAGAGAUCAUCUACUGUUCCUCUCUCUUCCUCCUCCCUGCAGCUCUUCUUUAUCACACAGCAUGGGUGCUGUAUCAGAUAUAUGUCCGUGUUGCUUUUUCGCCCAUUAUAGAGAUAAUCUAUUCCUAUACAAUUCUUGGUGGGUGGGGUAACUUCUGAGAGGCAAGAGGCUUGUCAUGGUAGCUUUAUAACUGCCAAGAAAAUCGCCAUCUGUAAAUGGAAAGCAGCAUCACAUCAGGACCAUAACGGGCACUCAAAGAUAAAUGGCCAUCAAGUUUAGGGACUGCCCAGAAGGUCCUCUAAAGGGAGAGGGUUGUUUGCUCAUAACUUUGCUAAGCCCUAUACACAUCCUUUAUGUCCUUCAGUGGGCCGAAGUGGAGAGGAUGAGUCUCAGGAGGAUGUGUUGAUGGAUGAGGCACCUUCCAAUCUCAGCCAGGCUUCCACAUUACAGGCCAACAGGGAAGGUGAGGCAUUGCCUACGAUGUUACAUGGAGUCAGUAGAAGUGCCUAUAGUCCCUGGAGGGGGAGGGGGAGGGUAAGUGAACUAGCAUGAUGCAGAAGGGUUGUUAUAGGCUUGCACUCUCGUAAGAGAAGCAAGAGGAGGGGGAGGUUUCUGAGACCUGGCUUUGUGAGGUUUUGCCUGUCUGGCAAAAGGAGUUUGAAGAUAGAACUUGCCAGAAAGGUAACUGGAAGAAUCUUCGCUUAACCUGCAGGGGCCAACUCACCAUAGCUACACUCUCUAAUCUUCUCUAGAUUCUAUGAAUAUUCUGGAUCCUGAAGAUGAAGAGGAGCACACACAGGAGGAAGACAGCAGUGGCAGCAAUGAGGAUGAAGAUGAUAGUCAGGAUGAAGAGGAAGAAGAGGAGGAGGAGGAUGAAGAUGACCAGGUAAGGGCAUUGAAGGAAAGGAAGUGCAGAAGUCUUUCCAGUGGGUGCUUUAUGAUCUUAACAUAGGAGGCUGUGGGACAGAUGUCAAAAAUAACAGGGAAGGGGUGGUCACAAUUGAGGACAGCAUGUAAUAGGUUUUUAUUGGGGAGCUAAUGGGAGCUAGGCACCAUGAUGUAUGGGUUUUAGAUCUAGAGUAAUUUAUAGUGUGAGAGCCAAACAUUUCCUUGCCUCAGUUUGUGGUUCCAGGUAAAGAGAGUGACUAAAGUUGGAGUGAGGAGGUAUGAAGACUGGUUUUCAGGAUGCCAUAUUCUAGCCGGCAUUUGCUUAGCCUUGUGUUUGGUGAUAACUUUCCCUCCAGGAUGAUGAAGAAGGUGAGGAAGGCGAAGAGGAGGAAGAUGACGAUGAUGGCUCCGAGAUGGAGUUAGAUGAAGACUACCCUGAUAUGAAUGCCUCCCCACUGGUGCGUUUUGAGCGCUUUGACCGUGAAGAUGACCUCAUCAUUGAGUUUGACAACAUGUUCUCCAGCGCCAGUAAGAACUCUAAAAACUGGAAAGCCACAGGACAUGGCUGAUUCUGGGGGGGCUGGGAGCCAGGAUGCUAAGCUUUCCCCCACAUCCUAUGGACUAGGGAGCUGGGCUUUUAUUUGAAAUGGAAUAGCAUUCUCUGUCCAGUGGGACGGAAGCAUCCACGUAAUGGGUUGUCUCCUCCCACUGCCCAGAACAGGCAGGAUCAGGCAACCAGGCUUUGGCCACAUUCAGCUUCAUCUCAGUUCCUUUUCCUGCCUUAUCCAUGAUCAGUGCUGUGUUCUAGCACAUGAUCUGUUUUCUAGCUCCAAAAUGUUGCUCUGAAAUUUGGGAGGCUUUGUAAUUAUGGCUUUGUUGACCCUAUUUCAGGCUAGUUCUUGUCUCCAGGGAAAUUAUAUUUGUAUGUCUUCAAAGCUCCAUCUUGGCUUGCUAACUUUGCCUAUUUCUCUUCCCAGCGGAUAUUCCUCCAUCACCUGGCAAUAUUCCUGCCACUCAUCCACUCAUGGUACGGCAUGCAGACCAUAGCUCCUUGACUUUGGGUAGUGGCUCCUCCACGACGCGAUUGGCGCAAGGCAUUGGCCGCAGCCAGAGGACCCUUCGGCAGCUGACAGCAAACACUGGCCAUACCAUCCAUGUUCAUUACCCUGGCACCCGCCAGCCCAACCCACCUCUGAUCCUGCAGAGGUGAGACUUGAGGGAGUGGAGGAGUAUCACAUUUUGCCAAAAGCUGUAGAAUACAGAACAGUGAAUUGUUCUGGCAACAUCCCAACCCAGUUUGGUUUGCCCCAGUGUUCCCCAUAAUCUUGUUCUGAGAACUGGGGGACUCUUUUAGAAGUCACUGCAUCUCUGUGUAGGAAAACAAGUGUUCCUUUUAUGUCUUCCUUAGGUUGUUGGGCCCUUCAGCAGCUGCAGAUAUUCUUCAACUAAGCAGUAGCCUCCCACUACAAAGCAGAGGUCGAGCUCGCCUUCUAGUAGGCAACGACGACGUGCACAUAAUCGCUCGCUCAGAUGAUGAGUUGCUGGAUGACUUCUUCCAUGACCAGAGCACAGCCACCAGCCAGGCAGGCAAGUCCUUAAGACUGUUUACUAGAUUUGUAGGUAAAAUCAAAAGGACCAAUAGAUUGAAACUCUACAGUGGGAAUGGCUGACCCUUUUGGGGCCACAUCGACCCUAUGGUCAGCCCUCAGGGAGCCAAAGUGUAAAUAUGGGUGCAGUGAGAACUAAAGUUCUCAAGGCUACCUUCCAAAGCAGGACUUUUUGGGAGUGGUUGGUCAGUAACACUUUUUUGAAAUUUCAAUUUUUCUUUUUUUAAAAAAUUAAAUGGAAAAAUUUGAGGGAUGCUUUGGAGACUGCAAAAGAACCUUUUGUGAAUUAGCAGUCAGGUGCCUACAACAUUUUUAUACCAUUGUGCAUCAAUUCAGACAUCUUUAUCGAUGGAGUCAGUUCACAUUUUCAGCUGUUAGGCAGAUGCGGAGAGUGGGUGGCCAACAGCACAGCUGUGGGUCUUGAGGGUGUUGGUGAGCUGUUGUAUGGAUUGGCUUAUCAGUAAUAUGUCCUCCACUUUUCUUUCUAUAGGAACCUUGUCAAGCAUCCCUACUGCCCUGACACGCUGGACAGAAGAAUGCAAAGUACUAGAUGCAGAAAGCAUGCAUGACUGUGUGUCAGGUGAGCUAACAAGUAACUUUCCUUGCUUCAGCCAAUGCAGGCCCUCCUCUGUUUGGCUCUAUUUAAUCUGGUGCUUUUUCUCCAUCCAGUGGUCAAAGUUCCCAUUAUCAACCACCUGGAGGCAUUGAGAGAUGAGGAACUAGAGGAGCGUAGAGAGAAGAGGCGAAAACAGCUGGCUGAGGAGGAGGCCAAAGUUGCAGACAAGGCCAAGGAGGCAGAAGACAAAGAGCAAAAUGCCCAGGUUAGAAGCCCAACUUGAACAUCUGUGACCUUUUUUAAAAUCUUGUUGAAUGGCAAACUUUCAGCAGGGCUGAUUUCAUCUGGUAUGGUUUUCAUUAUGGAAGCUGCAUUGUGACUGGGGUGGGGGGACAGGACUAAGAGUUGUAUUCAUUGUAGCACUAAGGCAAUUGUUAAGUUAGCGCAAGGCUUUCUGCUUGCACAAUGGAACACUCUCCUCCUGUGCAUCCCUAAAUCUGUUCUAGGGGUGUUUCCCCAAAUCCUCAGGAGAAGUUUCAGGGAGGGCAUGGACUGCAAGCAGGGAACGUGGUAAUGCUUGCACUAGUAGGGCGAAUCAGUUGAAUGUCACCUUGAAUAUAUGCAACUGGGUUGUAAAUGAGAAGCAGAGUACCUAUAAUUCGGAAUGAAAAUGCCAGCAGACGCGUUUAGGUCUUGGUAGCUUGAUAAGACAGCAAAUCUGUUUUGCUCCAGAGCAAAGAUGUGAAACUGUUUUUUGGUAAACUUUAAAUUGUGGCAAGUGGGCCACCUUAAAAUAAAGUUGGGGAUGUUCAUUCACUUAGGUAUAUAAGGGAAAACACAAAAUAAAAACCCCUGCUGUCAUUUCAGUAUAUAAUUCCACAUGUCUGUGUGCUCUUUUGCACAUGGCAGACAGAGAUGAAAUCAGAGAAUAAACCUCUGUUCCUUUCUUUCCUAUCAGGAAGGCAAGCAGAAACUCAGACACUAGACUGAGAACCGAUCUUUCUUAGUACAGUCAUACCUCAGGUUACAGACGAUUCAGGUUGCGCAUUUUCGGGUUGUACACCGCGCCAAACCCAGAAGUACCAGAACAGGUUACUUCCGGGUUCGAUGUAUGUGCAGAAGUGCUGAAUUGCAACCCGAACGUCCACUGUAGCUCUUUGUAAGAAGGAAAGUCACCACAUUCCCUUCCUAGAGCCAGGUCUUACAUCUGUUCUUUUUUUAAAAAACACCCCACCCACACCCUGUUACAGGAACAAAAGAAACGGUGUUAUCAAGAAUAGAGACACCGGCAGUAAGUGGAAUAUGGUAACAGUCAUAAUAGUUAGCAGAGACAGGGAUGGACACACUUUAAUGUGUUUCUUCAUAUCUCUGCCUGUCAAAUGAAUGCUACGAGGACAUUAUCAGGAAGUUUACUCAUUGAUGUAAUUCUAUUGGAUUGAUAUCUUUAGCCAUUGUUCCAAACAUUUGCAGAAGAGAAAGUGGUCGUUCUUUUAUUUUUUCAAUAAAGAAUUUAGCUGUUAAAUCUCAACUAAGGAGAAGGAAAUCUAAGACAGUUUAGCAAGAUUGUUUUUGGAUCUGAGGGAAUAGAAUAUCUUGACAUUUUUCUGUAUAUAAUCUGUACAAGCCGGAUAUCUUUGUCAACCAAUUACAGAAAGGAAAACUUAUCGACACAUUUUCCAGCAGUAUUUAGAAUGCUUGCUUCUAUGUAGAAGAGAACAUUUUGAUAGAUGUGCCUCACUGGACUAGAUGAAAAUCGGGCAGAGCUGUUGUAGCAAAAGGCAUACAGGUUACGUACUGUCCUCCUUACAAACGCUUCGGGUAACAAGCUCUGCUAACCCGGAAGUAGGUCUCCUGGUAGCAAACUUUGCCCCAGGAUGCGAGCAGAAGUCGCGCACUGGUGGCGUGGUGGCAGCGGGAGGCCCCAUUAGCAAAAGUGCGCCUCAGGUUAAGAACGGACCUCUGGAACGAAUUAAGUUCGUAACCAGAGGUACCACUCUAGAGGGAAGGUACAGCUGUGACCUGAAGCUUCUGCCUCCUUUCCUUGUCCUGGGUGUCAGAAGCUACAUAGGCAGUUUCCUGUUCCAAUGAGUUUUAAUCAGAUGAAUCUUCACUUACUUUUUUUUUCCCCUCUGCAGGGAGCCUUACCCCAGUCAAACAGCUCUGCUGAGCAGAACCUUCCAGGUAAUUUGUUCCCUUACUCUAUGUCUGUAUGGUGUCUUCUUUCCUCAGCUCAGCUGAAGCAGAUGCUAUUCCUGGGCCCCCUGGGAUGAGGUAGUAGAUUGUAUAGUUUUAGGGUCACACCCGGUCUUGGAGAUAACUAUACAAUCUACUGUCUUUCCUAUGAGGACUCGCAAUUCGCCGUGCCAGCAUUGAAGAAGAGAGAAGCCACUGAGAAACCACGCCUAGCUCAGGAGGAAAGAACAUGGGCUCAAGAAUGAAAUUUGGAAUCAAAGCCCCUGAGUUCCUUGGUUCCAUCCCUAGAUGUGGAAAGAAAUUUGGGGAUGGGGGUUAAUAGUGGGAUAGUGUGUCAUUAGAUCUUGUAGGCAGGAUUCCCUGGAUCUUGCUGUGGCUUGGGGAGUGGAUCGUCUGCAUGAGUGUUCUCCUCAGAUCUGUGUGAAAGGAUUUUGCAGGAUUUUAAAAAAACUGGCUGUUCAGAUGGGGGAAGAACCAGUUGCCUGACGCUGAGGCUUUGUGACGUUGCUCUUGCUGGGGUGAGGUAGUAAGUUGUAUUGUUGUGGGGUAGGGAUUUGUGCCCCAAAUCAGAGAUAACUAUACAACUUACUACUUUCCCUGGGAGGAGUGAAGUACCCAGGACCGAGGUGGGUGUUUGAUGUGCCCAGCUUUUGAACUAACCUUGAGGGCGCAGGGUGAAGCCAAUUCCCUGCUUGAAAUCCUGCUGCUGCUCAGUGGUCUGGGUUUUAAGACAGCCUCCCUCCCUCUCUUGGCUCCCAGAUGGUGCUGCCCAUCCUGAUGGCUAUCCUGCAGUCCCAGCUGCAGCUGAAGACGCCUCUGCUGGCCCCAAGCAGACUCUGGUCACGCUGGAGAGCCCCCAACAGCAACAGCAGCAGGUGACAGGGGCAGGCGAGCUUCCUUCAGAGCUGGCGGGGCAGUCCAAUGCCCAGGGUUCUGGGCAGUUGCUGAUGCCGGUGGAACAGGAGGACUCAGGCCCUGGGAGGCCAAGCACUGAUGCUGAGGCCACACAGAUGGAGCUUUCACCUGCUCCCACCAUCAGUAAGUGGCCCCAGGCUUCACCCUGCAGCAGAUGUUACCCCCUUUCUGGCUGUGUGUCACUUGUACGUGCAUAAACAUACCCUGAUUCCUACCAUCUUCCACAUGUUCAGGAGAAGGCAGCAAUAGUUUUAAAGUGCAUAUAUUUUCAUCAGCCACCUAGCUACUCAGCGGCCCGGAGCAUCAUAACUAGACACUGGAGAGAACAUGAACCAGUGGUACCAAACCAUAUGGGAAACAGCCCAUAGAGAAGCUAGCCAACAGACUGAAACUGACAGAGGGGCAAAUAAAAGAGGACACCUUCACCCCAGUGUGGCUCCCCUUUAUUACAUACACAGCCCAACAAGACAAGAACCCACCAGCAGCAUAUAAAUCAAUAUGGCUAACUUGACCCUAACAACAACUCCCCGUUAUACACGCAAACAAAACUCACUGCAGCCAACUGAAGGCAACCAACCAUGCCCUGCCCCCAACCUCCCUCACCACCAAUUAAAACUAAUAAAUGAAUAGAAAGAGAACCUGGCCAUGUGACGCUGACACAAAAACCUUGCAUGUAUGCUCUCCCCACUUCUCUUCUCCCCCAGCCUUAUACUGUCUAUAACAUAAGUGUCUCACAUUGAGUAUAACCUGUAGAAAAGGUCUUAUGAACGGAAAGCAGAAAUGCUGUAUGUACUUUUGUAACCCAAGAAAAUCUUUAAUAAAAACAAUUUUUAAAAAGUGCAUAUACUUGCAUAUUAACUAAAAUUUGCAAAGUGAAACUAAAAGCCUACUCACCCACCUAAUGAUUUGAUCCUAGCUUUCAAAAUUUGGCUGGAUGUUUGUUUGUUUGUUUGUUUGUUUGUUUGUUAAGUAGCUUUUUAUUGAGGUUUAAGCUCACGUUUUGAAUCUCUCAUUUUUAAAAAUAAAAAUGCUGUGCUGGAUCAGACCUAUCAAUUCAGCUCAGUAUUCUGCCUUGACAGUCUUCACAGGCAAUUUCUGAAGCCUGUUACUCUAUAGUAGGUGGUAGUGAAGGGUAUAUCACAGCCAAAACAAGAAGUUUCCUUGCUGAAUUGGAACCAGAGCCCUGUCAUAAUAGGCAGCAGAAUUUGAAUCCAGUGUAUCAGGUUUUCAGGCAGUGCUUCUAUCAAUGCUUCUUAGGAAGGGUGUCUAAAAGCCAGGAGGUCAAUGGGUAGGUUUCUGUCCUUUCCAUGUUCUGGGCUGAAUCUGAUGAUAAGAAUUCAGGUUUGACAGACGUUUGUCAGACUUAUCUCUCAGUCCUUUCUUUCCUUUCCCACCAGCUUCGCUUUCUCCAGAGAGAGCUGAAGACUCUGAUGCCUUGACAGCAGUCAGCAGCCAGCUGGAGGGCUCACCCAUGGAUACCAGCAGCCUGGCCUCUUGCAACCUCGAAGAAGGAGUUGGAGAGGCUGGUGGCCCUAGCAAUGUGGACCAGGCAGGGGGAGCCACUGUUGUAGCAACGGCAGACACCGCCCAGCAGGGCUCCAAUGCACAGGCCCUCAGGGAGGGCCAGUCAGAUCCCAGCCAGCAGGUGGAUGAUGGGUAAGGAGCAGCGAUGAGGUGCAAGGGGGUGAUAUGCCAAUUUUAUCAUUAGCACCGCACUUGCUAAUACUGUCACUUCCUGCUCUUCAGCUCCCCACCUGCCUCAUCCUCUGAGAGCUCCUCCACCAGAGAUUCGGCGGUGGCCAUUUCCGGUGCUGAUUCUCGGGGCAUCUUGGAAGAACCUCUUCCUUCUACCAGCAGUGAGGAAGAAGACCCCUUGGCAGGUAAAUACUAGAAGAGGACAUAAAAAGAGGGAGCUGUACUAAGUCAAUGCCAUUUUUCUUAGUAGGGAUAGCAGCUACCUCUAACAUGCUUUUUCAUAGGGAUAAAUCUUCCGGAAGGUGUAGACCCAUCUUUUCUGGCCGCUCUGCCUGAUGACAUCCGGCGUGAAGUGCUACAGAACCAGUUGGGUAUCCGGCCUCCUGCUCGUACUGUCCCGACUACCACAACUGCUGCUACCCCAGCACCGCCCGUGGUGGGAAACCCUAGUGUGACAGAAGUCAGUCCAGAGUUCCUGGCUGCACUGCCUCCAGCAAUCCAAGAGGAGGUAAGGUGGCACUUUUAAAUAUUAUGGGGUAAUACACAGUUUAGGAACAAGUAUAAUAGAACUAUGAAAUCUGAAGGAAACUCAUGUAGCCUGUGGCCCUGCACUGUACAAAACAAAACUUUCUGAAUUUAGGAUUCCUGACCUUAAUUUAAAAAAAAAAAUAGAAUUUUUCCCUUGCUUGAAUUGUAUUGUUUAAAACAUGUAACAUACAAACAAAACACAAAAAGGGAAGACAAAAUAGGAAAGUAGGUGUAAAUACAAAUCUACUGGACUGCCAACUACAAGUCACAAGAAAAUCUGGGCAGUUGCAUUUAUCUUCUUUGUGCUUAAGUUAUAAAUUGCAUAAGGACAAGGUAUGCAAGUUAUUUGUGUGGAUGUGUUUGGCUCACCUUAUUGCAUGCAUGAUCCAUAGUUCAUUGCCUUGUGGUAAAUUCCACAAAAGGGGGAUGUAAUUCAGUGAAAUAUGUAUUUCUUUGAAAUAUAGUGAAAUUUCCAGAACUAAAUUAACAAUGACCAAGACUUCACACCCUAAAAGGGGCUUCCAGCUGUGGAGUUCCACCCAUCAUGUGGUCACAGAACCCAGUUUCUGUCCCACAUCCCCGUCACCUCGGAAAGAGAGAUAACAAUUUGUGGUUGAAGGAGGAGAGUCAUUUUAGAGAGAUUGGUUGGGUCUUUUAUUUUUGCUCUGUUCUUGCUUAACAGUAGAAGUUGUUUUUAUCUUUCCCCCUCCCAUCUCAGGUGCUGGCACAACAACGGGCAGAGCAGCAGCGUCGGGAGCUGGCCCAGAGCACAAGCUCAGACACUCCCAUGGACCCUGUGACUUUCAUUCAGACGUUGCCAUCAGACCUGCGGCGCAGUGUGCUGGAGGAUAUGGAGGACAGUGUUUUGGCAGUCAUGCCUCCUGACAUUGCUGCUGAAGCACAGGCUCUGCGGCGUGAACAAGAAGCGCGCCAGCGCCAGCUCAUGCACGAGCGUCUCUUUGGCCACUCCAGCACCUCUGCUUUGUCUGCCAUUUUGCGUAGCCCAGGUAAAGUGCAUCUGUUUCUGACAUACUACUGUUUUUAGUUCUCUAUGUCUCGACUCCUGAUCUGAUUGCUUUGCUUAUUUUCUUUCCCCUAACUCAGCCUUCACAAGCCGACUGAGUGGAAACAGAGGUGUCCAGUAUACACGUUUGGCUGUACAAAGAGGAGGAACCUUCCAGAUGGGUGGUAGCAGCAGCCACAGCAGGUACAAGAUCAGUGUUCAAAAUUCCCAUAGUUCUAGGCACAUUUUGCACAGGGAAUUUCAUUAGCGCGAGCAGUUUCUGAGCUCUGGGCGCAGUACCGCACCUGAGAUUUCAGAUUAAAACUGCAGAGUGGAAAGAAAGGAGGACUUUUUCUGCCUCCUCACUUCCAACUAUUCUCUGAAGACUGGAGAAGAGACCCUCUUAAGAAUAUAUGGGGGGGCAGGGUAAGGACUAGACCAUGUGAAAAAUGAACAUAGUAUUUUAGCUGCAGUUCAUUCAUUUUCAGCCUUGUAUUCUUGUUAUUUAAAUAAGUGUGCCUAGACAUUCUGUUGUUGCACCCAUAAGCUAAGUUUAAGGUGCCAUUUAGCUCCUAGCUUUCAUAUCUCAGUUUCUAACACUGUACUAGACGUAUGGGGGAAGGUAGUGCAGUUUCUUUGGAGGGAAUAAGCUGAGGGUUAGGAUUCCUAGGGAAAAACCAAUGUAACUUAUUAGUUAAGUUGGGUAUGCUUGGGGAAACUAGAAAUAUAAAAACUUUCCCAAAUUGUAUAGUACCUAAGGUUAACCUUAAAGUCUGGAAACCAGGGGUAUUAUCUUGCUUCUUCCAAUUAUUAAUCCUUCCCAAUAACCCCUAGUUCUUGCAGGGCUGCCAUGGAUUCCUUUGGGAGGAAGGGUGGAAAAAUGUUUAAUAAAUAAUACUUGGGUUGAAAAAAAACACUCCCUGCCCCAUUAUGUAAGCUGAAAGAUGGGCUCGGUGAUCACUGCAUCAGUUUAGGGAACAACUUGAAAGCAAGUGGGCAGAGUUGCGAGGCCAGUAGGAUGUGCUGGUUUACAGGAACCAGCUGCAAGGCAUGUCAUGGUAAAAACUGUCUACCCUCACUUAGAUGAGACACUGCUAGGGGAGAGCUGUUCACCUUGGAUGCUGUAAAGAACUCUGCUAUGCUUUCAGAGUCCAUUGUAGACUGUGCUGAUAUUUGUCUUGUUGUUUCCUAGGCCAUCAGGCAGCAAUGUGGACAGCCUGCUCCGCCUGCGUGGACGCCUUCUGUUGGACCAUGAGGCCUUGUCCUGCCUGCUGGUGCUGCUUUUUGUGGAUGAGCCAAAGCUGAACACCAGCCGGCUACAUCGGGUGCUGCGGAACCUUUGCUACCAUGCACAGACACGCAGCUGGGUGAUUCGGAGCCUGCUCUCUAUCCUCCAGCGCAGCAGUGAGAGUGAACUGUGUGUAGAGACACCUAAGGGGACUGCUGCACCAGAUGACAAAGGCAAAAGAGCAGCCAAGGCCUGUGCCCCUGACAGCCGGCCACUCGACCUUCUGCACAAGAUGGAAUCCAAAAGCUCAGGGCAGCUUUCUUGGCUCUCCGUCUCUAUGGAUGCUGCUUUGGGUUGCCGAACCAACAUAUUCCAGAUCCAGCGAGCAGGAGGGCGUAAGCACACGGAGAAGCAUGCUGCUGCCGGUUCCACUGUUCAUAUUCACCCCCAGGCUGCUCCUGUGGUCUGCCGCCAUGUACUUGACACGCUCAUCCAACUUGCCAAGGUGAAGACAAGGGCUGUCUAGAGUGGUGCUCUUUUUUAUGCGAUGGGCGUUCUGUCAUUCUGAUGAAAGUCUGGAACUUCUUGGUCUGCAUAGCUUAAGAGAAAAAGUUAAGGAUUUAGAUUACAAGGAGGUAGCUCUCUAGACUAAGUAUUAGGGUGAGUUCCAAACUGAGAGCAAGCAGGCAGUUAAGCUCCCUGUAAUUGUUGUUGUUAUUUAGUAGAUUUAGAUCCUGUUUUUCCAUCAUCAUGUUCAAGGUGGCUAACAAAAUUACCAUUGCAUAAAAACGCCUAAAACAAAUAAGUGCAAAUUUGCUGCAAAAGGUGUAGGGGUCAUCAUUUAAAAAAUGGGAGAGCAGUUAUUUUAGUAUUUCUAGGCUGCAUUUCUACCCACAAACCUUCAGAACAGCUAACAAAAGUUUUUUACAAGUUUUGAAAUUGGUUCCUCUCUCCACUGCAGUUGCCGCCAGUUAAUCAGCUGGUCUCUUUCUGUGCAGGGAUUAAGGAAAAUAAUGGGCAGGCAUUCGUAGCAUAUUCUGUACCAGGAAACAUCCAGUUGUGCUAAAAAGGAGCUAGACAAGUUAACUUCUUGGUUCCUUUGCUGUUCAGAAUAAAUAAGAUUAGUAAAUAAUAGCCAUGGAAACUUCUUCUUCAUGGGCUAGUUUGCACAUCAUGCUAAACCAUUAUCAGUGAGACUUGCAUGAGCAGAAAGGAACUGCUGUGAGCCUCUUGCUUAUGUAUUCCCCCAUCUUCCUGCACAGCCAAGAAGAACAGCCUUUUCCUCCUAGUCUCUCUCUCUCUCUCUCCCUCUCUCCCUCUCUCCCUCUCUCCCUCUCUCCCUCUCUCCCUCUCUCCUUGUUGUGUCAUCCACACCAGGGAUUGCUUAUCACAACCUCUGGUUGGUUUCAAAACAAGCUGUUUUGCUUGAACUAACCAGCAUUUGGGACAAACAGUAGUCCCUGGUCUGGAUGCCCUGACAAGCCAAGAUUUAGGGAAACUGGUGUGAGGGUAAGAACUGCUGGUCCUCCUGAUAGUGGAGGAAAGAAAGACAGGGAAGCACGUGAGCCCACGGCUUGCAGCAUCUCCCUGCUCAUGUGUGACUUGCUAAAUCAUGUGAACACAGCAUGGGCCCUACUUUUGUUAGCAUGAAGCAUCCUGAAAACCUGUGAAUUUAAAAGUGCAAGUUUUUUUUAAAUCAUAAUAAUAAUAAUUACAUUUUUUUUAAUUUAAAACAAUUUAGUAUCUUGUCAACAAAUGAUUCCAGAGCAGUUUUUAAUAACUUUUCCAAUUCUUCUGUGAUGAUGGUUAUUCAGGAGUGGGUUUCUCCUUACACCUGCCUCAGGGGCACUGCUAAUGUAACUAAAUUUUGUGCUUGGUCCCUCCCCACUUCUAGUCCUGCCAGUUUCAGGGUAGCAGAACUUUGUCAGAGCUCCACCUCUUAUUGUUUUUCAUUGUGAUGAUAUGGUGGGAUCAGCAUUUGUAAAUCUGGGAAGUUUUUCUGACCCAUGGAACAGGGAAGAUGCUUCUGAUUAUCUGCUGUAUGUCCCAUGAAGCAAAGGACCAGAACUGGUGACAAGGAGGAGCAUAGCUCUCAAUUUAGGGGAGCAGCUUGUUUCCCAGGGAAGGUUCAUCCUCCUUUGGUGGGCAGAGGGGCCAACACCUCCUAUCUGAAGACUUAAUACCUUGUUACUAUCUUAUUAGCUCUGAAUAUGCUCUUUAAUAUAGCUGUUAAUAGUUAUGUCUUGCAGCAACCCUGGGGAAUAAGUAAUUACUUGGGUCCUAAGGUUAUGUGCAUGAGUUGCCCCAAACCAUCCAGUGAGUCCCUCGCUUGUACCUGGAGUAAGGGCAAACAUACAUGGGGAGAGAAGUGAACUUGGUGCUCUGUAGAUUGUUGCCACUCAGCCAAAUGCUGACUGGGAACCUGAGGAGUCUGGCACACACGUGCUGCUCUGCAUGGUCCCCUUUCUCACUCUGCUAAUUUGAAGGAAGCUAUAGAGAUUCCAAAUACUGGCUUUGGCGAAAAACUGUUGUUGGAGGCUUGUGUUAAUGCUGCUUCAAAGGCAUAGUUGUACUAUUUAUGGACCACAAGGUAGAUAUUCCAUGUGGGACACCUUCCAAUUACAGAGUGGAGACUGUCUUCCUGGAGCAAGGCUCUAGGGGUCGUUGCUCUGUGAUUUAAGCUUAUUCUCCCAGGACAUAACUGCUGCUGAACAAUUUGUUCUUUGCUGCGACUGGCAGUGCUGUAUAUAUCUAUGUACUCUAGGCAUUUUCUAGAGAGCAUCUACUUGGAACUGUUCAGGUUUAUCUAGAGCCAGGUGUGCCAGUAGACUUGGAAGGUGAGGGGUGUGUGGUUGGGUUUUUUUAGGGAUGCUGGUUGGAGAGGGUGCUGUUGUUGAACCUUGAUUCGGUGGGCAGAGUAAUAAAUAAUCCUAUAGAACUGGAAGCCACAUUUUUCAAUGAGGAAUUCCAGAACAUGAUUUGACUUGCUUCUCUCCUCCGUGCCCCCUUCCAGGUGUUCCCCAGCCACUUCACACAGCAGCGGACCAAAGAGACCACCUGUGAAAGUGAACGGGAGAGGGGCACCAAGCAAUCGGGCAGCCCAUGCCCAGGUCAAAUGGGCACCAGUGGCAUCUCCACUGACUUCUGGGACUUGUUGGUCAAACUGGAUAAUAUGAACGUAAGCCGCAAGGGCAAGAACUCCAUCAAAUCUGUGCCUGUGAGUGCUGGCUCUGAGGGAGAGAGCUCUCCCUACAGUCUAGAAGCCUCUCCUCUGGGUCAGCUCAUGAACAUGCUGUCCCAUCCAGUGAUCAGACGGAGCUCCCUGCUGACAGAGAAGCUGCUGCGCCUGCUGUCACUCAUCUCCAUUGCUCUGCCUGAGAACAAGACCACGGCUGAGGGGGUAGCCAACCAUGCUGCUGCUGCUACUACUGCAACUACCACCCCAGCACCUGCUCCCGCCCCUGCCCUGGCUGCUGCCGCCGCUGUAGCUGCUGCAGCUGCCGCCGCAACUGCUGCUUCUAUCGCCACCUCUGGUGCUGCCGUGGUAACUGUGACAUCUGCUCUCCCCACCACUGUGUCCAGUAAGUAUUCUAUUGAUUGGGGUUUUUUGUGGGGAGGGGUGCUCGGAGACGAGAAGAGGAAAGGAUACUUUUCUUCUCCUUGUUCCACAUUCCAUUUUCUUUCUUCAUUUGAGUUGUGGAGCAGGACAUGUCUAAAGAGAAAAAUAUAUGUAAAUUUCUACAUCCAGGCAAUCCAGACUCUGUGACCUGUACAGUCAUACCUGGGUUUUCAAACAACUUAGUUCUCAGACAUUUUGGCUCCCAGACGCUGCAAACCUGGAAGUGAUUUUUCAGGUUUUUGAACUAUUUUUGGAAGCUGAAUGUCCAACGGGGCUUCCAGUUGGCUUCAGGAGCUUCCUGCAGCCAAUCAGAAGCUACUCUUUGGUUUCUGAAAGUUUUGGAAGUUGAAUGGACUUCUGAAAUGGAUUCCGUUCGACUUCCAAGGUACGACUGUAUGUGUAUUUGCAUUAAUUUAAUUUAUUUUUCAUAAUUCUGUGUUUUGGUGGCCAUGGAGAUGAGAAGGGAGCUAUGAAGGACCCCAAAUAUUUAUCUCAGUUGCUAGAAAUCUUAUUUAGCCACCUUUUAAGACUUCAGUAGGUAUUGCUGCACACACUUUCAAGCCAUCAUUGCAGCCCUGAGGAAAAUAUUUUUGAAACAAAAUAGAGAGCUGGGAUUCUCAACAAGGCAAGCUCUUAAUAUCACACACUGUUAAAUCUGUGCUGUCGCUGAAUUCAUAGAAUUAUAGAGUUGGAAGGGAUCCCAAGGGUCAUCUACUCCAAGCCCCUGCAAUUUAGGAAUAUUAAUUAGAUCAUAUAUGACAGGUGACCAUCCAGUCUCUGCUUAAAAACCUCCAAGGAAAGAGUCCACCACCUCCUAUGGGAGUCUGUUCCACUCUGUGCCAAACAGCUUUUACUGUCAGAACGUUCUUCCUGAUGUUUAGUCAGAAUCUCCUUUCUUGUAACUUGAAUCCUCGGGUUUUGGUCCUACCCUCCAGAGUAGGAGAAAACGAGCUUGCUCCAGUUUCCAUUUACAAGUGUGCACAUCCCUUACAUACAAUGCUGGUGCUCCUCUCUUCCUGACUGAUCUGUUCCUUUUGAGCAGGUUGUACCCCUCAAUUUCUACAUUAAAAUUAUGAGCCUCAUCCCACCAGGUUUCAGUAAUGUCUAUUAGAUUAUAGUUGCCAUUCUGUAUUAAGAGCUCAAGUUCUUGCUUGUUUCCCAUAUUCUGUGCAUUUGUGUAGAGACAACUGAAAGCAUGAGUCAUUCUUCUGCACACUGCUGCCGCUGUCCGCAUCUGUAGGGCAUCACCUGCCACCACUACAUGUCUCUUCCUUCUCUGGAGACAGGCAGGAAUGGUUCUGUACAUUGUAGCUUCCACUGCCACCUUGGUAUUUGCAAACUUAUCACAUAUAUGAACACAGCCCUGAUCAAGGAGGAUAUUGCCUACUUAUAGAAGCCUGAUAGAGAGAGGGUGUCUCUGUGACUUCUGUGUAGGGAUGGAGGUAGAUGGUAGGCAAGUGCUCAAAGGAGACCCAGACUUCAAAAAAUAGCUGGUGGUUUGCUUGGUCAUUCUCUCACUGGUUAAUUGUCAAAUCCCAAGUUGGUUCUAGCUUGUAUCUUGUCGUUCUCUGCAGCUAUCCCAAAAAACAGCAAAUCGCCAGCCAAGGUAGGCGAAGUGGGAGGUGGAGGUGGAACUGACAGCAAAAUGGCUGCCUCAGGCCUAACGGAGAACCAGCUACAGCUGUCUGUGGAGGUGAGUGUGGUGGGUGUGGCCAACACACAAUAUGGGGAGGGGAGAGGAAGGGAUUAACAUUUUGAGCUGUCAGCGGCACAGUGACUUUCUCAUCUUCCAUUCCAGGUGCUGACAUCUCACUCCUGCUCUGAAGAAGGCUUGGAAGAUGCUGCCAACGUUCUUUUGCAACUGUCACGGGGUGACUCAGCCACACGUGACACUGUGCUCAAGCUUCUGCUUAAUGGGGCCCGGCAACUAGGCUACACUCUUUGCAAGCAGAUAGGUAAGGAGAGAUGAGACUGGAGAAGUGCCAGUUUGAGGAGCUGGCUUGGUUAAUGGUCCUGCCCUGCCUCAGUCACUGAGUACCACAGUGAACAGUCAGAAAUGUGAAGCUAGGAAUAUUAGCCAGUAGCUCAUAGAAACAAUGGGCUUCAGUGCUCUUCUCAUGUACCAGUGUGAUAGUCUGGGGAUUUACAUGUCCAAGCACAGGUAACAUUUAAAUGCACACCUCCUCACAGAGGAUAGUAACCCAUAAGACUGUUUUCCUUGCUGUCACAUUUGAAUGAGCUACAGUCUCUUUUGGAACUGUCUCUGCUAGAAAGAGUCACACCAUAGCAUAAGAGAACUGCUCCUGGUGGUAGGGCAGGGUGAUUAAACCAAAUACGGGAUUUCAGUCAGUUCUGAACAAGGUAGCAAGCAUGGCCGGGGAAUCCCCCUUGUGCUAAGUAGAAGCCCUUGAACUGACUUCCACUAGCGCACCAGAUAAGUUGAAUCUGGGCCCUAAAUUGUACUCUUACAUGACCACCCAUGUUGAUCCAGAAUAUAGCAGCUGUAGGGUGCUCACAGGAACACAAUUAUGUAAGCAUGUUACCUAUUUUAGAACAAUUGCACUGGUUACCAGUAAGUUCGUGGGUGCAAUUCAAAAUGCCAACCAACCUGGCAUCAGGCCCUAAAUGGCUCACAUCCAAGACCAUUCAUACCAUCUACGAUCUUUCCUCUGUGUCUCAGUGUGGGCUUAUUCUAGGUUGGCUGGGAUGUGUGAGAGCCCAGUAGCAGAAUGCUCUCUCACUGGGACAUUCAACUGGCCCUUUUAGUUUCUACUUCCUAGUGAACACAAUUCCUUUUAGGCAGGGAUUUUUUAUUGCCUCGGGUUUUAUGCUGACUGUUUUAAAUUGUGGAUGCGUAAUCUUUGUUUUCUGGAUUUUAAUGGUUUUACCAUCGUGUUUUGAUAUUGUUUGUCAUGUUGGGUAUAGUUUUAUAGUGGAGAGGUGGGAUCGAUUUUCUUAAAUAGGACUCACUAAUUCUCUACUCUCCCUUUCCAGGUACUCUCUUGGCGGAGCUGCGAGAAUACAACUUGGAGCAGCAACGUCGAGCCCAGUGUGAGUCCCUGUCACCAGACGGGCUCCCUGAAGAACAGCCUCAGACCACCAAAUUGAAAGGCAAGAUGCAGAGCAGGUGAGUCUCCUUCAAGUUGGCCUUUCUCUUUGUCUUUUGAGUGGCCUUCUCUGACUUUCUUCCCCACCUUCUUCCUCAAUUGUUAGGUUUGACAUUGCUGAGAACGUGGUGAUUGUGGCAUCACAGAAGCGCCCUCUGGGUGGUCGCGAGCUCCAGCUACCCUCAAUGUCCAUGCUGACUUCUAAGACCUCCACACAGAAGUUUUUCCUAAGGGUGUUGCAGGUCAUCAUCCAACUACGGGAUGACACACGCCGUGCCAACAAAAAGGCAAAACAGACAGGCAGGCUAGGUAUGUUAGGCAGGAGAGCAAGCUCUGUCUGCACAAGGCCUGUUUGUAGAUGCUAGAGCAUGGGUGGGAGAUCUCCUGAUACUGGUUCAGACCAGUCAUACUUUACCUACAGAAGACCUGAGAGGCCCAUAGGCCACUGCAGUUUUUUGGGGUCGGUUCAAAGCUUGAGUAGGGAGUUAAAUCUUACAGGCUCAGCUGUAGGAACCAACCCUCAUUCUUCUUUUUCUCUCCCCCUCUUUUUGCAGGUACUUCCGGUCUGGGCUCAGUUAGCAGCAUCCAGGCCGCUGUUCGGCAGCUGGAGGCUGAGGCUGACGCCAUUAUACAAAUGGUACGUGAGGGUCAGAGGGCCCGGAGGCAGCAGCAAGCAACAACGGUUAGCAUGGUGCCUGUGGCGCUUGUAGGCCACUCAUUUUGUUUAUUUGAACUACCCUUUUUCAUUAUUUUACAUUCCUUUCUCCAUCUUUUCUCCUCCCUUUUUAUGCCAACUGGUUUGUCAUCAGAGGAGCCUCUUUGUCCAGGGAAGGAAGAAGCUUCAGCUCCUUGCUGCUGUUGGCUCUUGAUCCUAAAAAGCUGUUCUUCAGAGCAGGCUGAGGAAGAGCUUGUGAGGACAGUUUGUGAUUUGGAUUCUGGGUUCUGUGCAGUGUUUUUUUUUUUCUUCUAAAAAGAUGUUUAGGGGUACUUUCAUUUUGACUCAAGAAAAUCACCAUUUUAUAGUUCAAAUCGGGGGAAAUAAAUACAGUAAAUGGACAAAAGUACAAAGAUUCACAAAAUGUUUAGGGGGUAUGCGUACCCCUGCGUACCCCCCCAGAAAAAAGCACUGGUUCUAUGUAUUGGGUAGAGGGAUGAGAAAACAGCUGGUUUCAGCUGAAGUGUAAGAAAUGCUGAAGACAAAAGAAGUCUUCCUUCUUUGUACCUGGCUUAUGCAUACUCCUUGGCUGUUCUCCCAACAACCUCAAUAUAUACCUCCAUGGGCUCUGGUGGUGGUUACCUUUUAUGAAGUUGCUUAUUGAUAUGAAAAAUCUGAGUUGGAUAUUUGCAUAGUAUCUUUUAACAAAUUGUGGUCUUCGGACUUUUCACUCCUGCGUACACCCCUUUGUUUUCUAUUAUUUUAGUUACUCUUCCAACACUUUAAAAAUGUGUUUAGCUUCUGUAUGUCUUGGACACUUCUAUGCCAAAUAGCUCUAACCUUAUUUGCUUCCUCUUCAUACGAUUUUGGGUUAUCUGCUGAAGGCAGGUUGAAUGGGGGACGGGGUUUGUGGUAGGAGACAGUGAGCUGGGUGAAGAAUCCUCUGCAGCUUCAAGAUGCCUUCCCCAUUUUGAAAGGCCAUCCACUUCCAUGGUGGAUACAUCACUAACUGCUGCUUAUGUAUUGAGAACUGAGCUUGGGAUGGGGAAUUCCUUUAUGCAUCUCCCCUUCCUUACUAAUGGAAAGCCAAGGCCUGACUAGGAAUAAAUGGAAGGCUCUGCAGUUGUGUAAGCAGGGUAGGGAUUGUUUUUCUGGUUUCAGCUGCCUUUUUCAUACACUGUUUGGCUAGGAUUGUUGGUUGAAAAGCUGGGUGUUAAAAGCUGAGAGCAAGCUAGCCAUCUCUACAGUGGCAGAUAUUUAGCAUUGGUGAUCCACCCUGGAUUCUUCAGGUGAAAAGCAAAAUACUGCCUGUAAGAAAUAACCUUCCAUUGCCUACAGACCAAAUCAGUUUUGUGAAGUUUAGCAUUCUGAUUGCUUAAGUUGUUGGAAUUUUGACAUUUUAAAAGGUGGGCAUUGUGGCGGCGGCAAGUAAUAUUAGUGAAGUAAAAGACAAGUGGUCAGGGGACACUCUGCUGUGGUCUCAGCCGUUGACACUUGCUUAGUGCUUCAGAUGUUCUGUGAUUAAUAGUAAAUCUUUUGGAUUUCUGUGGAAGUUUCAAAAAGCACAAACAACAAGGGAGCUAACCCAAAGCUGUACAAGUUGUGGACUGAACAUGUGAUCCAUAGUUCUGGUCUGCCUUCCUCUACCCUUCAGCCUUAUUCUCUUCUCCUGGCUCAAAGCCACUCAAAUUGGAAAGCCAACUUGACAUGGCUGUGAGUGAGCUGACACGCAUGGUAGCUCUAAGAGCUCACUUCCACUUGUUAGAUCCAGCAUGUAUUCAGGGUACUUCCACUGUCCGUGUGGCCCCGGGGCAGGACCAGCACAGCAACCACACAGCAUGGCUUGAAGCCCAAAUUCUUAGGGCCUGUACGCACGUUACUUUCCUAUGAGAAGUAGCUGAGCAAUAAAAAGUAAUUGCUGCAUUUACUUCUGGGUUGCAGUAGGUAGAGAGAAUGCAUUAGAGGUCAGCAAGAACCAAGCUUGUUUGCAAGCACAAGUGACACAACUGAAUCACAUUGGUGUACUUUUCAAUCACAACUAUUGUGGAGUGGAUGUGACAAUACAGUAAUGUGUGUACAAUCCUUGAGCCUACCUCUCUCCAGAUUGUUGCAUCUUAGAGGCCCCAGUCCUGUCCAGUUUCUGUAGAGAGAUGUGGGCUGCCUUUGCCCCUGGCAUGUGGGCCUUGUUAAAUAUGAGGUUAUCCCUGCAGGAAGGUCCCUGAUGACAACUUUCCUCUUCUCUCCACACCUGUUCUUUGCUUUCCAAGAACUUUCCCCACUCUGGUGCAUGCACUUCACCAUUGCUCCUGGCUGUAAGUGCUCCACCUCCAGAUUCACGCAUGUCAUGCUUUCUGCUAGCUUUUUUCCCCUGCUCCCCUAUUUCUCCUGUAGCUGUGUCAUUCGACUCAUUCCCUCUGCAGAUUUUAGCUUGUGUAUAACAGCAUGUUUAACCUCUUUUGGUCUUUGUAAAGGAUGGGGAAAGUGGUAGGGCCACCAUGCACAGUUCUGUUGAUGGUCCAUUUUCUUCCCUGCCUUUUGGGAGUUACUGGGCUGACCUCCCAGCACCUAUUUCCUAAGUGCUCUUGGGAAGCUUCAGCCCUCACUAAUGUGUGCAUCUCUUCUGUUCAGUCGGAGCCAAACCAGGCAGAGGGUUCUGUACGAAGAGACGAAUCACCUAUGGAUGUGGAUCAGCCCUCACCCACCACACAAGACACCCAAUCAGUUGGUUAGUAUCUGCUUUUUGCAGUUGAGGGGUGGCUGUCUCUGAAGUAGAGAAGCUGUUUUACCUGCCGUAGGCCCUCCUUCUACAGGUCUGAAGGAGUUGCCUGUCCUGGAACUGGGAAGGCUAAAGUGUGAAGGACUGAUCUCUUGUUCUUACAGUGUCAGAAGGGUCCCAGCAGGGUGAGAAGGAGAAAGAGGAGCGUCCUCCGGAUCUGCCUCUGCUAAGUGAGCAACUCAGUCUGGAUGAACUAUGGGAUAUGCUGGGCGAGUGCCUGAAGGAGCUGGAAGAAUCGCAUGACCAACAUGCUGUGCUUGGUAAGGUUCUGGGCUGUUGGAAGGUUGGUCUGCUUCAGGCCUCUCUGCCUCUUGGAACUUCACCUUCUGCUCUCUUCCCUACAGUGCUGCAGCCUGCAGUGGAGGCCUUCUUUUUGGUGCAUGCUACAGAGCGGGAAAGCAAGCCCCCAGUGCGUGACACCCGGGAGAGCCAGCUGGCUCACAUCAAGGACGAGCCCCCACCCCUUUCACCUGCCCCACUGACCCCUGCAACACCCUCCUCCCUUGACCCCUUUUUCUCCCGUGAACCUUCUUCCAUGCACAUUUCCUCCAGCCUUCCCCCAGACACACAGAAGUUCCUCCGCUUUGCAGGUUAGUUCAAACUGUGGCAUGUCUGGCUGUGUCCAGGGUAUUAAGACUAAUUCUUUCAUGAGGGCUUCAAGUGGGGGUUUCUCGGCUGUCUCUAUCUCAGAAGGGCAGCUGGUUUGCUGAGGGAGGAGUGUGUGGAUCAAGGUGUGACUAACUAGGGAAUAUACUUGUGGAGGAAUUUCAUUAAUGGGUUUCUGCAGCAUGCCUGGAAGAAACACCAUAAGGAGCGUGCAGCCGAACCUUCACUUUUGUUCUCGUCUUGCAGAAACACACCGCACUGUGCUGAACCAGAUCCUGCGCCAGUCCACCACCCAUUUAGCUGACGGCCCCUUUGCUGUCCUCGUGGAUUACAUACGUGUGCUGGAUUUUGAUGUCAAACGGAAGUAGGUUUUAGGGUGGGGUGUUAGUAUUCUGUUUCCUAUUCAUUUUAAAUAAUAAUUAAAAAACAAGGAGAUGCCAGAGAUUGAUUGUAAGCACGAGUGUGAUGUCUCACUUUUGUUCUCUAGGGCAGAUUGCUUGAGUGAUAUUCUAGGCUUGUGUGCUGACUUUUCUAUUGGCUGUGAUGCCCUCUAGGUUGGCUACCCAGACAUUUCUCAUUUCUUGGCAUUGUUCAGCUCCUCCAUUGGCAAAAAGAUCAGUGUGGGGCAGGAGAAGUCGUGGUGCCUGGAUGGGUGGUCUUAUUCAGUUUGAUAUGCUUCUUCCCCUAGAAUGAAGUAUAGUCAAAAGUGUCUCUCAGCCUCAAUUCUGAAGACACUUUGUAAGGGCUGGAGAGAUGGCAAACCCACCCACUUUUCAUCUACAUCUGUAGAAUAUGUCAUCUCUUUCAUUGUUAGUGCUUUGCAACUGUAACUGUGAAUUGGCUUCAGGGAGUUCCAUAGUAAUAGCCCUGGGGGCUGCCCAAUGUGAGAGGUAAUUGCUACAUGCUUACUCUUCUUUCCAAGGUACUUCCGGCAAGAGUUGGAAAGACUUGAUGAGGGGCUGCGGAAAGAAGACAUGGCUGUGCAUGUGCGUCGAGAUCAUGUCUUUGAAGACUCAUACCGGGAGUUGCAUCGCAAGUCGCCUGAGGAAAUGAAAAACAGAUUGUAAGCAACUUCUUCAGCUACUAGAACUUUUAGCGUGCUGUUGUAAUCAGAGUCCUCUUAUGUGCACUGUUUUCUUUCUUACCCUUGCUGAGGACCUUUGCCCACGUUUUGUCUAAAUGUUGAUUUUUCCUUAUUUUGUAGAUUGAACCUAUAAACCAGACAUUCAGUCCCUGCCAGCCUUUUUGUUCUAAAUCCAUCCUCCACUUCUGACGUUUCCUUAUUAUUAUAUCCUCUUCUGUUUUUCAGGUACAUAGUAUUUGAAGGGGAAGAGGGUCAGGAUGCUGGAGGUCUCCUGCGCGAGUGGUACAUGAUCAUCUCACGGGAGAUGUUUAACCCCAUGUAUGCGCUCUUCCGCACAUCGCCUGGCGAUCGAGUCACCUACACCAUCAAUCCUUCCUCUCACUGUAACCCCAACCACCUGAGCUACUUCAAGUUUGUAGGGCGCAUUGUGGCCAAAGCAGUAUAUGAUAACCGGUUGCUGGAAUGCUACUUCACCCGCUCCUUCUACAAGCAUAUCUUGGGCAAAUCUGUCAGGUGAGUAGUGCCUUUGCUUUUAGGGUUUUUGUUGAACUAGUCCAUCUAAAAUGCUUUCCUAUCUUUCCCAAAACAUGUUCCUAACCCAGCCAGCUUCCUUCAACCAUACAGGUACACAGAUAUGGAGAGUGAGGAUUACCACUUCUACCAGGGACUGGUGUAUCUUCUGGAAAACGAUGUCUCCACACUGGGCUAUGACCUCACCUUCAGCACAGAGGUAAGCUGUCCCCUUCUCAUGGAAGUAUUUUGGGGCAAAUCUUUUGGAAGUUGAAGGAUAUUGAAGCUAAAGAGACAAAGGGCUAUCACAUAGAACGGGCAACCAUUCAAUUUGGACAAUUUUGAAGAUGAUGGAUAAAAAUCAAGAAGGUGGUAGAAUUCCUCACCCAGAAGUUGUACAAAUCCCUCCAUGUGUAAUAAUAGGUGAAGAUGACUAUAUAUUUGCAGGGAUUUUCUAGCAGUGGAUACAGCUCUUUCCUUUUGAAUUCAGAUUUUUUUUGAUCUUAAAAAAUUAGAACUCUCUAAACAGUGUGAGAAACAAUGAGGCUGUGGAUAUUGGCAUUGAUUAUCAAGCACUGUAACAAGAAUGGCAUUCGGACACAGUGUUCCAGAAUAGUAAGGAUGUAUUAUCUGGUGAUAACUGCCAGAGUCUUUCGUUGGCCCUGAAUGAUGGCUGCUGCUGUUCGGUUUUGGUUGUGUGUUUAUAUUUUACUAUGCACAAGGGGUAAAUCUGAUUCUUGCAACUACAUUAUGGUGUUUUGUUAAGAGAAGCAUCCAUUGGGUUGUAAUUUGAGGCUGAGGAGGAAUUUGUGAAACUGAGAAAGGAUUGAAUCAAGGCCAGUAUUGAGUCAUUCUGACUUCUGGUCCUUGUCAGAAAGAGCAAGGCAAGCCUUCUCUUUUCCCAAGAGAUGUUCUUGUUAAUCCAGUUUCUACUUAUUUAGUACACUUCUGUCUUUCCUCCUCCCCUACCCAAACAGGUUCAAGAGUUUGGUGUGUGUGAAGUACGUGACCUUAAGCCCAACGGAGCCAACAUCCUUGUGACUGAGGAGAACAAGAAGGAAUAUGUACACCUGGUGUGUCAGAUGCGAAUGACAGGUGUGUUGGGGGAGUACACCUGAGAACAGUGAAAAGAACCUGAUGAUCUAAACCCAUCUCUGCUGGAAGAUGGGAUCCCUCCACUUAUUAACUUGCGUCUACCUUUUGAAUUAACAUUCCCUCCCUAUCUCAUAAUUCAUACUAAAUUCUAAGCAAAGAACUAGUGUCAUACCAGAGCUGUCCAUGAGUUGCUGUUUCACCGGAUCAAUAGCAAUAGCCUGAAGAAGGAAGCCAAACUGUGUUUUUUAAGGAAAAGUGUACAAACAACAGCAACAACAAAAACUUUAGUUGUCUAAUUCGGUCUAAGGUCAUUACGUAGACUCUGUACUUGAGGCAGAUUCAUCUACCAAUCAGCUGUGAGAAGUUGUAAAUUUUACAUAAAUGUGCACAUUUCAGUGUUUAGAUUUUAUUCCCUCCUGAGCAAUAGUUUCCCCUCUUCUUCGGCUACUUAGAACUUCCAUUGCCUUCCCCACCCAUUGAUAAUCCAUAUUCCCUUCUGGCAGGAGCAAUCCGCAAGCAGCUGGCUGCCUUCUUGGAGGGCUUCUAUGAGAUUAUCCCCAAGCGCCUCAUCUCCAUCUUCACGGAGCAGGAGCUGGAGCUGCUAAUCUCGGGGCUGCCCACCAUUGACAUAGAUGACCUGAAGUCCAACACAGAGUACCACAAGUACCAGGCAAACUCUAUCCAGGUUAGCCUUUCCUUUUUAGCAGGUUGCCUUUCACCAACUCUCUCUUCUCCAGACUGGAAGUGUCAAGGCCUAAUGGAGAGGAAUCCUCUUGAUUUUUCUUGGCAUGAUAACAAUUAAUUUCCUUAGUUGAUUGAGCUCAAUGAGACUUCAGGUAAAUUUGUAUAGUAUCGCAGCCUUGAUAUGUUUGACUUGGAACUCUGUUUGCCACUAAGGUGGCUCUUCUCCUGUCGGGCAUAUAUCAUCGCUACCUCCUGCUUGGAAGGCAGGAAAUGUGCGACCCCAUCCCUUCUGCUAUCCUCUCCCCCUAUUGGCUCCUCUUUGUGUUGGUCCUUCUGGGCCCUUCACUUCUGGAGGCCUGCAAAUUUCUCACGUUCUCAGAAAUGCCAGCAUCUCUGACCUGCUUUUGUCCUUCACAGAUUCAGUGGUUCUGGCGAGCCCUGCGCUCCUUUGAUCAGGCAGACAGAGCAAAGUUCCUGCAGUUCGUCACAGGCACAUCCAAGGUGCCCUUGCAGGGGUUUGCUGCCCUAGAGGGCAUGAACGGCAUCCAGAAAUUCCAGAUCCACAGAGACGACCGCUCAACAGAUAGACUGCCUUCUGCUCACACGUGGUAAGAGGCAAAUGGAUAAGCCCAUUGUUAGUGUUCCAUUAUGCAGGAAAAAAAAUUAUGUGUGUCAUAUAAUCACCCUAACUCCAAGAGGCCCUCCAAGCUUGUGUAAGUGCUAGAAUUCACUGGUUAUCAUCUUGAGCCAUAACACGUAUACCAUGAUGCUGCUGAAGGUUUUUUCCUAUGAAUAUCUGUAAGGUCCUAGCUAUUUUACAGGAGCUUCCCUUCUACAGCAGUAUCUGUUGCUCCUUUACCUAGAAACACAAUUGGGGAUUUUGUGAGCCGGGAGGGGAGAAAGGGAAUGAGUGUGUUUCUGAAACAGAGGCUAUCUAUAACUUGAGUCAUGAGUCAGUGAUCAAGUCCUAAAGAAAGAGGUGCCAGAACUCCAGUUUUGUGCCUUGCAAAUCCAAAUCCCAGAUGGAGUUGGAUGGGGUGACAAUUGUUUGGGAUAGACAUUCUGCACAUGUGCAGAGGAUUGUUCAUCACUUCCAAGGACUGAAUUUUGACCUUCAGAACAGGUUCUUAGGCUGUCCUAUGGUUGAAAUUAAAUACUGCUAAGAAUCAAAUGUGAGCAGGCUGUAGAUCUGUAGAUUUUUGUCAGUAAAGUGAUCACGGCCUACAGAUUAAGAUUUCUGGCCAGUUUGGGAAGGGUGGAGGUACUGUCUUUUGCUCUGGUUUUGAAAAAAGAAAGGCAUUGACUUUGCAGUCAAUCUGGUUGGCCCCACCCCCUUACACUGAUGCUUUCUUCCUCCAGUUUCAACCAGCUGGACCUCCCUGCCUAUGAGAGUUAUGAGAAAUUGCGUCACAUGCUGCUACUGGCCAUCCAGGAGUGCUCGGAGGGCUUUGGCCUGGCGUAAGGAUGGCUCCAGCUGCCAUAUUUUUCUACUGUCAGACUUGGGGAGCAACAGGAGGGAGUGGAACUGAGCGAUGCUGCUCCCCCUUUUCCAACCACCUGUGUGUGUGUGUGCGUGCCCUGCUGCCCCCUUACUGAAGAGAGCCAGAGACCCCCAGCCAAUCAGCCGUCUUCGGAGGUGGGGCCGGGGUGCAACCCGGAGAGAAAAAGACAAAUUAUAUAUAUAAAUAUAUAUAUAUUUUUUGGUUUAGUUUGCAUUUCUUAAUUUGUGCUUGGAAUGUGUUGAUGAGGCGGCGGGAGGGAGCGUUUGGAUUCUUUUGUUGGUCUCUUUCCUUGGCACCCAUUUGCUGCUGGAAGGGAACCUAAGGUUUAAAAAAUUCCAAAAAAAGGAAAAAAAAUUAAAAAAAUAAAAGCGCACUCUUGAUAAGAA